UGAUUUAAUAGGAUUUGAAGUGAUACCUUUAGGGGAAGUAGAUGAUAGUUAUAAGGAACCCAUACCUAUACCUAUACCUAUACCUAUACCUAUACCUAUACCUAUACCUAUACCUAUACCUAUACCUAUACCUAUACCUAUUUUUAACUGGUCUUAAGAUUGUUCUUAACAACAACAACACCUCUAAAUGCCAUGUAAGAAUGAAUUGGUAGUCAGCAUGGGAUGGAUAGUCAGACAUACUGGGUCACUGUGUGUCUGCUAGGGGAAGUAAUAAAGGAAUGAGUGCCAUCAGGGUCCUUUCCUGGUCUUCACUUAUCAGGAGAGGAAAGGAGAAACUGAUAUGAUUAGGAGAUGGUAGUGAAUUCAAUUUUAUUGUGCUGAGUUUUCUUUUGCUUCCCAUUUAAUCAAUAUGGUAUAGGAUACAGGAUGGGAAGGAGAUGGGGAUGAACUGGAAUCUUGGGAAGGGGAAGUGAAACACAAGCACUCUGUUGGGUUUUCAAUCUCUGUAUGUUUCAAUGAACAACUGAAAAUUAAAAUGUCAGGUUCUUGCCUGUUGGGAGAGGGAGAUAUGCUUUAUUCAGAGAUAAAAGCAAGUAUGAUGUCUGUGGGAAUUUCAUGCACAGGCUGGAUAAGAUGAAUUGUGUGAGCAUUAAAAUAAUAAAACAGCUAGUUUCCAUGUUCUUAGUAAAACACAUUGAAACUUGAAAAUAUUAUCUUUCAUUUUUACAACAGGGCUAAAAUGUUUUGCUUUAUUAUCUUUAUUUUUCAUUCAUAGACGUUAACUAGUUUGUUAAAUAAAAUCAAAUCAGUACACUAUUUCCUGAGCAAGGAUCUGAAUAUAGAUGUGUUUAACCUAAGCUUAAAUCUAGGUAAGUUUAAUUCUCUGCACCGUGAGUAGCUGCUUGUGAAGAACGGAUUACAACGCCUUCCCAAAUUGUAGAUGUUAUGUUUUCUAAGGCUUCUCAUGAAGUUAAGUAUUUAUUUUAUGCUUGUAAGUAUUUGAUCUCCCAGUGGAAAGGGUCUGCUUCAAAGUCUGUUCCAUCCUUACAGGGUAGGACGAUAUAAUGGGCUUUUAGUACCUAUGCCUCCUACUUAUUUGGGUGGCUUGCUUUCUUCAUCUUGCCAAGGUGCCAUCUUUUUUAUUUGUGCUAGCUUAUUUUUUUAUAGCAAUUGGAAGGCAACCCCCUCCUUUCAAUUUGCUAGUUUUCAGCCUUGCAAGCCUUGCAAGCAUCCUUCACUUGGCUAAUACAAACAAACAAACAAACAGCAGGUGUCCUAAACUUCCCUGGCACAUUAGCUCCAGCCUUACGACCUACCAGCCCUGGAAUUCCUAACCCGGCACGGGUAACUAAGCACAGAGAGCAAACAUCCAUCUUGACAGUUAAACCCAUAUAAUACAGGGGAUGUUUAUUCUCAUUCUUUGAUGAUUUUUUUCUAUACUUUAAGUUCAUAGGUUCUCUUUGAGCAUCCAUUUAAAGUGGGCACAUCAAGCCUAGAGUCUUUUGGAAGUCAAUUUCUUUACAGCAAAUCACAACCCACUUUCCUUCUAAACAAAAGACAAAGCCUUGAAUAAUAAAUUUUUAUGUAGAAGUCAGUCUGCUCUUUCUAGUGAACUCCACUUUUCAAUGGUCUUAAUGGUUUUGUUGAUCAUGCUUUGGUACUUCACAUGUAAUUUUUCAAAGACAUUUCAAUAGGAAACUCUGUACAUCAUAUUCCAUGUCCAUCAGAAUGCAGUCUGAAGCCUGAACAACGCGUGACAUAUAAACACUGAAAAGGUGGGUGGUCGCAGGAAAUUUAAAGAUGUUUACGUGAUCAGAUUCUCUGUUGAAUCAGUAAAUUUUUCUGAUCCUUUGCCUUUCUAAAGCGGCAACCUUGGAUGUAAAUUUAACUUCUCGCCACUCCCGCCAUCUAGUGGCCAUGGUUGUUAAAAGCUUGGUUUUAAGGAAGACACUUAAUGACUGGGGGCGGGGUACACGAAGACCAAAAUCGGUUGGCCACUACAAUUUUCCUGUCUCUCCUCACAUCACUCACCCUUCACCCGGGCACCUUUUCUUUCUUCGGUCAUUUUAGAUAUGGGCAGGGAUGCGCAAAGGGCAUGAAGAGACACACACUCUAAGAGACUCACGCCCCUGCACACUGACAUUUAGAAAAGGGUCUAAAUUCUCCUGUCAUUUGCAAAGGACAGGGGGAAAGGAGUUGUGGCAAGACCUAACCAGAGGAGAUUUGUGUGACUUUUCCAGCAAGUUGGACGGGUAAUAUAUUAGCCUUAGUAACAUUAAUAUCUGUUUUGAACAUACAUAAUUUAAAAAAAUAAAUAAAGGAACGUGGGAGAGUCACUUAAAAAUUCUGUCGCGGAGCUUUGCAGGUUCUGCGACCCAGUCGCCCCCCAAAGGCAACCAAUUCCUUCGCGUUCCGCUCUGUUCACCCUCCUUUCCAGCUUUUCUCGAAUCUUUUUUUUUUCCUUGCCCCCCUUUCCCACGCUCAUCUGGAACCGGGGCUCCGGAGGCAGCAGUAAGCCACCGGUCCCCUUCCUCCUCUCUUCCAUCAAACAGCCGCGGCCGAGUGCCUUGAAGCUUCCCUUUGUUCAUCCAAGGCUCGCUCAUCCCCGGGGUAGAACCACCUGGAUGCUCUCGCUUGGUGACAUUUGGCGUCGAGGCUGGUGGGUGGCUAGGGUGGAGCGAGAGGAGCCCGAGGGGGCGGGGGCGGAGAAAGGUCAAGGCGAGGGAAAGGCAGGAGACGCCUUUGCCUAACCUGCGUGGCGGGGCUUGCGUGCGGCUCUCGCUCUCUUCCCAGCUUAUUUAUCGAUCGCACCGGCAGAGCUGCGCGCGGUGCUCGGGGGAGAUGCGGGACCACCCACUGGCGGGGAAGCAGCGAGCGGCCCUCUCGCGCCCCCGCGCCGCCGAGCGCCUCCUGCCUCCGCGCCCGGACGCCAGCCCGCUCCCGCCUCGGUCCCGGCCCCACGCCGCCACCGCCCGCCCCGCAGCCCCGCAACCCCGCAGUCCCGGCGCCCCGCAGCCCCGCAGCGCCCCGACCCCGGGGACGCCGGCCGCGCAGUAAGUUGGCAGGAGCGAGUGGCCUGGGCGGCUCGCCUCCCCCGCACCUUUUUGAACUUGUUGCUGUUGGCUCUGCUCGCCUGCGCCUGGCUUUUGGGAAGGUGACAAGGAGGAGGGAGGCACGGAGGGUGGGGGAAGGGGACGGAGAGCUCGCCAGAGCUUUAUUUAUGCUCCCCGGGAGCCUGGGAUCUGGCUGCUCGGGAGCCGCUGGCUCUGCCUUUCCCUUUCCGGGUACAAGGCGACAGCAAAGUCUCUAUGCAACUCAGCCCCGGUGCGCACUUUGCCAGGUAUGUACCGCGGGCGAGGCGCGUUCUGCGCGGAGGCAGAUGCUGCUGCCGCCACGGCGGCGGCGGCUGCCAGCUCCCAGGCUCUAUAACUGUCACACUGCACCUGAGCUGAACUUGAACAGAGAGUGAAAGGGCCCAUCGGGCAAACGCUCUCGGCUAGCGCAGAGGGUGUCAGUCGUCGUUGUGGGGGGGAGAAAGAGCUCUAGACCGACGCCCCCCGCCGCGAGCCCUGCACUUCACCUCCAUCUCUGCAAGCGCAGCGUGAGUACAGGCGGCCAGCGGACUCCAAGGGACGCGGGACAGCGGCUGUGACCGCAUCUCCGGAGCUACAACAACAGGUCGUCUUUUUGAGACGCCUUUGGCGGGAAGGACCACUUCAGCAAAAGGGGAAGGUGAAAGGGUUCUUUCUUUUAAGAGACUACCACUGACUGGUUGACUUUCCCUGUUUCCUCUCUCCUGCUCUAUAUACCGACCCCAUAUCUACCAGACUGUAUCAGGGGAGAAGCGAAGACACCUGUUUGAAGCCAGGCUGUCUCCGAAGUCACCUGUACGUUUACAUGUGCCAGGACCUGCCCUGGUCCAACUGUUGGCAGAGAUUUGUUUAGGCUUUAUGGAGAGAGAUUUUUAGGUCACUGUAUUUUUUUUUUCUUAGUAUUCCAAAUACUUCUGUGAGGGAAACCUGACCUUCUUGAGUACUGUGACUUGACCUGCGCCACCUUGGAAUAAUCGUGUUCCUGUGAGCAGUGUCCCCCCAGUGUUUUGCCUGAGGUGAAGAAGUGGGGGGCACUUUCUUACUUUCAUUGUGUUAUUUUGGGUGACCCCCCUGCUCACUCUCGUGACCUCCACUUCCAGACAACAUGGCAGCCGGUGUUGCAGCAUGGCUGCCCUUUGCCAGGGCAGCCGCCAUUGGGUGGAUGCCUGUUGCUUCGGGGCCUAUGCCUGCGCCCCCAAGACAGGAGAGAAAAAGGACUCAGGACGCUCUGAUAGUGCUGAACGUGAGUGGCACCCGUUUCCAGACAUGGCAAGACACCCUGGAACGAUACCCAGACACUCUGCUGGGUAGUUCUGAGAGAGACUUUUUCUACCACCCAGAGACCCAACAAUACUUCUUUGACCGUGACCCGGACAUCUUCCGCCACAUCCUCAACUUCUACCGCACGGGGAAGCUUCACUAUCCCCGCCAUGAGUGCAUCUCGGCUUAUGAUGAAGAACUGGCCUUCUUUGGCCUCAUCCCAGAAAUUAUUGGCGACUGCUGUUAUGAGGAGUACAAGGACCGCAGGCGGGAGAAUGCUGAGCGCCUCCAGGAUGAUGCAGACACUGACAAUACAGGAGAGAGUGCGCUGCCCACCAUGACUGCUAGGCAGAGGGUCUGGCGGGCCUUUGAGAAUCCCCACACCAGCACCAUGGCCCUGGUGUUCUACUAUGUGACUGGGUUCUUCAUUGCCGUCUCAGUCAUCGCGAAUGUGGUGGAAACAGUUCCAUGUGGGUCUAGCCCAGGCCACAUAAAAGAACUGCCUUGUGGGGAGAGGUAUGCGGUGGCCUUCUUCUGCUUGGAUACCGCCUGUGUCAUGAUCUUCACAGUUGAGUACUUGCUUCGCCUGGCCGCAGCACCUAGUCGUUACCGUUUCGUGCGCAGUGUCAUGAGUAUCAUCGACGUGGUGGCCAUCCUACCCUAUUACAUUGGGCUGGUGAUGACAGACAAUGAGGAUGUCAGUGGAGCCUUUGUCACACUCCGAGUCUUUCGAGUCUUCAGGAUCUUUAAGUUUUCCCGCCACUCUCAAGGGCUGCGUAUACUGGGGUACACCCUGAAGAGCUGUGCAUCAGAACUGGGCUUCUUGCUCUUUUCUCUCACAAUGGCUAUCAUCAUUUUCGCUACCGUUAUGUUCUACGCAGAGAAGGGCUCUUCAGCAAGCAAGUUCACCAGCAUCCCGGCAGCCUUCUGGUACACCAUCGUCACCAUGACAACACUGGGGUACCAUGUGUUACUUCAUUGGCAUAAGAAAUUACCCACAGAUUGUCCCUGCCCUAUGCAAAUGCAGCAGUUUUCCUCGUAUGCAUAAAGAAUAAUUAAAAUAACAAUGUUAUAGAAUAAUAAUGUGAUUCUGUUGCUGUGCAUCUUAUAAAAUUGUUGUUGUUGUUGUUGUUGUUAAAUAAAAAAUCACCAGCGUCUUUUUUACAUGUUUUUACUGUUCUCAGGCAGGGCUACUGUGACUCCCCAUGCUAUAUUUGCAAAUGCUGGGACUGUUGCACAGACAUGACAUAUAUCAAUCUACAAUGUCUCUGAUGCCCCCUGAAAAGUAAAGCUAUUGCCCCUAGUGAUGACUCUACACUGACCUACCCCCCCCAUGUCUAUGUGUGUGUGUGUGUGUGCACGCGCGAGUAUGUCUCUGUGUGUAUGUUGUUUGUUUUGAUUAUCCACUCAUUAUUGGUUAGACUUUGAGUUACUUCUAUCUUUGACUCAUUCUUUUAUUUGCAUUUAUGUGCUAUCUAUGUAAAUAUUUUUUCAUUAUUUUCAUAAUAUACUGAGUGGAAAUGAUACACAAUUUGGUAAUUCAGUAUUGAACUUUUCCAGGAAGUGUGAAAGUGCUCUAACCGUUUACAACAUUUCACAUUCUUGUUGAAAAUCUAUGGGAGUUUUGAUUGCACAAAACUUCACUAUCAUUUGUUACUCUCUUUUGCACCCUAGCCAUCCAAGUAGGUAUGAAGUAGCAUAUCACAGGAUGCUAGUUUCUCUAAAGACACUCAUGAUUUUCACAUGCUUUCUGACUAUUUCUAUGCCUUCCUUAGAAACCAUUAAUUCAAAUCUUUUGAUCACAUUGUGCAUAUUGUUACAUUAUAAGAAUAUCCUGAAUAAUCUCUAUAUAAAUUCUUUUUUAUAUAUACAUUUGCAUGCUCUAAGCUUUCAUCUAAUAUACCCUUUAAAAGUAUUCUCUGAAGCACAACAUUUUUAGUUUUGACAAAGUCCAAUUUGUCCCUUUUGAUUUCUGUUACUUUUUCUUUUGCUGCUGAUUCUAUAAAACCAUUGCCUAAUCUAAGAGUACUAAGAAUUCAGCAUAAUGAAUUUUAGUGUUGGGUUGUUUUGUUCAUAUUGUGAUAUUUUAUACAGUACAUAGACUUUACUUCAUUCUUCUUUUGCAUAUAAAAUAACUGUCCUCUAUAGAUGAUGGAGACUAAUACUUUUCAAAUAAAUUUUCUUUUUCUCAUCAUCAAAUGAAUCAGUUUUGGGUGUGAUUGUUAAAUUCUGAAUUCACAAGUCUUUCCAAUAAUCUAGAAAGAAGCCAAUGCAAACCAAUGGAGUACUGUCUUGGUUAAUAUAGGUUUGUAAACCUUAGACCUGGGAAGGUAUUAGUGCACAGUACUGUUUUGCAUUUUCAAGAUCAUUUUGGAGGUUUCUGAAAUGUUCAUAUGAAUAUCAGGGUUGUCAGUUUUAUCAAAGAAACCUAUUGGGAUUCACCUAAUCUGAAGAUUGGCUUGGAUAAUUGCCCCAAGUUGACAAUAGUUAGCCUUCCAGUUCAAACACAGGACCUGAUUCCCCACAUAUUUCCACCUUUAAGUAUUUUCCUAAACAAUUUAGAGCUUUCAGUUUGUAAUUCUUUUUAAAAAUUAUUUUAUUUAUUUGCAUUCCAGUUGUUGCCCCUGGCCCCCCUUCCACAGUUCCUCAUCCCAUUCCCCCCUCUCUUGCCUCUGAAAGGAUGCACCCCCCCCCAUCAGGUCUCACCGUUUCCUGGGAUCUCAAGUCUCUCAAACAUCAAGAGCAUCUUCUUCCACUGAGGCCAACCGGGCAGACCUCUGCUACAUAUGCCAGGGGGCUCGUACCAACCCAUAUAUGCUCUUGUUUGUUGACUCAGUCUCUGGGAGCUCCCUAGGGUCUGGGUUAGUUGAGUCUGCUGGUCUUCCUAUGAGGUCGCUCUCCCUUUCAGCUUCUUCAAUCCUUCCCCUAAUUCAACCUUAGGCAUCCCUGACUUCAGUCCAAUGAUUGAAUGUAAGUAUCUGUUUCUGUCUGUGUCAGCUGCUGAUAGGGCCUCUCAGAGGACAGCCAUGCCAGGCUUCCAUCUGUAGCAUAAUAGUGUCAGACCUUGGUGCCUCUCCAUGAGAUGGAUUCCAAGUUGGGCCAGUCAUUGGACCUCCUUUCCUUCAGUUUCUUCUCCACUUUUGUCUCUGCAGUUCUUUUAGACAGUAAAAUUCUGAGUCAGUAAUUUUGACAGUGGGUUAGUAACACUGUCCCUCCACUUGAGGCCCUGUCUAUCUGCUGGAGGUAGACCCUUCGAGUUCCUUUUCCCCAACAUUGAGCAUUUUGUUUAAGGUCACCCCCAAUGAGUCCUGAGAGUGUCUCACCUCCUAGUCUCUGGUACUUACUAGAAGUUCUCCCCCACACCUUCCAUUCCCCAAGACUGCUUAUUUCCAUUCAUUCUCUUGGCCCCCUGGGCUUCUCUCCUGCCCCUCCCCCCAUAUCUGUUCCUGUCCCCCUUUUCCCCCUCCUACUCCCGUCAUCCACCCAGGUCCUUUUCUCCCUCUGCCUCCUGAGAUUAUUUUCUUCCCCCUUCUAUGUGAGAUUGAAGAUUCCUCUCUUGGGCAUUUGUGCUUGGUUCACUUCUUACAGUCUGUAGGUUAUAUCCUAGAUAUUCUGUACUUUUUGGCUAAUAUCCAAUUUAUAAUCUUGUGGUUGUUUGCUUGUGCUAGUUUUUCUUCUACCGUUUUCAUGUAUUUGAUUUUUAAAGCUAUUGUAAAAGAUUGUUCUUUUAAAUUUUGUUUUCAGGUUGUUGGCUGUUUACAUAUACAGAAUACAAUUGAUUUUACUCAAUGAUCUCCUUUCUACAAUCAUGUUAAACGUAUUUACUGACUUUAAUAGCUUUGGCAGUGAGAGAAAAGAGUGGUUUUGUGUAUACGUGUACAUGUAUAAACAUUUUAGAAAAUUUAUCACAAUAAACGAAUAAAUAAAAACACAAAACAGCUUGGAAAAAUGGAAAAACAUGAAUUAAAAUCAAAGCCUACAAAGAAUACAGGAGUAAAAUCAGUUGGAGCACCAAUAUUCUGAUUAGUAUUCCAAGUUUUAGAUUUACUUGUUUCUGGGCUUGCAUGUGACAUGACUGUGUCCAUAGAGGAUGAGGAUUCUAUGCUGGAAGCUUGGUUCUCAAGGUGGUAAUGCUGAGAACAUGGAACCUCUGAUGAUACAGCCUGACAGGAGACAGCCGGACCAUGGCAAUUGUACUACUAAAAGAAAUCAAUGUUGGUCUCUCGGGGUAGAGAAUUAGGUACUGUGGGAGAGGAGGAACCUGGAAUCCUGGUAGGCUUUCAUGAGAUGCCUAUAUUACUGCUCUAUUGGGUUUGCUGGCAAGCCAAAGCGCUGGAGGAAACAAAUCAAUUACCUGACCCAAGAUAAACACUGGCUGUGUGUACUAUGCAAUCAUUAGUCAUGUAAAAGCUAAUUACUUACAGAGCCUUCUACAAUCCGCUCUGGUUAUAUCCAUUUAAAAGAUGCCGCCUUCUCUGUUUUUAAAAUUGAAUCUCUUCAUACCAAAGGGGGACAUCGCAGGCUGCUGCUCCCCUCUUCACCUUCUUUUUAUUGCCUGGUUGUGUAGAUAAAUGCAGGAUUCUAAGUGCAGCCUGUGCUUUUGUUCUCUCAUCUGCUUCCCUUAAACCAAAAGGCAUUUUUCACAGCAUCGCAGGAAGCAACCACCUAGCCAUCCCCAGGACAUUUCGUAUUAUCUACACAUUGUCUUUCUUGUUGAGAGAAGGCCAUUGCUUACUGCAGGACAGCCCUUUUGCUGCCCAGCACUGUGCCGCUAUAUGAGUGUUUGUAAGAAACAAGGAUCCUGUGGUACUUAAUGACUGGUCUCCUCUUUACUAAUAUUUAAUAAGUAACAAGUGGUUUGCGGGUAUCACUGAAUUAUGACCUCCUUAAAUGUGAAGCUGUUUGUGGUUUGUUAUGAAUCCACAUUCUUAUAUUUAGAAACUGAACUCUGAGGCAGGAGAGAUGGAUCAUUGGCUAAGGAGAUGGCUGGACUCCCUCAGCUUUACUGUUGAAAGAAAUGUAUUCUGGUCUCCCACGGUAGAGAAUUAGGGACUGGUGUGAAAACAUUUAGAGACACAGAAGCCAGGUACUCCUCCUUAAACUCCUGCUCCUCCACAGGACCAGAGUUUUGUUCACAGUGCCCAUUUGGAGCCACUCAUAACAACCCAUAACUCUAGCUUCAGGCUUCAAUGGGCCCCUGCACACUUGUGACCUACAUGUGCACAAAUAAAAAGAAAAGGCUCUUUUAAAAAAUUAGAGUCUGAAUCGUAAAGCUAGCUCUGUUGAUGAGCCAUGAACCUUUAAAGUAAUUUUCAGUUGCCCAUUGUUUUAAGUCUAGGCCAACCUUGAGAGGCUGACAAUUUAUCCUUUGUUCUCGGGGAGUCGGAGUACCCUAGAAAUGAACAAGUUUUGCUCUUAGGAUGUGAGUGGAUUUUGUGAUUUGUUUUAAUGUAGUUAGAUUUUGAGUGAAAGGCGUAUGACAGGGAGAAGAGAGAAUUGCCUUUAAAACUCUAGACUGUGUACUGAAAGUCGUGAUAGCUUCGAUGAUGUUAGAAAAAAACCCAUGAUUCAGGAUGCAAAGCUUGAACACUCAGAGAUUCCAAAGGAAUAAGGGUUUCUUGUUUUUGUGUUUCCAUUUCUUAGCAAAUGAGAAUAGAAUGGCAGUGAACAUGGAAGAACAAGUAUCUUUAAAAAUAUAUCAUUUUGUGUUCAACACAAUAGAUGAAAAAUAGACUUUGCUCCAAGGUGAGUCUUUCAAUAACGUGACCUUUUAAGAUGGCUUAGUAAUGAUACUGAAAAUAUCAUCUAAAGUUACAGUACCCUGGAACUGUGACAUGACUCCUCCUGAGCGUCUCUGUGGAAACCACCAACAGGGGUGGAAAAGAAACAGAUGUCUCAAAGAAGAGAGCUUUGCCUCUUGGUGUUUUGACACCAUGGGUUUUACCCUGCAGUCAUGGUACUGUCAAAUUUUGUGCCACAUAAGCGCAAUAACUCCAAGUAUCCAACAGCCUAAGUGUGCCCCAUCUAAAAUGAAUACAAAGCUUUGGUUCUUGUAGCUUUCCCAACCUACCCAACAUAAUUCUAGCCAAUUCUUCUCUCUACUCAAGAUAUGCCUUCUGUGAAUUGCUUACUACAAAUGAGCAGAAAAACAGCCAUUACAUCAUUGCUAAUUUGUCCCUGCAUUUAGAUAUAAAGGGCUUGUAAACAACGCAGCCUGAAUUUCAAAAAGCGACUGUCUCUGAAAAGAACACAAUAACUUGUCUUUUAAAUCCCCUAUGCUAACACAAUUAAACCUCAAGUUCAUGAAAUAAAGAGGUAAUGUUGUACUUUGGUUGCAUAGCUCUGUCUCUUUACAGCACUUUUCUUUAUAUGAACACUGCUGUUCCUCAUUAUAUAAGAUCUUUAAGAAGAAUUCAGCAGCAAAGGAAAUAACACAUUAGGCAUCCUGCUGCUCAGCUACUACAUAAAUUAUGAAAUAUGCUGACAGUAACUAUGUCCAUCUUGCUACAUUUUGUACGUAAAAUGUCUGUUACCUUUACAAAUGUUUUCAUUGUAUUUUUACAUGAGUAUUUUUCCCCUUUUGUAAUGUUGCAUUCAAUACCCUGACUAUCUAUUUCAUGUGCACAUACAGAUAUGCAUAGUUCACUGGAAGUCAGUCCUAAGACUUAAGAAAUAUAUUCUAGUCAUGAAGUUUGGUCCUGAAACAAGGAGUUAUUUCUUAGUUUAUAUAUGAUUUCUUUUGAUCAUCCCUGAUAAUUUUAGCCUACUAAAAAUAUUGAUACAUGCAUGAGGGUUAUAAUUUCAAGGGUAUCACCCACCUACAUUUAAAGCAUUUUAAGAAAUAUGUCAACAUAAUUGAGUUUUUUUCUGAUUAAUUAGAAGAAUGUUGCAUUUGAUUUCUGGACUUUGAUUAGUUAAACAAUUUUAUAAGUUUAAGUUGUGAGAGAGUAGAAAUGUUAAUGAAUUUCUCGUGAGUAAAAUAGCAUUUAUAAGGAUCUAGGGAUUGUGCAAAGACAACCAUAGAAUUUGAUAAAGACAUUUGGUAAAUUAUACGCGAGUAAACUUGAUUUUUAGGUUCAUCUUCAUUUUGUUCUAGUAUUUUUUUUUCUCUUACUUGAAUUUUCAGAAAAAAAGCAGACUAUGGAAACUCAAACGCUCAGAAGGCCAAUCUCCCUGACACUUGCAUAUUGGAAGCUUCAAGAAAAUGUGUUAUAAUUUAAAGGAUCAAGCAAAUAUAUGACUCACCAUUUGCUUCUUUUCAUUAAAAUCAAACAAAUAUAUGUUCCAUGAAUUAUUGGGUCGUUUUGCUGUUAUAUAACUCAUUCCUAAUAGAAGUGGAAAUUCUGGUUAGUGAGGUCCUUUACCUCUUGUAUAUUGGAAAGUAGAAUUACUAUCUUCUGUGUAUCUUUGCAUUGUUAAAAUUACUAAAUAUCAGCAACUUACCCCUUCACCAAAAAAAAAAAAAAAAAAACCAAAUUCAAACGGCAAAUGCCUGUAUAUGAUACAACAGAUAGCUAUUUUUUUAUAGCUCUAAUGUUUUGAUAGACCUAAACAAAUCUGUGUCUUUACUGAUUUGAGAGUCUGCAUAUUUUUGCAUACAAAGUGUUACCUAGAUAAGCAAUUCAGUAAUGACAUAUGUUAUUCUUGUUGCGGUAAUUUUGGAAAUUUAGACUCCACGCACAGUCCCUCCAGUAGUUGGCAUGAGAAGAAUCACAGAGAGCUGUGUCAGCCUUUAACUCCUCCCCUUCAGCAGGAAUGAAAUCCACGCAACUGAAAUUCUACCUCAUCUCGUUUUAUGUGCAGUUGUGGGACUCAUCUGCAGCACUGAGUUCCUUUGCCAAUAAUCUUUUGGAUUUCAUUUCCUAACACUCCCUCCUCUUACACACAUAUACUUCCCUAUUUAUAUGUAAUAUGCUUCCCACUAAACACAAUUAAAGUGCUAUAAGCCUUAGCUUGAAGCUUCUUUUACUAGUCCAAUGUGUGCCAGGAGAUGUUCAAUAUUACAGGAUGGCUAUAAGACAAAGGAGCUGAGUUUUUGUUGUUGUUGUUGUUAUUUUUAUUGUUGUUGUUGUUUUGAUUUUUGAUUGCAAAGGUCAGAAAUUAUGACAUCACUUUUAUUUACAUUUUUAAAGAUACUUAAUGGACUAAAUUUUGCUAUUUACCUAAAUUUAUGACAAAAUACUCCCAAUCAGUUUCUCAGCAGAUGUAUGUAUCAUUUUAUAGACUCGAAAAAAAGCAAAGUAGAAAAGUUUAAUAAGUACUAAGCUUACUGUUUUCAUCUGGUCUGUUCUUCACAUAAACUAAUAAUUUAAUUGCUCUUAUCCUAGACUCUCAGGGCAUAAAAGUCAAUGAAUCCAGACUUCAUUCACACAGAAAGUGGAGGCACUGACAAUUUGAGUGUUAUUUUUUUUAAAAUAAGAUAAUACAAUAAAAUAAACAAAGUAACAAUAUGAGAAUGUAUAAUCCUGAAUCCAGUUAUACUGUGACUCUUCACAGGAGUAUCUUGCUCUGUUUGUGGUACAAAACUCUGUACACAGUACUGGACUGAGUCAUUGCUGAGAGAAAGAAGUACUGGCUUUGGUUGUCCAACCCUAAGGCCCAGGGACUCAGUUUUUCAUGACCAAAAAUUGGGUUGACAGGUGUCUUGUAAAUAUCUCACCAAGAAUUCUAAAUACCAACAUGUCCAAUUAUAAGAUUUUCUAAUGUACACUUAGUUUACCGAGUCUUGUCUAUGAAGAUCAUUAAAAUGUCAAAUGUAUUACGCUUUUUAAAAACAAGUAAGAUGGAGAUAUUUCACUUCCCAGGCAAAAUGUUAUUAGUUCUUCUGCAUGUCAACAUCCUGAUAAACCAUCAUCCAUGACACAUGGGGAGUGACUCAAAACACCACCAUUUCCCCAAAACUAAGAUGAUGUCCAUGCUGUCUCUAGGGAUCCCCUUAGUCACUUAGUCACUCUGAAUCCUGCCUGUGGUUAUUAGAAUUCCAUUCUCCGUAAUUCACACUCUUAACUCUGUUCCAUGAUAUGAGGAAACAGGUAUAAAAUAUAGUGAACUGCUUCUCUAUGGUUUGAAUUUCCUAAUUGCAUAGAUUCAUGGUAUGAUAUGAAACCAGAUCAUACUGUCAGUUUUCCUCCAAAUGAUUCUUUUUUUAUUUAAAUCCCAGAAACCUUUGUCUUGAAACCAGUUGAGUUGACAGCUGGCAUCGUAAAGUGCCUGGAAUUGCCUUGACAUUAAAAUUUGGGGAAUUUCUUACUUUAUGGAACUUGGUCUUCUAACAAUCAGGCAGGCUGAGUUUUACAGUGAGUUGAAGUAAAUGCACUCUCAGGACUCAUAUUGAAUUAUGAGUUAAAUCAGAUGUUAAUGAGAAUAUUGCAUAUGUGUGUGCAUAGUUCUGAGUAAUUGUAAAGAAAUUUGAGUGUCAUGCUUAACAAAGCACCUUAGAAUUUAUAGGCUUAGGGAAACAUUGUAAGAAAAACUGGUAGUAGUCUCUCCCUUAUAAAUGUGAAAAAAGUGACAGAAAACAGUAACAAGCAAGUAUGUGUGAACAUUUCACCUACAGCUACUCUGCAUAACAAUAAUACUCAUUCCGCAGAUGUGCUAGUUUCAUUGCAUUUCAGACUUAAUGCUUGAUUAUGCAUAGUGAUAAAAUACUGACGAUGUGUGGUCAUGUGUGUGUUAGAGAGAGGGGAAGGGGAAAGAGACAAUUAUUAGGGGUUUAUGUUUAAGGCUUUUCUCAUCUUGAACAAGUUCUGUAUAAUUGAGCAGUAUUUUUGGAUUUCUUUUGGAGACUCAACUUUAACUGAAUUUGUCUUAUAGAACUGGAGUAGACUUUAAUAAGAAAAAAAAAACACAUAAAUUCCAGGAAGAAAACAAAUGGAAGGCAUAAGAUAAUUUAACAGUAUGCUUUAAAAUCUAAACUAGUAUGAUGACUACUCUCCAGGUAGUUGAUAUUUCAGUUAAUGAGAAGAGUGAGAAAUCUGAACACAACAUUCACAGGACAAGCAAAUGCCUGGGUUAUUUUAAAAGAAAGACCACAAACUGCAGAGAUGUAGAUGAGACUGAAGAAGAGACAAGGCAUACGAGAGUAUGAACCAUUUGACUUCUACGUGAACAGCCUUUGGGUUUUAUUCAGUGUGCUAAGGACUGCAUUGAAGGCCAGCUGCCAGGGAUCUUCAUCAUUAGACUCAUGUGUUGGUAUUGGAGGAUGCUUUUUGCUGCUACAUAAACAAUGACAGGUGGGAAGAAUACAGAAAAAAUUAAAUGUGCUAAGAGAUAGAUGAUACAAUUAUUUGAAGUGCAUCAUGAAACAGACAUGAGAAUAAAGCGCAUUAUUUGGCAUUGUGUUCUGACAGUGAAAUUGCUAGUGACUCUGAGCUGAACACUUAGAUGAAGGAAUUGAUGCCAGGCUUCUGGCUUCCGUGAUUAGGGGUAUUUAUUGAGAAUAACAAAAAAUGUGAAAUUUAAGAUUAUAUUUUUGUCAUAUUACACUUGAUCUGUCUGGAAAUAAACUUAAAAAUCAAGGAUCCAUUAUAACCUUUAAUUUGAGAAAACUGAGGAGCCAAAGCUACUGUCACUCUCAGUGAAGAUCUCAUCCACACUAGUACCCACACCACCCUCCUUCCUCCGAGGUAUCCAGCAGGAAGACAGGUCAGACAUCUUUAGGAUAUUCCCUUUGUGAUGUUGCCAUCUGGUCACCACGGCGAGAAGUUUCACAUCCAGAAAGCUGCUUUGCCUUCCAACAAAUCUCUUUAUGAUCACUGUGCUUGUUUUCAACCAAAAAAAAAAUCCAUAUUUUUGUCAAAUUUUCUAGAGCCUUCUUUUAGAGUUGCUUUUUUUUUUAAAAGUAAUGCCAAGUAUACCCCUCGAAAGAUUAAUUUUCAGAACAGCCACAUUUCCCAUGAAGUAGGUGGUGUAAGUUGGGGUUCAAAACUAGCUAAAGAUUAGAAACAGAGGAGUCAAGGAAUAGUACCAUCCAUAUAAUAUUUAACUGACUCUAACGAGGACAGAGACAAAGCCAUAGUUCCUUAAUAUUACUUCCAACUUCUCAUAUAAAUUCCAUACCUCUAUAGAAUAAUCUGAUUUAUUUCUUAAUGUGUUUACAUUUGUACUUCACAUAAAACACUUUGGAAGACAACACUAACUUGAAUUGUGUGCGAGGUUUUUAUGUAUUCUUUCAUGUUUGUGUGAAAAGAAAGGAGAAUAACCCUUAAAUCUAAUGAGUUGAACUUGUUUUCAUUGUGUAUUGUGGACUGUAACUUGCCUCAAUUAAUCUUGGGUAGAGUAGCACACCUUGUCAGAGCAGAUGCCGGGCAGUGUGUGAACUUAAAGAAUUGCAUUUAUAUCUGGGUAACCUGAAAUGUGUUAAUAUUAUUUAGAAGUAACAAAAUGUGCUUUGCCUCCUCUCAGACCUUGCUCUGUAACCAAGAUAGUACCAAUGACUGCAAAUAUCUGUGGUGUGGCUGACCACAGGCAAUCAUGACACAAGACAGCUAACUUCUUUCUCUGUUAUUUAGGGUGAUAUUGAAAUGUUCCUCAGAUACAUAUAUUUAUUCUUCAUUAGAUGAGGCUAUUUCAGUAGUAUUAAUUACUUUUGUGGCCUUCAGUGUAGCACAGGGCAAGUUAUGAAGAGAAAAGCAUUUGAUAAAAGAAAGGAAUUUAGUUUGUUACAUUUAAUAGGCUUAGAAUAAUUUUAUAAUCAAAUUCCCUGUAUUGAAAUUUAUUACUAAUUACUACCUCAGUGAAGAGAAUUUCUUUCUCCCAUGGAGGGUUAAUUUCCUCAGGAACAAAAUUGGGAAGCAAUUUUAUAACAGCCUGACAGAACUGUCAUAAGUACAAAAUAAGAAACCCCAUCUAAAAAUGUUACUAGAAGACACAUGUGGUAUGUGCCAUUCUAAGAGUAAAUAGAGCUACACUAUUUAGAUUUUAUUAUCUCAAGAGAUGGCAUGAAACUACUUUAAAUUCUGAUGGAAACGACAUGACUCCUUGAAUCUUUCCAUGAUGUUAACAAGUGUUUCAUUCCUAUCUAUUUUCUUUGCAUACAGAACCCACUCAAGUGGGCUCUGGGGGUGACUCAGGUUAUGAGUGCUUGCUGGCCCCUCAGCAACCCCAAGCUUGAUUCCCAGCACCCAUGUCGUGUAGCUGUACCCUUGAGAUUGAGAGCCAUCUUCUGUAACCACUGAGGAUUCGUUGUAUGUGCUGUUGUAUAUGCUUGUCCUCAGAUAGCUUGAAAAUCAAGGAAACAGAAUGUAACUAAAAAUAUAAAGAGCUGAGAAACAAGUAAACUGUAAAAUUAACAUUUUACAGUUUAGCUAGGAUUUUGGAGCCAGCAUUUAACAACCACUUGUAAUUUCCAGCUCCAAGGGAUUAGAGAGUGUCCUCUGGCCUCUACAGAAAUAGGCUGAUAUCUACACAGACAGUGUGAGUGCACCCCAUGAACACUCAUACCUAAACUUAGAAAUAGUUAACAGAGAAAUAGCCACUCAUUCACUGUGGUAACUUCUCCCCAGCUACAUACUCUGGCUCAUUAAUCGUAUGAUAUCUUUUUUGGAGUAGUCAAUAAAUAUUUUAAUAAAUAAAGAAUAGAACAAAAGAGAGUAGAGCACAGAAUAUACUUAGCCUAGUCUAAUUUACCUAAAUAAAACUAAAAAUUUGCAUAAAACUUUAUUUCACACAUACAUGUUCCAAGAUCAUGUGUGUAUAUUUGCCUCUGCAUGCGCAUGUACACAUGUGUGUUUCUUUACAUGGACACUUACCAUGUGACUGGCACUUAUUAAGACAGGUCAUACUCAAACAUCCUUCAUCUUCUAGUCGCAAAUUACCUUAUUAGCCCUUCUCUGCUUGUUUGUUGUACACAGUUUCCUUGAUUCUCUAUCCUUCUAUUCUUAUUUCUACCCAGUUUUUUUCUUUUCUUUUUUUAGUGAGAUAUCUAAGAAAAAUCAUAUGCCCAUACAUCUGUGGUAUUAUAUUAAAUAUUAUAUUAAAUAUUAUAUUAAAAUGGGAUGUCCUGACCCAGAAAUACAUUAAUUAUUCUAUGCCAGCUCCAAAUGUAAUUCAGAUACCAUGUUUAAUAGAUGAAAUAUAUGCAUUCAAUUCCAAAUGUGCUCAUAGGUGAUGUGUAACACAGAGCUUCCUAGGCUAUGACCUGAAAGUCUGUAACACAUGACGCAGGAAGGGCAUAAUGCUUCCAGUAAUUACCCUCUUCUGGACAACAGCCAAGAUAUCAGUUCAGUCCUAGACUCUGUCACAGCAUGAAGUCUUACAGUAAAACUGUAAUAAAUGUAUGCCCCGGGUAUUAGCAGGGUUGCUGCAAGCCAGCUUUUUACCUUUUUUACUUGGAACCAGAAUCUAAACGUGAAUGAACCAUAAGUGAAAUGUUUCUCUUACAAGCGUAAUUCUAUACCUACACAUAGUACAUUUUCUAUUUAAUUAUGUAUACAAAGAUGGUGUUUAAAGAAGCUUAACAAUUGGAUGAGGCUAGGUAUACCAUGUAAACUCCCUGUGAUAGAGACCUUUCAUCAAAUUGUCUAUCUGAAAUUAUGUCUCUUCACAAAGUUUCUCAUUGAGUCUCAAAAACGCAUGACAGCACCCUACUUUAUAGGUUCUCUUAUUUAUUAUAAGAGAUUUGAAGUUAUAUUCACAUCAACAUUUAGUGUGUUUUCAAGGCUGGCAUCAUUUAGUAGGCAAAGAUAUAAAAUUAUUUCAGAAAAAAAUGUAACCUCUUAUUUUAUUUUCCUGGUAUAUAUUUUCUCUAAUUACUUCAUUAAUAAUUUGAUAUAUUGAGCUAGGAGAGACCUACCAAGCUGUAGCUUAAUUUAAUGCAAACUAACUUUUCGACAGCAUUGUAAUAUAUUACAGACUAACGUAUGAAUUUUAAAAGCACAUAAACAAAAUAACUUUUUUUUACUUACCCUGAUAUUCAAUAUUUGAGAGUUUAGGGAAAAUUCUAGCAGUUGGCAAUUCUUACUUAUUCUCCAAAGGAAUGCUUGGAAUUUUCUGAGCCUCAUGUGUAGGCUAAUAGAUCAUUAACAUGUUAGAAAGUGGAAACAUACAUGUACCUUUUGCUUUACCAAUAUCUGUCUUUCUGUCUGAGAAACCACAUGUUCUAAGAACUUAACCAUCCUUAAUAAGUUUCAGAAUAUAAAUGUUCUUUGUAGUUUUUGCUUUGUUUAUGGUAUUCAACGUUGUGAUGAAUCAAUAGUUUGUACAGCGUUUCAGACACCAGAAAACCAGCCAUUCAUUUAACAAGGUGCUUUGAGCAUACAUAUUCACAAAAUAUAAAUUACAAGCAAGGAAUAGCAUUUGUAGCAAUGGCAAAAACUAAACAGCAAGAAUAUACUCCCAUGAUGUGUGUGAUCUCUUGAAGAGCAUUGGCUCUGCAGCCAGGAAGCCUCACUUUUAUUUCCUCAUUGUCAUGAGUAUUCUUGGCUCGUAAUUUUUAGAAAACUGGACAUCUAAUUAUGAACCUGUAACACUACAACACAAAGGAAAUAUUAGCAUUACCCAUACUUCAGAGUGUCCGUUGGAAAGAGGCUGAAAAAUAUUGUUCUACAAAUGAAAUAUGGGUUUCUUCAUUUGCAAGGCUCAUCUUUGUGCAAGUCCGUAUCCUACUUCUAAAAUUAGUAUUUGAAGUAUAUAUUAUUUUGAAUGGUAAUAUUCCUUAGGAUGAUUUUAUAACGAUGGAAAUAAGAAAAAGUCAUUGCAAUUAAACAGUAUUUUAAACUUGCUGUUAUGAGUUUCUCAGCUAAAUGCUUUUAUUGUCUCUAUAAAAAUGUGAAUUCUAACUGCAAAACAAAUAACUGAUUGCAUUAGUCUUAAAGGUGCUCCCAUUGCUGUCAUUCACUCUCUGCCUCUAAUCCUUAGUGAGUACUUCAGAGUCCACAGUGAAUUGUGCCUGUAAAAACCAUGGUUACCCUAGUCACUGUUCUAUAUCCAGUAUACUGUUUGCGUGUGGAAUAGUAGUUGAUGUAAUAUAAAACAUAACAGAAAAAAAUUAUUUGAGAAACUAAGUAAAAUCUCAUCAGUAUAUUGCUGAAUUAUAUAGAUUUUAAAAAGGAAACAAAUCUUAAGACAUGGGUUAUAUUUUCUUACUGAUAACAAAAUUUAUUAAUAUCCUAGCUCAUAAUGUUUGACUCUAAAUAAAUGAGAUGACACAGGUCAGUAUACUCACAUGAGUGUUGAGGUCCGUGUGCCCUGUAAUAUCUUCCUCAAUCGCUCUUCACCUGUUCUGAAUACUGACCCGGAGCCUGCUCUUUCUGCAGGACUGACUCUCCAGCAGCAAAUACUCUUGUCUCUGUCUCCAUCACUAGCAUUGCAAGAAUGUGCCACCAUUCUGAGAUUUUUUUUUCAUGGGUUCUGAGGACCACAACUUAAGUUACCAUGCUUGGUUGGCAAGAACAUGUCCAACUAAGCCAUAUUUGCAACCCCCCAAAAUUGUUAUUUCAAUAUAACUCUUAAAUUUGACCUCACUUAUUGGCAUACUUUAAUUAUUGUAUAAUUCUUGGAAUGAUCUCCCUACUUAUUUAAUCUCAUCUUUCUGAUGAUGUAUAAGAAAUUCUGAAGUCUGUAGUAAAUAUUUGAGUUAUUGAAAGGGAUUAAGCAAAACAAACAGCACAAAGAUCUUGUCCUUAAAGUUGUCAUUUCAAUUUCAAAUCUAUCAAUUUUAACAAAUGAACUCUAAAUAAAAUAAUAGUGAUAUUAAAUAAAGUUGGUAAGUUUGUUUUUCAGGGAGUACAAACAAUUCAAAUCUUGUAGAUGGCUGAUAAUAGACAAAUGCAUUCUGGGACUAGAUAAAAAGAAAAGAAGAAGAUAAUGUAAGCGCAAGAGGAAAGCAAGAUUAAAGGAGUACAUCUCAGUGUCUCCAUUUACUGCAGCUGUUGACUGAUGAAGGCAGUCUAGCAGCGUUCCGAGUGAGUUGUCUUUCAUUCAGCCUUUGAAAGAAGCCAGCUACCUUUCAUACUUCAGAGAAAAAUUGCAUUCAACUAUACCAUACACUAAAAAAAUGAAAGAAUAUAUUUUAAUGAAAAUGUCUUUGUUUCUUAGAAGUUCAUUAUUUUAAUUAAUUCAUUAUGAAAAGAGAAGAUAAGAAUUAAUGGCUGUUGGUACACAGGAGAGAUUGUCCUUCAUUAUAAGCAAGAUGAAAAUUCUACUUGCUCAAAAAAAUUCUCUGCUUAAUCAAACGGUUUAUUACUAUAGUAUAUUGGAUUUUUAGUCAUCCUGUAUCUAAUAUGUGUGAGCUUACUUUAAAAUAACAAACCAUGUUAAACCUCUCAACCAGAAUGUUUUAAUUAUUAAAACAUCAAUUUCAAAGUUCAACAAUGCAUGAAGACUACUAUAGUCGAAUUUACAGAGCUCUCUUUUAAGCAAAAGGACAUGAUGCUACCUCAAAACAGAUACAUAAGUUGUUUUGUCACCCUAUGGGAGAAAUUAAUGGAAGUUUUUAUCAGGGAUAAUUUGUCCUUUUCAUAUUAGGUAAAUUAUGUAAGUAUAGAAAAUUUAUAUAGGCAGUUUCAAAACUUCUGUGAUUAAAUAAACAAACAAAAUGCAUAAAACACAUACCAACCCUUCACCAUAUUCAGGAGUUUACAGCAAAACUAAGAAGUCUCAAACUGAUGCCAUGAGCACACACCCUCCUUUACCUAAUGAACGCACACCUUCACACACACCUCCCUUUUUAUAUAGCCUGUGAUAGCAUGCAGUGUACUUCCAAGGAUUUCUUCCACUGCACAUGUUUUCAACGUUCUUCCCUCGUGUUUAGGACAACCGUAGCUACACCAAACUGCUGUAUUAAAAUAUUUUAAAUUAUUCACCUCUAGAGAAUUGUGAUUUUUCAAAUAUCACUGAAAAGGUAUUCUUUGAUCAAAGUCAUUCAGUGGAAGCUGUAAAGAAGCACAAGUCAUCCUAGAGACGUGAAACUACAGUUCUUUCUAUAAUGUUUGGAAGGAGAAUCAUAUGGUAAAUGGGAAAGGUAAUACACAAUCCAGACAUAAAUUUUAAGAUUAUAAUGAAAUUUUAAUUAUAAAAAAAUAUUAAGCAACAGAGAAAACAGAGUGUAAAGCCUCUAACAUUCGUUGGUUACCAUUCAAAAUCUUCUGUUUUCUAACUUUCGUCAGUGUGCAGUGGCAAUACUAAUAGCUGCACACAAGGGCAACUGUGAAGAUUGAGGGCGAGACACUUGCACUGUGUUUGAACUACGCUGAAUGGGUAUUUUACAAUCAACAAAGAAGCACUCAUUAUUUUGAAGGUCUCUUCAUUCUCUUAAUUGUUACUCUAUGUGGAUGCAAUUGUUUUUCCUUUCAGAACCCCUCACAAAUACACUGAAAUGUUGUUUGUGCCUCACUGGAGACAUUUUACUCUGCCUUGAUUAUUUAAUGUUCUGCUAUUAAUUGGUAAGGUGUCUAAAAACACCUAUUAAGAUUAACACAGGGCUUUGCGAACUAUACUCACCUAAGAAUUUUUGUCACUGUGAGAUGAUCCUGCUUUUAUUUUUCUAUUUUUAUUUAAUUUGUUUUCAAAUUUACUCGGAAACAUGUGUAAAAUUCAUAUUUAUGCUAUGUGAUAUUUCAGUGCAUGUAAACAUUCCUAAUACAUCUAGGUAAAUUCUGCAACAUGUUUCUGGUUCCUCUGACCAUGCUUUGAGAACAAAGUUCCUAUCAUACUCCAGAUUUUCCUCAAAUGUGGAAAAUAUAUUUUUCAUGUAACAAUAUGGCAUAAUUUUAUUUAAAAAGUAAAUAGAUAAAAUAUGCUUGGAGAGCUCCAGUAGAAAUGAAAUGUAAUAACAUCUGAGGUUGUACACAUAUCAAGGAGCUGAAGACCAAUUUACAAGACUAGGUCGUGUACAUUCUCACGCUGUAGGAAUGACCUAAUGCAUUCAUUUGGAUGAUACUGCCACUAUCUGAGGAAUACCAAAAUAGUACUCUGGCUUUACAUAUAGCUCCCAAUCAAAAACACUAUAAGACUAUGGCUAAUAAAAAUGUAGGAAGUUCUGAAUCACAUGAAGUAAGCAUUGUUUAUAGGAAAGUUAUACUAGAUAGCCAUUUGUAAGUUGGUUGAUGAUAAAAAAGUAGAUGAUGUCUGGUUCAAGGGGAUCUUCUCUGUAGCUUCUUUCCUAUAUUUAUGUUUCUUUGGUUACACUGACACCAUGGGUAAGACAUCUACACAUAUCCUUCCCUUUGCUAUCAAUGUUCAAUCAGAAGCUAACAUUUUCCAACCAAACUGAAGUAUCAGUAUGUUUUAAGUAUCUAAAUAAAUAUGGUCUCUAUUCUCCAUCAAAGAGUACACACUGAUAAGUUUUAGCUUUCUUAAGCAUGACAUCUCCAGACCCUUCAGGUAGACAGCAGCUUUGCCACUUCUGUUCUUUCAUGAGAUAAGCUGCACAUCCUGUCAUUAUUUUCACAUUCAAUAGAAUUUUAAUUAAAUGCUUAAUGCAUAAAAUUAUUGACAACUCAUGGGUAGAAGUAUAAAAAAUGUAGUCUAUUAUUUAUUGUCAAUAUCAAAUAAUUGUGGUUAAAUAGAAUAUAGUACUAUGUAGUAGAAAGAAAAUCACAUUCUAGAAAGCAGUUUUGAUUUUAUUAUAAAAAUAAUUGACCCACGUUUUUAUAUAAACCUAUGUAUUUACAGAUGACAAAUUCACCCACUAAUUCACAACUCAAAGUAUCUCCAUUCAGGUUUUCUAUAACCAGAUUCAUUCAGGAUGGAAACAGAGUGAGAGUUGUCCCAUAGUGUGUGGCAUUAAUAUCUAAUAUAUAGCUGUUAUAUAAUUAAAUGAGUAGCCCUCCUAAUCGGUGUCUAGGAUCAAAGUAUUUAGUGAAUCUCAUCCCUUAAAGCAAAGUAAGAAGCUGGCAAGAAAAAAUAUUAGAGAAAAAGCAAAGUGAAGCAACUGCCAUUAACAAAAAAAAAAAAAAAAAAAUCCAAUGAUCUCAUUAAAGACAUUGUGUGCAAUCUCCAUUCUAAGUGUCUAGUCUCUAGAUUAUGUCUAAGGUUUGCAACAGUAUCAUCUGCUAUCAGAAAAAUGCAGCUCUCAUUCAGAUGUAAAGUAAAAAUAUUCUAGAUAUGGACUAUAGGUUUCAUAGAUGGGUUGCAGGUUUGGUUCCAAAUACAGUGUCAACUAAUGCAAUUUAUUUCCUGUCCUGCUUUUCUUACCUGGUUAUGGGGGGAAAUUUUUAUUACAAAAGCCUCUAAGUAAUGAUCCUUUUGUUCAAAAUAUUUUAAAUUCAUUCUCUGACAAUUUCAUAAGUCCUGUUUUUGCUUUUUGUGUGUCCAUUAAGCUUAAAUAUGGUUGCUCGCAUGGUCAUGGGUGUGUUCACUAAAUAACAGGUCCAAUGUACCAAUGAAUACAAAACAGAUGCAAAUUGGCUCCAACUCUCCUAUUAGCCAUUAUCAGCCAGUAGUCCCUCGGAAAGAGGUGGGGCAUAAUGGGCCCAUGGAACAGCUAUGAUGAAAGGUUUACAUUCUCAGUCUUGUGCAGGUAACUAUGGCUACUAUCAGUUAAUCAGCACAGCAGCCAGGACAUAUUCAGACAGCAACAGCAUUUUAGAAGUUACUUCCCCAUGCUUUGGCUCUUAUAUUCUUUCCAACCCCUCUGCUGCCAUGGACUCUGAGCACUGGAAGUGAUGACAUAGGACUGAGUACUUGACAGUCACUUAGUCUCAACACUUUCAGUCAUGAAUCAGCCAUGAAUGCAGAAGCUUCUCUAGCCACGACUGAGAGCAGGUCUCAUCUAUAGAUAUAAGACACUCCUUUGGCAUGCAUAUAUAUAUAUAUAUAUAUAUAUAUAUAUAUAUAUAUAUGUAUGUAUAUGUAUAUAUAUAUAUGUAUGUGUGUGUAUGUCUGUGUGUCUCUCUGUGUGUGUAUAUGUAAUGUGACGGGAAUGUGUAUGUAUAUAAAUAUAUAUACAUAUAUAUACAUAUUUAUACAUAUAUAUGUAUAUAUAUGAGAAAAAUUUCACUUCUAGAAAGCUGAAUAGAAAUUUAAAAAAAAACUCAAAAGAUAGUGCUUCAGAAACAAAGAUCAGCUUUUUGAACUGUGAAAUCUAAUUGAAAAAUGCGUAAGAAUAGCUUUCUUAUAAGAAGGUUAAGGGAACUGUGGAUGAAGUCACAGUAAAAAAAGAGUAUGAGAAACUUGAAAAGUUUUGGAAUCUUUCAUUAUAUGGGUUUUAAAGUUUAAUGUCACUGAUCAGCAUACAUCCUGGUUAUUUUAAUCUAUCUUUAUAAACUGAACACUGGACUCUUAUAUGUAUUAUUACUAUUAUUGUUGUUGUUGUUGUUAUUCUUGUUCUUGUUGUUGUAUGUGUGUGUCUGUUGUAUGACACCAUUCCUGGGUAGAAAUUAACAAACAUCAACUUAUCCUAGACAGGGCACUGACAGCGGACCAAGUCAAAGAUAUCACCAAACUCCCACCUGGUGAACGAAUGACUUUAUUGGAGUUAUAUAUAUGUAUAGCUGAGGGUUUACUUACUAGAGCAAGAAUGACUCAAAGUCAACCACAUUACCGAAAGCCUACUCUAGGAUGAGUGACAGCUCAUAAAAACCAGAACUCCGGAGCUUACUGCACAACUUUCUGGAAGCUUAGCUGGUCAGAGACUAUCUCCUUCAGACAGCUUUUCUGUACCUCUUAUAAGCAGCUUGCCUGGUCUGAAGUUCUUGUUUUAGAAUAUAAAAUAAGAAAAAAUAGGCAUACCAUUGGCCUUUCACAGGUUUCCAUGUACCUAUAUAUGUAGGUACAUAUUUAAAAUCACACUGUCUCUAAUUUUAUAAAAGUAGUUUAAAAUGUCUAUUUUGAAGGCCAGCGAGAUAGCUCAGAGUAUAUAACAAAGCUUGUUGCUGAAGCCUAGCUACUUGAAAUUGAUUCCUGGAACCCACCUAAAAGUGGGAGAAUAGACAUAGCUCCAUAAAUUUGUCCUAUGACCUCCACUCAUGUGCUGUGGAACACACACCCACAUUCACAAUUUCUACACACAGUUGCAUAGCAACUUUCUUAGAGAUAAAAAAAUUAAAAGUUCCAUCUUUGAGGAAACCUAGGAAUCAGGAAAUAAUAAAAUAUACCCCUCAGAUCCAGGGAGUAAAUAACUUAGAAGUCACAAGAAGUCCCUGAAACUGACCAGAUAUAUGAGACCGCUCCCUCCUCAAGGUUAUAUAAGUACUUAUUUUAAGUAACUCUGUUUUGCUUCCAACAGCUUUUGUUUUAAAAUUAAGACCAUUAUUGUGAACUUGUGGACUACAUUAAUAUUUAAUCAUUUAUUUUUCUUGAACUUUCUGUUUGAUUGUUAUAUAAAUCAGUAGUUUAGACUUUUUCUGGCCCAAAUUUACUUAUAUGUAGAAAACUGUACUGUAAGAACAACUCGGUGUUCUAGAAACACAAUAAAUUCAUACUAUACAAUAAAAGGCACAAGAAAAUAUUUGUUUUGAAAGCGCAUUGUCAUUAGUCAUUGUAAUGUAGAAUUUACAAAGAAAAGCAUUAGCCCUUAUAAAAAGUAUUAAAUAAGACUUUGAGUUGUUCCAAUAAUUGAGAAAAAAGGCCAAAAAUAAUGUUCCAUAUUAGAGUAUAGAACAUUUCUAGUGAAUGUGUACUUUUAAAAAAGACUCACAUGCUAGCAGCUAACACUCAAAAAUAUUCUUGUGAUUAAUGAAGUUUGUGGUGUAAGUGUUAUAAUAAAAAAUAUUUAUUCUGACUGGUGGUAACAAUUGUGUGAGUAGUUCAUUAACUGCUCCCAUUUCUUCUGAGACUUUUUGAUUUGAUGAGAACUGGACAUGGCACCAAACUAUGAGAAUAGUAGACUAUCAUUAGGAAUCAUUUCACUGAUUUGUUUUUCUUUGCCACUUGUGUUUACUACUGCCCCAGAUCUACAGGCUAUCCAGUUCCUGGAUAUCCUGGCAGUAUAAGGCAUGGGCUCCUCCUUUUGACACGGGCUUCAAGCUGAACCAAGCAGUUGUUUGCAACUUCUACAAGUUCUGAACCACCAUUGCCCCAAGACAUGUACACAGUACAGAUUGUAGAUUGAAGGUUUUGUAGCUGAGUUGGUGUCCAAGUGUCUCUUUCUUUAACCUGCAUAAUACCUUUUGCACCAAGGAGACUGGAACACAAGAAUGAAGGCUCCUAACCUACACCAGCUCCACCCCUCUACAGUCAAUGAGCUGUAUGGAUGUUGUCUCACUGAUGACACCUGGAUGUCAGUGUUUAAAGAGACGACCUCUGUCUUAACAUCAGCCUGGGGUCUUGACGGAUCUUCAAAGGGACCUUCUCAGCCAACAACUCAACCAAAUAUAACCCAGUCACUGAGAGCUUUACCUGGAUACAAAUAGGCAAGUCAAACUCUGCAUCCUUCAUUACAAGAUAGGCUCACUAGAUAGGCUUUCUCAGGCAGCAGAUGAGAGCAGAUGCAAAGACCCAUAGCCAGACAUUAUGCAGAGAAAAAAUUCUAAAUUGGAGGUCUCCAUAGAGUCUCUCCCCCUCAGAGAUAGAGAAACAUGUGGAAGAGACAAAAGAAAGACUGUAGGAGUCAGAGUGGAUAGAGGACACCAGGAGAACAUGGCCCACAAAAUCAACUAAGCAGGACUCACAUGGGCUUACUGAGACUGAAGCAGCAAGCACUAGGUCUGCAUGGGUCUGAAUCAGGUCCGCAGUAUUAUGCUAUGGCUGUUAGCUUGUUAUUUUUGUGAGACCCCCAACAAUGGGAGUGAAUGUGUUUCUGACAUAGGAUAGCUCACAACCACCUAUUACUCCAGUCCCAGGAGACCCAAUGACCUCUUCUGACCUCUGUGAGUACCUGUACUCAUGUGCACAGUCCCCUGCCUUCCAACCAGUUAUAAAUAAAAUAGAGGAAGAGGAGACAACAGCAUGAUGCCAGGCAUGGGGAACAUCUGUAAUCUCAGCACUUGGGAGAGACAAUUGGGAGGAUCACAAAGUGGAACUCAACCUGGGUUACAGAGUCUCAAAAAAAAAAAAAAAAAUGGACAGCACUCAGGGUGAGAGUGUACCUAGCUAGUGCCUCUGUACUAACCACCAUAAUCUUGCCAUGAAGCCCACGGCCUGCUCUUUUGCCUGCUCUUGAGUCACUGUUCCUCCUAUUGGGUUGCCUUGUCAAGACUCACCUUGUCUUAGCGUAUCUUGUUUUGUCCGUUUUGCUGUCUUCUCUUGGAAGCCUGCUCUUUUCAGAAGAGGAAGCAAGGGGAGUGGAUCUUGGGAGAGACAGGCGAGGUAGGAUUAGUGGAGGGAGGGGAAGCUGUGUUUGGGAUGUACUGCAUGAAAGGAGAAUCAAUUUUCAGUUUAAAAAAAAAAGAAAGUUUGCAUUUAUUUGAGAUGUAAUGUUACAGCACUCUGAAUUUCAUAUUCACACAAAAUUGUGUUCCCCCUACUGAAAUCUGAAUAAUUGUAUGAAUUGGGCAAAUCAUUAUCUUUCCUUUUGAAAGAUUUAUCGUUCCUAAAUCCAAAAGAAAGACUAUAGCUCUUACCCUAUACAGAUUGUAAUAUUGCUUGGCUGGCAUUAAAUAUGUUUUGAAAUAUAUAUUGUGCUAAUAAAAGAGAUCACUAUAAAGAAAUUCAUAGACUAUCUCACACCAGCUUUCACACGGUCUCUCAGCGCUUCUCUGGUGUCGUGUUAGGCGCCACGUAGUCUUAGUCUCUUUGAAUUUGUCAGAUGCUUUAUCUACAGUUGGUUAACACACUUCCAUUUGUAGCCAUGGCAGUUUUCAUCAAACACCACAAAGCUAUUAUAUUGCAAUAUGACUUCAGGUAAGCACUUUGUACAACAGAAUCCUAGAUGGAACUGGAGAUUGAAUUCACCAUUUCCGCAAACCAGUAAAUAGUGUCAUGUGUACUUGUCAUAGAAAGAAAAAAAUAGAAAGACAAAUCUCAACAAAAAACCUACAGGCAACCAAGGAAUGCUGAGAGUGAGAGAAAGAGUUUUCCCUUGGAAGAAUCCCCUAAUUAGUUAUCCAAUACCAAGUGUUCAGCCCUGAAACAUAGACACGCUAAUAACAGUAAAUGAACUGAGCAGAUUGUAUUAUCAUAUUGGUUACUUGUGAAUACCCUUCCAUCAGUCAGCUUUCUGGGCUGCCUAACUACCAGUUCUAUUGAAUUAAAAUGAUUUGUUUAGUCCUUAUCACAGCUUCAACUUGGAAAACUAUGACAAAAACUCAAAUAAUUUAAUCUAGACUUAUUCAUCACAUUCAUAAGAUACAAUAAUUUUAUCUAAAUUAAUAAUUAUAAAAUAUAUAAUGGCAGAUGCAUUAUAUCAUGCUAAAAUUAUUGAUUUGUUUUAAGUAGAUAAGAUAAUAGUUUAUUUACAAAAAUAAUUUCUCUUGCCAUCAAUGUUGCUCACAUAAACCAAGAGUUAGAUAUCCAUUAAACUAGAUAUAAGUAACUAAAUGACUAAAGAAAAACAUAUUCAUAAGGCUAUAACAUCUCAUAUAAAAAUUGUCCAAGUGGGUUCCAUUAAUUACUGCCUAUGAAGAAAUGGAACAACAGUUUUAAUCUAAGAAACCCUGACUCCGAUAAAUAUACAAAGAUAUGGAAAAAUAAAAACAAAACUCAGCCGGGUGUUGGUGGCGCGCACCUUUAAUCCCAGCACUCGGGAGGCAGAGGCAGGUAGAUUUCUGAGUUCGAGGCCAGCCUGGUCUACAGAGUGAGUUCCAGGACAGCCAGGGCUACACAGAGAAACCCUGUCUCGAUAAAAACAAAAAACAAAAAAAAAAACAAAAACAAAAACAAGACAAAACUCAAUCAACUGAUAUGCUUCUCCAAAAACACUUAAAAGUAUUGAGACAGGGAUUUUGAAUCUGUUUCAGUUGAGGACAAGGAAUACAAACUUAAAGUUACAAAAAAUCAGACAAUUUUUCAGAAGUCCCGGUACCCUAGGAAAUGCAGACUACCAAGUGGACAAAAUGGUAUGAACACUGCACAAUCUGAAAAUCAAUGAAGAUAUGCUGGAGUCCUAAGAGCAAGGGAAUUUGUACAUUACCAUAUACAGAAGCAAGUUGAUUGUGAUGUUGUCAAGGCAACUGUAAAUUUCCUUACAGAAAAUCUCUGAUGAAACUCCAUUUUAAACUUUUUGCUAUCGUUUAUUUACAUAUUCACUUAGCCAUUCAUUCGCUCCAGGAACAUUGCAGUGAAUUUCAGUUUUAGACUCUGGAUGUAGGCAGUGAGAAUAAAAACUGUGUGGAAUGCCUGAAGGAAACUCAUAUUCUAAUGAUUGCUUCACCAUCUAAGUCAAAAUUUGAGAGGAGAUUCGAUUUGUAAUUGAAUGGGCCAAGAAUGCUAUUCCCCUUGGCACAUUUCAGUCAUAAAUAAAAAAUUAAUGAGGUCAGAACUAGCUAUGUCCCUAGGGAGAAACAUUCUUUCCCUAACGUUCCCGGGAAUUUUACCAGCUGUACAAGGGAUGUAUUCCUUAAAUAAAGAGUAUAGUUCAGCCACCACGUAAGCCUUCUCAUUUAUGUGUAUACUCCCCAGGAGGCUCUCAUCAUUAAAUACAUAUUUACCAUAUUCUCUAUACCAUCCCCUCCUGCAGCCUUUUUGAAUUAAUUCAAUAAAUUUUCAUUGUGUUCUUACUUUGUGUCAUGCGCUGCUCCUGUAUAACAGUGAAGUGUCAGUGAAAAAAGUGAAUGCAUGAAAUACAGGGACUUGCAUUCUCUCGAGGGAUAAAAAUGAAACCCAUAAUGAUGAAUAUGAUGAAUUCUUCUCCAAUUCCUGUAAGUGAAUACAGAGGACUCACAGAAUAACUCUUGGCUAAGGUGUCACUUCUAGAAUGGCUUAAAGAAACCUUUUUUCUUUCUUUUCUUUUUUUUUUUGUUUUUUUGACCUAAAAAAAAAAAAAAACUAAAAAAAGUUUCAUAUGAGAGAAAAAAGAAGUUUACUUGAUGAUAUAAGGUAGGAAAAUGCCUCUUCAUGCAUUGGCAGAAAGACUCAGGUAGUUGGGCCAAGGUGCGCAUGGAUGGGUUGAAGUGAGAACAGGGAAAUAAAUAAAAGUAAAACCAAACUUGUAAGCUGUAUGCAGAACUUUUGCUUAUCUUAUGAGUGAGGUGAAAAUGAACUCAUCACAUAUUCAAAAUGAAUUGCCUUCCUGUUGAAUUAUAAAGAGAGUGCUCACUUUGGCAGCACAUAUACUAAAGGCAGAAUGAUACAGAGAAUAGCUUGAUUCCCCCCCCCAAAAAAAAACAUAAGAUUGAUUAAAGAGUGUUGGAGUUGGAUAUGAGGCUGCAAGUUAAAUGGAAGGCUGUUGCCAUACACCAAGAGCUGUGUCUGGGACAUUGGGCCUGUUGCAUGAGAGUUGUUCUCCAGAAAUAGACACUAGAAAUAUUUAGAAGGUAUUGGAUGGGUGGUGAUACAACGAUGAGGAUUGAGAAGUUAUUUCAAAGAUCAACCUUUGAGCACCAGGAAUAAUGGAGCUGUAUUUGGACAUUUAAUGGUAAAUGUGUUAGACUUUAGACAAGAGUUCGGAGAAAGAGUUCAGAUUGAAAUUACAAAUUUAUAAACCAACAGGUUAGAAAUAUAAUUAUAGAUCUGAGGGGUAAAUGUACCAGAAGCAACAAAUUCCUGAACUGAUGUUUCAGGAAAAUAAAUAAAAUGAGCCCACCAUCUUGAGUAAGGUCUCAAAAGAGAUGAGCCAAGUGUCUUGCAUGGAUCAGUGUGGAGUGAUGCAGAGAUGAACAAUUAGCAACUUAUUUUUAUAAUGAUGUGGCAAGUCCAGUAGUACUAAUCCCAUUACAGAGACUACUGCUCAUUGAUGAACACAAAUGUAUUAACAUUUGGACUGACCAAGUCACUGUUGUAAUCUCAAAACAGGAAAUGCAAUACUACGAGGAAAUUUUGUCCAGCAUGUGAAAGGUCAAACUUGAUGUUGCAUUUCUUUUAUGUGUAUAAAACCAGACACUAUCUUAUUCCCCCACUAUCCCAAAUUUUAUAUUCAUUGUCCACAUAAUCUAAGUGUGCUUUAACUAAGUCUAUUUCAAUGGUAAAGGAAUUAUUAGAGCAAAAGUUACAAACUUUAUUUUAUUUCAUAACAGCUAGCUAAUAUUUUAUUUUUUAUGAUAAGGAAAUGUAUUUAUUCAGUAUAUACCUAGGGACAUUUGAACAUAAGUAGUUAAAGAUAACAAGUUGGGAAUGGCAUUCCAGAUGAAAACCAAGAUCCUGAAGCAAUUUUUUGUUUUUAUUUUAAUUUAAUUUUAUUUAUAAUUUGUUUUUUACACACCAUAUUCUAUUCCCUGCCCCCAUUCACCCUCUGACUGCUCCACAUUCCACACCUCCUCCCCACCCUAUCCUGUCUCCACAUGGAUGCCCCACCCCAACCCACCUGACCUCUAAAAACCCUGGUGCCUCCAGCCUCUUGAGAGUUAAGUGCAUCAUCAAAGAAUGAACACAGACCUGGAAGUCCUCUACUGAAUAUGUGUUGGGGGCUUCAUAUCAGCUGAUGUAUGCUAUCUGUUUGGUGGUAAACUGUUUGAAAGAUGCCGGGGGUCUAAAUUAAUUGAGACUGCUGGUCCUCCCUACAGGGUCUCCCUCUUCCUCAGCUUCUUCCAGCCUUUCCCUAAUUCAACCACAGGGUCAUCAGCUUCUGUCCAUUGGUUGGGUGCAAAUAAUCUGCAUCUGACUCUUUCAGCUGCUUGUAUUUCAGAGGGCAGUCAUGAUAGAUCACUUUUUGUGAGUGUUCCAUAGCCUCAGUAAUAGUGUCAGGCCUUGGGACCUCCCCUUGAGCUGGAACCCACUUUGGGCCUGUCCCUGGACCUUCUUUUCCUCAGACUCCUCUCCAUUUCCAUCCCUGUAAUUCUUUCAGACAGAAACAAUUAUGGGUCAGAGGUGUGGCUGUGGGAUGGCAACUCCAUCCCUCACUUGAUGUUCUGUCUUGCUGCUGGUGGUUGGCUCUAUAAGUUCCCUCUCCCUACUGUCAGGCAUUUCAUCAAAGGUCCCUCCCUAGGAGUCCUGGGAGUCUCUCACCUCCCAGGUCUCUGGUGCAUUCUUGGGGGGACGGGUGGUCCCCCCAACAUCCUAUUUCCUGAGGUUGCCUGUUCACAUUUUUUCUGCUGGCCCUCAGAGCUUCAGUCCUGUUCCCUCACCCAAUACCCCAUCAGGUUCCCCUCUUGCCCCCACUGACCUACCACCUCAUCCACUUUCCUUCCCAAAUCCCUCCCUCCUUCCCUCCCCACUUGUGAUUGCUUUCUUCUCUCUCCCAAGUGAGACACAGUGCCUCAGUUGGACACUUCAGCUUGUUGAGCCUUUUCAGUUCUGUGGACUGCAUCUUGGGUAUUCUGUAUGGGUUUUUGUUUGUGUUUUUAUUUUGGCUAAUAUUUACUUAUUAGUGAGUACAUACCAUGCAUGUCCUUAGGUCUCAGGUACCUCACUCAGGAUGAUAUUUUCUAGUUCCAUCCACUUGCCUGCAAAAGUCAGGAUGCCCUUGUUCUUAAUAGUCCAUUGUGUAAAUGAACCACAUUUUCUGUAUCCAUUCUUCUGUCAUGGGACAUCUAGGUUGUUUCCAGCUUCUUGCUAUAACAAAUAAGGCUGCUAUGAACAUAGUAGAACAUGUGCCCCUGUGGCAUGGUAGGACAUCUUUGGGUAUAUUCCGAAGAGUGGUAUAGCCAGGUCUUCAGGUAGAUCUAUUACCAAUUUUCUGAGGAACUUCCAGAUAGUUUUCCAGAGUGGUUGUACCAGUUUGCAAUCCCACAAGCAAUGGAGGAGUGUUCCUCUUUCUCCACAUCCUCUCCAACAUGUGUUGUUACCUGGUGUUUUGAUCUUAGCCAUUCUGACAGGUGUAAGGUGAUUAACUUCUUAAGUUCUUUAUAUAUUUUGGAUAUUAGCCCUCUAUCAGAUGUGGAGUCGCUGAAGAUUUUUUUCCCAAUCUGUAGGUUGCUGAUUUGUCUUAUCAAUUAUGUUCUUUGACUUACAGAAGCUUUCCAGUUUUAUGAGGUCCCAUUUAUCAAUUCUUGAUCUUAGAUCAUGAGCCAUUGGAGUUCUCUUUAGGAUAUUUCCCCCUGUGCCAAUGAGUUCAAGGCUCUUUCCCACUUUCUCUUGUACUAGAUUCAGUAUAUCUGGCUUUAUGCUGAGGCCCUUGAUCCACUUGGACUUGAGCUUUGUGCAAGGGGACAAAUAUGUGUCUACUUUCAUUCUUCUACGUACAGACAGCCAAUGAGACCAGCAUCACUUAUUGAAGAUCCUUUCUUUUUUCCAUUGUAUAUUUUUGGCAUCUUUCUCAAAAAUCAAAUGACGUUAAGUCUGUGGUUUUAUUUCUGGGUCUUCAAUUCUAUUCCAUUGAUCAACAUGUCUGUCUCUGUACCAAUACCAUUCACAAUUAGCUAAUAUUUUAUAAAGAAAAAAAACAUAAAACAAAAAUGUCCAGCAGCUAGAAAGAAGGGGCAGCAAUUAUGUGUACAUACUACUCAUGCUAAAAACCCAAUCCGUUCUUAGCAUUCAGGUCAAGGGGAUUACAACUACCUGUAACUCAUGCUACUGCACUCAUGUAUACACACAAAACAGAGACACACGAGUACACAUAAUUUGAAGAUAUAUAUAUAUAUAUAUAGAUAGAUAUAAUAUACUUAUAUACUUAUAAAUUUCUUAUACCUAUAUAAUUUGUGUUUAUUGCUUACAUCUUUAGGUAAUUGUCAGCCUAUAAAAAUACAGAGGAAAUUGUGUUAUCUAUGUUCAGUGGCUAGUGAGACACAUUCAUCCAUCUCAUGGUGCAUUUUCCUUGGAGUUCUAACACAUCUAAGUUAAAAGUUUUCCCUUUUGAAUUGCCGUUGUGUUAAUAUGAAAAUUAUUCUUGCCAGAAGCAUUCUACUAUAAUCUUUUAAGGAAGAAAUUAAAAUUAGGUAUCUGUGCCUGGUAAUGUUGUAAGCAGAGUGUUAACUGCAUUUGCUAAGUAAAUCUGUAAAUUAGAAAAUCUCUGCUUUAGUGAUCACAUCAGCCUUGAGGAGCUGCAGUUUAAAGGAGAUUAAAUGUUUUUCUAACAACUGCUCCCAAAGCUGUUGAUAGCACAGGAAAUGAACACCUAGUAUAUUGAGAAAUGUUGCAGAUUCUGUCAAGAGAACAUUUUGAUCUUUUUCACUCAGGUAACAUUAUUUCACACGUAGGCUUCUCACAAAACACCACUUUUUGUGGAUUUAAGUACUCAUUAUGCAUUCAAUAUUUAUGCAAAUAUUCUCGAGAUGACAGGGUAUUUAUCCAGGACGAAGACAUGAAUGUAAUGUAUGAAGGAGUCCAGCACUUAGUCAUGGGGCUGCAGUUUAAGUGUUGGUGAUUUUUAAAAUCAAAACUGAAGUCACUGAAGCUCAUUACUGUGCAAGUGUUAAAAGAAUGCACAUGUGAGCGUCCCCAUUAAAAAUUCAAGGCUUUAUAUGAGCAUUUUUCACUUUGUAGGGUGAUACAAAGAGAAAACAACAUUAGAAGCUUUCCUCUGGCAAGAAAUAAAAUUGUAUAUUCUCCUGGAUACAGUGCUUUCUAAAAUGGCUUAUUUUACUAUUUUAUGAAGUUAGAAUUCUAGAUUAAUAUUGUUUGGACUGUACGUUCCAUUGCAUAGAUUACCUUCUACAUCUAAAACUAAAGUAAUUCUAUGUAUUUUUGAUCCUAUCAACUGAUAGUAAAAGCAUCAAGUAUAGAUAGUUCAUUGUUCUCUAUUUAGUCUAACAUAAGUAUUAUAGAUGUUUCAUUAUAUAAGCGUACCUACUACAUCUUGAUAAAUUCUAAGGAAUAACAUAGAAAGUAAAAAUGAUAGAUGCUGUAUGUAGUGAGCAUUGUCCUUAUUUAUUUAUGUAUUCAUGGUUUUGUGGCCUCAUGAAAUGAAAUCAUUCAUGUAUUGUCUGAAUUCAUGAUGUCAGGGUUCCAAACUGGAUUUCAAGUGCUUGUCAUUAUUCUACCCUAGACCCCAAUUCCCUUAUACAAUAAAAGGAUUUCUAUAUAUUUUGUAACCUUCCUGAAACAUAACUUGAUUUCUAUAUGAUUUGAGAAUAACAAUUUCAGUAAAUUAUAUUUGUAGUACAUCUUCUGCAAUUAAAGCCUUCCAAUUUUCUACUCCUAAAAAGAUAAGAUGAUGCAGAAUAUCUCAUCAUUUGGCAAUUUCCUAUCAUUAGACUGUAAUUUCAGCAGUACAGAUACACCUAUGCUCAACAGCAAGAAACAAGGAUAUGUCCCCAGGAAAUGACAAUUCUGUCUUGUGUUUGCACAAAACUCACACCUAAGAAACUGAAAGGAAUUUAAGAAAAAUGAAUUUGGAAAUACUCAGACACCUGUAAGUUACCAUGUUCUCUGUGGAGAUGAAGUGUGCAACAUUGAAACAAAGUAAACAUCUCCUCUCUGGCCUUAGCUGAAGAAUGAAAGAACCAUCAUAAGUACAUAUCUUACUACUGAUACAGAGUGGCUUUUCUUUCUCACUCACACAAAUAAAUAUUAAUAACACUAGACAGCUCACACUUCUGUCACUAUGACUGUUUUAUUUUCACUGAAUAAAGUACUCAUCCAUUGGGAAUAUGUUCUACGAUCUUCAGUGUAUGCUGAAACCAUGAGAUAAAUAAACUCCAUAUGAUAUGUAUUGCCUACACAUAAACACCAGUUAAGCAGUUCACACUUUAUAAAUUAAUUCCAGAGAGAGAGAACAGGAAGUGGUUAAUAAAAAGUUAUGAAUGUAUAAUGCACUUCCUUCUUACAGACUGGUAGUCAUGGCAUAGGGAAGUAUUCUGCAUUCUACAGAAAGGGAAAGGGAAAUAACAAGCCAUGUAUAAACCCUUGCACCUACAAGAGAAACCCACAUGCAAGAUAUGCUGGUAUAGUAGCGUGGCAGAAAGCUUGUGGAAGCGACCACCCUCUAUUUGAGUUAAGGCCCACCCCAUUAGAUGAAACCCAUACCUGACACUGCUUAAGUAUUCAAGAACCUGAGGCUAGGUAAGCCAGGGAGCCAGGGGAAACCAAAUACCACUGCUCUGCUAAAGGAACAUAGCAAUAAAAUUACUCCUAAUGGCAUUCUGUUAUGGCCAUAGACGGCCUUGCUUGGCCAUCAGCAGAUCAGCUGUGUCCCGAGGCAGAUGGGAACACACGCAACAUGCACAGCGUCCAUCAGGCAGACAAUAUGUAGGGACUGAGAGGCCUUGAAACACUCAACCCAACAGGGAAGUCUCCAUCACACAUCACCCCUCAGGGUUCAGGAAAUUCUGCAAAAGAGGAGAUAGAACUAGUGUAUAAGAAAAGGGAUGGAGGGCACCAAAAAAAAACAAGGCUCUCUAAAUCAACAGGACUGAAGCUCAGAUGAACUCACAAAGGCUGGGGCUUGCAUGCGUUUAUACCAGAUUUGGGGGGAGGGGAGGGUCCUAGAGCUAAAAGAAGAAGUGGACACAUGUCCCCAUCCCUAACAAAGACAUGGUCUUCAAUUGAUAACCACUUGCAAAUUAAAAAUCAGGGUUUUUUCCAAGUGAAUAUCACUGUUGGAAAAACAAAUCACUCUUAAAUGCAGGCCCCGUGCCCACCAGUAGAUGACAAACACAAAAUGAACUCACCGGGAUCUUUGGAAGUUGUUUGUCUCAUAAUUUUAAGUCAGGGACUUUUUUUUAUUAUUACAGUUUCUUUGCAUAUUUCUUUGCAGCUUCUGGUCUGGAGUUUUAUGGCCUUGUGUGUGUGAGCAUGCGUGUCUCUUCAUCUAUAUGUACUCUACAUUUUUUUUUCAUAUUCCAAUUUGUUUGGGCUUUAGUUGUUUUAUUUUUAUUAUUGCUCCUUAGCUUUCUGUUCACUUUCUAACAAGAGACAGAAUAGCUGUGGAACCAGAUAGAAGAAAUGGUGGAGAAAAACUUAGAGAAUAUGGGAAGAGGAUACCAAAUCAGAAUAUAUUGUAUGAAAAAUCCAUUUUCAAUAAAAGAAAAUGAAAAAUAAUAAUGUACUACCUAUAAUUGGUAAAAAAAAAAUAACUGGUUCUUGAAGUCACUAAUGUAUUGACAACUAUGAUUUACUUAUUAUCAUCUGUAAAAUGACCACAAUACAUAAAUUAAACCACUAAUCCUCAGAACAUUACAAGAUAAUAUUUUGCAUUUCCCCGAUGAAGAAAAUGGAGACAUAAGGCUGUAUUGUGAAGAACUGGGUUUACGAAUUCUACCACUACCUUUUAGGUAGCUUUGAAGAUUAGAAAGGCUCUGGGUUAGAAGCAGUAUCUGCCUGUCUAAUCUGUAAGACAGCUUUAAAAACUGAUACAGUCUUUACUACCAGUCUUGCUGCAAGGAAAAUGGAUUCCUCUGUUUAUAGUACAUUGAUUACCCAUGGCAAGUCACACAUGUAAAAUCAUGAAUUAUUGCUAUUUCUUAUUCAGAGGCAUGUCUCAUCCUUUUAGAGGAAGUAAGAACGUAAUAGAUAUAGCUAAAGAUAUUAGUUUUAUUUGAAAUCAAAUAGCCAAGUGGUCACUAUUGAUAAUUGUACUAUUCUACUUAGUAGGAAUAUUUAUAGAGCAGUCAUACUGGUUAUCAGUUUCUAUUUAUGCAAAAGUGGUAUGUAUAUCUCAAAUAAGAAUAAUGGAAAGAAGCUAUUUUUCAUGGAUAUAAAACUGCAUUUCCCAUGAGGAUCAGAAUAUCAAGAUAUAACCUUACUCAACAAUGUGUUCUUGGGGAGGGAAACCAAGUGUAAAGAAAGCAUUUAAUGUAUGAUCCAGAAAGAGCAACAGACGUUUGGAAAAAGAUCUAUUAUUUCUUUGGGCAAGAAAGUGUAACCCAUGUUGGUUCAUCACAAUUCCCAUAUGCAUGUAUUAAUGAGAAUUAUCACCUUUAUCUCCACCCUGUAAACCUCAAUGAUUGCUAUUAUUUCAUGAUGGAGAGAUGAGAGAAAAGAAGUUUAAAAAGCAUAGAUGUUUUCUCAGAAUUAUUUUUUAUAUUAGACUCAGGAUUGGAACAUUGAGGAUUUAAUUCUAUAGACUAUGUCCUCAAAUAUUUUACUAUUUUGAAUUCAUUACACUUUUGUAAAUUGGAAAGCCUAGUAAUAACUUUUGAACUCAUAAAACAUGGUGGUGUCAGGGAUCACAUAUAUGAGCUAUGACAUGCUUCCUGAAUGCUAAGCUAGGAAGAUGGCACGUUUGAGGCAAGCUUGGACUACAUGCCUGAACUUUGCCAAAUAAAAUAAAAAGGAAGAAAAAAGGGCAACUUUUUUUUUUACCGUGAUCAAAUAAACUUCCAAUACUCAAAAGAUCAAAGCCUGUUCUUUUCUGAAGGGCAAUGGAGGAGCAGGGGCUCUGGAGCAAAGGCUAAAGUGCAGAGGAACUAGGAGAAGGGGUGGGAGGAGGGGCUGCGAUCUGGAUAUGUUGUGUGAGAGAAAAAAAAACAAAACAGAGAGAACCAGGAUCUUCCCCAAGUUCCUUCUUUCUUUCAACAUCUGCAGUUACACUGUAGAAGCCUCCCAUUUUCUUAGAUUAAUCCCAAGAUAAUUUAUUAUUAUUAUUAAUUAUUUGGUUUUACAGAAAGGCUACUGGAUUUUUAAAGUUAAUUUUGUACCCUGCCAAUUUGCUGAAAUAGUUGAUUUUGGGGGAAGUUUUGUGGAUAGAAUUUUUUUCUUUUUUCAUUUAUUUUUUUAUUGAAUAUUUUCUUUACUUACAUUUCAAAUGUUAUCCCCUUUCCUGUUUCCACCCGGGAAAUCCCCUAUCCCAUCCCCACUCACCUUGCUUCCACAAGGGAGUUCUGCCACUCACUCACCCACUGCCUCCUUCCCACCCUCCAUCUCCCUACACUGGGGCAUCAAGCCUUCACAAAAGAAAGGGCCUCUUCUCCCAUGGAUGACCAACAAGGCCAUCUCCUGCUACAUAUGUGGCUAGAGCAAUGGGUCACUCCAUGUGUAUUCCUUGGUCAGUGGCUUAGUCCCUAGGAGUUCUGGAGUGUCUGGUUGGUUGAUAUUGUUCAUCCCAUGGAAUUGGAAAUGCCUUCAGCUCCUUCAGACCUUUCUCUAACUCCUCCACUAGGGACCCUAUGCUCAGUCCAGUGGUUGGCUGCAAGCAUCUACCUCUGUAUUUGCCAGGCUCUGGGAGAGCAUUUUAGGAGACAGCUAUAUCAGGCUCCUGUCAGCAUGAACUUCUUGGCAUCCACAAUAGUGUCUGUAUAUGGGAUGAAUUCCCAGGUGGGACAGUCUCCAGAUUGCCUUCCCUUCAGUCUCUGUUCCACACAUUGUCUCUGUACUUGCUCCUGUGAGUAUUCUGUUCCCCCUUGUAAGACGGACCGAAGCACCCACACUUUGGUCUUCCUUCUUGAGCUUUAUGUGGUCUUUGAAUUGUAUUUUGGGUAUUCUGAGCUUUUGGGCUAAUAUCCACUUAUCGCGAGUGCAUACUAUGUGUGUUCUUUUGUGCUUAGAUUACCUCUCUCAGGAUGAAAUUAUCUAGUUCCAUUCAUUUGCCUAAGAAUUUCAUGAAUUCAUUGUUUUUAAUAGCUGAGUAGUACUUCGUUGUGUAAAUGUACCACAUUUUCUGUAUCUAUUCCUCUGUUGAGGAACAUCUGGGCUCUUUCCAGCUUCUGGCUAUUAUAAGUAAGGCUGCUAUGAACAGAGUGGAACAUGUGUCUUUGUUAUAUGUUGGAACAUCUUUGGGGUAUAUACCCAGGAGUGGUAUAGCUUUGUCCUCAGAUAAGACUAUGUCCAAUUUUCAGAGGAACUGCCAGACUGAUUUCCAGAGUGGUUGUACCAGCUUGCAAUCCCACCAACAAUGGAGGAGUGUUCCUCUUUCUCCACAUCCUCGCCAGCAUCUGCUGUCACCUGAAUUUUUGAUCUUAGCCAUUCUGAGUGGUGUGAGGUGGAAUCUCAGGGUUGUUUUGAUUUGCAUUUUCCUGAUGACUAAAGAUGUUGAACAUUUGUUUAGGUGCUUCUUCACCAUUCAAUAUUCCUCAGUUGAGAAUUCUUUGUUUAGCCCUGUACCCCAUUUUAAUAGGGUUAUUUGAUUCUCUGAAGUCUAAUUUUUUAGGUCUUUGUAUAUAUUGGAUAUUAGCCCUGUAUUGGAUUUAGGAUUGGUAAAGAUCUUUUGCCAGUCUGUUGGUUGCUGUUUUGUCCUAUUGUUAAUGUCCUUUGCCUUACAGAAGCUUUGCAAUUUUAUGAGGUCCCAUUUGUCUAUUGUUGAUCUUAGAGCUUAAGCAAUUGUUGUUCAAGGCUCUUCCUCACUUUGUCCUCUAUUAGUUUCACUGUAUCUGAUUUUAUGUGGAGGUCCUUUUUUUUGAACUCUUGAUUAUAAUAUCAAUAUCUGAAAGUAGGAUUAAUUUGGCUUCUUUUUCUAUUUGUUUCCUUGUUUAUUGUAUUGCUCUAACUAGUGCUUUGAGAACUAUGCUUAAAAGGUUAGAGGUCAUGGACAGAUAUCUUGUUCUUGAUUUUGUGUGAUUGCUUUACAUUUUUUCUCCAUUCAGAAAAAAAAAUGGCUAUAGAGAUGUCAUAUAUUACUUUUUCUGUGUUGAAGUGUAUUCCCUCAGUCCUCUUUUGAGGACUGUUAUCAUGAAAGCAUGCUGGAUUUUUCACAAAGGUUUUAAAUGAAUCUAUUGAGAUUAUUAUGUAAUCUUUACACCACUUAUAUGAUUUAUUCUACUUACUGACUUAUAUAUGUUGAAUUAAACCUGUAUUUCUUGAUUAAAAGCCAACUUGAACAUGAUGGUUGGUCUUCUUGAUGUGCGCCUGUGUUCUUCUUGCUAGUGUUUUAUUGAGAAUUUUUGCAUUUAUGUUCAGGAAAUCUGUUAUGAAACAAUCUCUCAUAGAAAUACCUGCAUAAACAAGAUCCAAACAAUGCUAAUAUCGAAAUGUAUGCUAACACUGAAGGGAGAAGAGCACACACACCCCUGGUUGAGGAAUUACAAGCAACUAAUGACUCUAAACCAGGAAGAGUUAGCCUUUCUCAGCAAUGAGUCCUGUAAUUGUCUGUCUAAUAUAAAAUGGUCACGCUAUACACACAGACAACCAAAACAGAUUCAUGAAGAUGUAUUGAUAUGAAGGAGUUGGAUAUAAGAGACUUGGGAGAAGCUGAAGGAAGGAAAGAAGAGAACUGAAAGUGGGAAAGAGAAGGGGGAAAUGAUAGGAUUGCAUUUUAGUUUGAAAUGUAUUAAACUUAUAAGUUAACAACAGAAUUCUAUGUUUCUUAGUGAGUGUACUUAGAUAUAAGUUGGCUAGAACAGCAAGAACUUGAAAUCUGAGGCAAGCAUUUUGAAGUUAUUUAAUAUCAGUAAAAUGAAUUUUGCCCAAAAGAUGGAAGCUAUGGUCAUGAAAAUUUCAAAAGUUCUAAGAACUAUAAUAUCACUAUGGCCUUACAGGCAUUUAUAGGACAUAUUCAUUUUAGACAGUACACUAUUGAUCUAAUCAAUAGUAUAUAAAACUUGGAGCUAUAAAUCUAGGCUCAUAUUAAAACCUUAGGCAAGAAACAUGUUUCAACUCUUUGAGCCUUAGUUGCUUGAAGAGAUUCAGCAAACAAAUAUUUAUUGAAUAAAAUAUUUAUGAUAAUGCCUUCCUACAUCCAAACAUUGUGUAUAGGUUUAAGUGAGAAAACAUCUUGAGCCUCUGGAGAAGCCAAUGGAAGGAUUCUACACUGGUAUGCGACAAUCUCUGAGACCCUGCUGGUAAGCUUGUCAGCCUGACUUGAAUAUGACAAACACAAUGUAAUCAUGACUGGCAUUAAGCCCCUUCAUUUACAUGUUUGCAAGCCCAGAAUCUUGACUGCUCUGCAUGUGAUCUUCCCAACUUCUCUGCCUCUUUCUGCCUAUCCCCAGCCUGUUAAAGGCAUCUUGGUUAGUUCUCUAGCCUAUACACUCCUUGCCAUAUCCAUUACAUCACAUUUUCUACCUGAUGCUUACUGAAAAACCCAAGGUACUCUUUGUGUUUUCUCUUGUCUAUUGCUCCCCUUUUUUUCUACUUUGGAAUCAAGCAAAGUUUACAAUUAUAGAAGUGGAGACCUCAUCAGGCAUAAGGUGAAGUUCAAAGUCAUGAAGAGAGUCCAUUCUUGCCCCUAUCUAGACUGUUGCCACCUUGGGCCACUCCCUUAUAUUGCACUAUAAAUAUUGUUGUCCUCGAAUCAACACAAUCCUGCCUCAUAAGUGUUAGUCACAUCCUGUCACUCCCUUGGUCUGGAACAUUCUUACUUCUUCAUUUGCAUGAUUUCUGAUGAUGUUCCAAAGGGGCCAACUGACCUCACUUCUCUCCCAAACCCUUUUGAGAACCCUUUUGUUUCUCCAUCCCCUUAUUACAUAUUAAAAACUUCAUACGUGUACAGUGUGUCCUGAUCAAAUUAGCCAUAGUCCCCCAACUUAUGAUUUGUUUUAGAUUUCCAGAACAAAUCUCCUUCUCAGCAUCAUAUAACUCAACUUCUUAAAAUAUAACCCAACUUAGUUCAUGUGUGAAUAGAUACAAGGAUCACUACUUUGAUUUAGACUACCUAUCAGUAGCUGAGACCUUAAAGAAAAGUGACUUUUCCUCCCUCAGCAGCUAUCCACUGCCAAUAGUUUUCUAGCUGGCUGGGGUCUCUAAUGUCCCUUCAUACAUCAGUGAUACAUAGUUAGCCUCAUCUUGUUUAUAUCUUGCUUAGUAACCACAGCUUCUGGGGGUCCCUUGUGAAACUACUAUGCUGUCUUCCAAAGACAAAAUUCACAGCGCUCCUUUCCACCACUCCCCUUCUUUCUGACCCUUUCUUUUCAGUGUUCCUUCAACCUGGGAUAGCAGAGGCUGAAAUAGAUAUCUUAUCUACAGCUGCACACUCAUCAACACUGAUUCUUAUUUAAAGGCUUAAGAGUCUCUGCAUCAACCUCUGCCCACUGUAAAAAGAUUAUCUGACCAAUAUUGAUAGCAGUACAAAUCAACUGGUUUUCAUGCAGUCAACUACUUUGUGAUUAAAUGUGAGCCUUCAACUGUAGAAGGAAAUCCAUGUCUAGUGGUAUACACCUAGUCAAAAACCCAUGCCUUUCAUGGGUUUCCUUUCAGGUCAUGCCCCCUGAAAGGAGCUUACUUUAGGUGUUUUGCUAUAUGUACUUUUUAAAAAUCUUUUUCAUAGCUGUAGCCCUGGUUUCAAGUGUGGAACCUAGAAUGUAAAUGUAGACGAGCAUUAGUAAAUGUACUGGCAUCUAAAACUGUAACAAAUAUACAUAAAGAAAAAGUUAAGAGAUGGGUGAAUGGAUAAAGCAACCAUACUAAACAUGAAGUUGGCUUGGACAAAAUCAACACGUUUUCAUCUUAAUAAAAUUAGGAAUAAUGGGUACAGGCUAUGGGCAACACUUCAUCUUCUCAUGUUCAUAUUGAUGUGAGAUAGUACUAAAAAUCUUUAUCUAGACAUGCAAUAAAAUGCUGAAAACAAUAUUAGACUUUCACAAUAAUUGUGAAUAUGAAGGAAAUGGGGCUGAAUAUUAAAAUGAGAAAGAUUAGCAUAUGACAGAUAUCUUGCAACCAGACAAGUGCUUGUUACAUUCUCAUACUUGACAUGUCAAAAUACAUAGGUGGUCUAGACAUGCUUCCAAAUGUACACAAGCAUUUAAUGUGAGAAUCUAGUAUUCUCAGCAUAUUAAAAUCCUUUGAAUGCCUUCAAUAAUUUCAAAUAUUUCAACUUCAAGUAUGUCUAUGAAUCUUUCAAACAUUUUAUCUUAAGAAAUACAUAUGAAAAAGACAGCUGUGAGGAAAGCACAAAACAACAAAACUCAAUUUUGAUGAGUUUUAAACUUUCAAAAAAAUAACUUUUUCCUUUUUACUUGAUUAUCAUAUAAUUUUUUCUUUCUUUCUUAAGACAGGAUUUUAGUAUGUAUCCCAGACUAGUCUAGAACUCAAGAUAACCCUUUGUCUUCUAAGGGCUGGGAUUAUAUAUACGAUCCACUAUGUCCAAUUUUCAGGAAUACUUCUUAAAGACAUUUAUAAACAUUUAAAGUAGCAGAGUAAGGCAAUAUUAGUUGACAAUAUUUAUGUGUUUGCCCAAGGGUAGGGGAGAUUAUAUAAAAAUUAGCCUAGAACCCAGUUACUAAAAGUACUUAAAGCAUAAAUAUGACCCACCUUCUCCAGGAGCUACUAUCUUAUCUUAGUAAAAUGGUUCAUGGACAUCCCUUGUAAUUCUACAUCUGACUGUAGAUCAAUUGGCUGCAUUUAUUUGUUCAUUUAUUCAGUUGCUUGUUCCUUAAUUUUUUAUCAUAACAUAAAGCAUAGUUAUCAGCAAUUAUGUAAUAAGGAAGGAAUAUACAGCAGUGCUCUGAAAGAAAUGAAGCAAACUCUUUCACUGUUAGGGAUCUGGGUGUCAGAGUGAAAUCUAUGUUUCGAAUCAUAGACAACAGAGGUCAUGGUAUAUAAGAACGCUGCAGAGAUUUACUUGAAAGAAAGAAUUCAAACUAACUGCAAAAUUUACAUUACUGUUAAAUAGAAGUGUUUUUCCUCAUUAUGAAAUAUUUAUAUUUGCUCUAAAGAGUUUGGAACAUGUUUCUUUGUGUUUUAAUAAUGCUUCAUGGGAUAUGUUUGCUGUGGAUGCUAUUAUUUUUUGCAUAAUUAAGUAAUGAAGCAAUUAGCACAGCAGGCACAUGUCAGCUAGAAAGUGGUUAAAAUUUGUGAUGAACUAGAAGAUUUUGCUGUGUUUGCCAAUAUCCUCCUUAUUACCACAUGAAGCUGCACUUCAUAGAUUAUAAAGGGAUGGUGCUCCUCCAUAUUUGAAACUUUAACUAGAAAAUGGAGCGAUUUUAUAUAACUCAGCAAAAUGCCUUUAUAGCAUACAAAUAUGUACUACAGAGUUGUCUGUAAACUGUUCUAAAGUACAUGCCUAAGGAAGUCAUUUGAAUGAACAGAAACAAAACAAUCAAGGAAUAUGCAUUUCUCAAGAUACCUCUGUGGGCAGAGUAGAACUUGGCCAUAGACUUUUAACAAAUACAUUUUUACUCUUUUGUACUGUGUCUCUAUGUCCACUGACAAAACUCUUUAUAGUUAGUAACUACAGUUAUUAAUCAGUUAGAGUUAUUGUUAAUAACUAUGACAAGUGAAUCUGGGCCUGAGUAAUUCUAACUCUGUGAUUCCUUUGCAUAGAUAAAUAAACAUGAACAAGUAAGAAGCUCAUCCAAUUCCAAGCUCCAUGUGUACUUUUUUUUUUCUACUUGCAUGCAUUAUGUUUCUUCUCUGUGAGAGCAAAUUGUUUCUCUCUGAAUCAAAGAUAAGUAAGAAGUCGUGUUUACCCUUUAGGAACAUAUAGUGCAGAAUCUAGACUCAAUGUGUAGUUAAAUCCUAUUUCAAAGCAGAAAAGAGUGUCAAACAGUAUUUUCUAAAUGUUAAGCUCAGGGAAGUCUGUCUAAUUCCUACAGUCUGGAAGAUAGUGGGACUUAUGACUUCCUUGUAUAGCUUCUGAUAUUCCUAGGAGACACAAUCUCACAUCAAACUCCUGUUACUCUGGCUCUUAAAUCCUUUGGUCCCCCUGUUUUCCAUGUUUCUGUGGAAUUGACCUUCACAAAUCUGCAUUUUGGUUGGUUGUAAUUUUCUAUAAUGGUUCAUUUGUUCUAAAGAGAAGUUUAGUAGUUGAGGGGUGAAGAUUACAUUUGUUUGUAUAUUUAGACAGGGACUUAAAAUAAAGUUAAGAAUUGUGCUGGUUUAGUAAAGUGAAUGUUGUAGAUUCUCCAUCAAGGUCCUUGACUUCUCUAGCCCUGGUUAGUUUCCAAUAUUGGGUAUUAUUUUCCUUUUGUUCAGUGGGCCUUAAGUCCAACUCAAAAGCUGUUGGUUACAAUCAAGGUAUGUGUGCCACUACUACACCAUGAGGGUCAUGGCUCCAUGGUAAUGGUUUUGACUCACAGACAUCAUAGCUGGAUAGAGCUGUUAGUUGUUUGCAUCUUUUCCAAGCUUGCAUGGUAUCUUCUGGUACAAUUAAAAUAGUCUUCAGGGCAGAGGGCUGCAGGUCAGCUGCAGCUCAGGCUCCUUUACAUGGUGAAAUACAUGGUGUCUUUUGCUGUUGUCUUAGUUAUAUUUUAGUUAGUCAAUUCAAAGGGCUCAAGAGACUCCCCAAACAAUAUACAUUAACACAUUUGCUUUUGUCUGCCUUUUAGAACAUGAAGACAAGAUCCUCUUUCUGAGGACAACACAAAUUUGAGGCACAGUACUUGCAGCAAUCAGGCUAGAACUGACUAAUAAGCCUCCACCCUGAGAACUAGCUAUCAUAGUGCCACAGAAAACAUUACUCUCAUCCCUCAUCGAAGAAGCUUCCAUUUGUAACAGGUGGAAAAUCAUAGAUCCAAAAUUUUGUCAAAAUUCGGGGAAUACAUGGCUUUGGAUUGGUCACCCCAGAAUGGUGUAUCUGUAGUACAACCCCUAUAGCUGAAACCCAGGGAACACCUGGUGUUAGAAUACUGUCCUCUGGCCAGGCAGCGGUGGUACUCACCUUUAAUCUCAGCACAUGAGAGGCAGAGGCAGGCAGAUUUCUGAGUUUGAGGCCAGCCUGGUCUACAGAGUGAGUUCCUGAACAGGCAUGGCUACAGAGAAACCCUGUCUUGAAAAAAACAAAACAAAACAGAAAAACAACAACAACAACAAAAUACUGUUCUCUAAACACACCAGGCAAUUUGCAUCUAUGAAAUCUCAACAAUAUGAUUACAAAGUAAUUACAUAAUUACUAUUACAUAAUAGCAAUACCAAUUGACAUGACAACUUGUUCAAGAAAUUAAAUAAAGGCCCAACCACAGAUGAAAAGCUACAAGCAAGCAGUGGCUGAUGAGAGAGGAAGUUUUCUCUAAGAAUAGCUCCCUGGUAGGUUAUCCAACCCCAAGUGAUAAGUUCUAAAUACAACUUAGAAUCAACAGGAAAUAAGCUUGGUGGGUUAUAUGGGUGAUAUAUAUGUGCAUGUGGUGUGUAUUUGUGUUGCAAUAUUAAUUAAAGCACAAAAGAAGAAAAGGCCUUGAAUCUGAGAGUAGUGGUCAGAUACAGGAGGAGUCAGAAUAGAAAUUAUGUUAAUAUGAUAUUCUUGUUUGAAAUGUUCAAGGAUUUUUUUAAGUUCCUAUUUUAGCAAUGGAGUGGCAAUCGUCCUUUCAAAGAGGAAUAACACUUAAGGAAUUAUUUUGUGAGCGUCAACUACUAUGCAUGCACAGAAAAGAUUUCAUUGCUGCCUGUAACUGAUACUUAUAUUAACCUAGAGGAAUAAUUUCUCCGGGCUUCUCUGUGACUAUUUUUGGGUGUGGAUAAGUGGAUUAACUUGAUUUAAUCUCUGUUGAGGUGAAAAAGCAAUCCGUCUCUGGUGAAUUUCCACUAAGUCAGAUAUGGGAAAUGUGCUCUUCAAAUGUAAGGAUGAUUUAAGAGCUUGAAGUAUCCUUAUCUUUAUCAACAGUCGGGCAAGUGUGAUAACCAUCUCAGGGUCUAAGACCUAGUAUGAAGAAAUUAGGUCCUGGGUGAGUUUUCCUGCGAGUUUGAAAAUGAGAACUUGGGAAUGUCUACCUCAAAGUUAAAAUAGAGUAUGAAGAAGACAGCAGUGGAGGCAUCUUGAAAAUAAUAUCACAAAACAAGAACGAAUAAAGACAAACAAGAAAACACACUAAAAAUUGAGAACUCAUCUUACGUAAUUAAAUGGUAAAGAGGAAAAAUGGCUGCAUGCCUACGAAGGUCAGAGAAGAGAGUGUGUCAAGCAUAUAGAGGACUAGGCUCUUUUCUCAGUUUCUUAGAUGUGUGCUGGCAGAAGUUCCCAUGAGUCCUUUUUGUCUCUCACUUUACUGCUGGUGUGAGAUUCAAAACAAAGUCAUGAGGAACUGACUUUCUUGGUGGGGAUACUCUGUGACUAACACUUUAUAUGAGUUUCCAAAGAUUUGAUCUCUACAAGAAACACUGAACUACCAACCAAACAAGGGACACAUGCCAUUGCAGUUUUGAUGUAAAAACACUUGUAGCGUUUGAGGAAAGUGUAGAACCUAUGAAAAGUAAUGCCUAGCUUGCAGAGGUAAGCUACAAAAAAUGGAUGACAGCCAGGUACACCUUCAGAUUGGGGCUCCCUGUUUCUUGAUCCUACAUGACAUGAAGAGUGGUCCCUUACCCCACACACAUGGACCAGGCCCUCCUCUUUAUCAAUGUCUCCCUCAUCAUGGUGGAUGUCCCUCCUGGAGCAGUGGGGCAGAGCAAACAUCUACACCCUAAGGCCAUUCUGACAAGUAUUUUGACAGAGCAAUAAGAAAACAGAGACUGUGCCUGUGUUCAGUGUCAAAAUCCAAGAUAGCCCACAAGUGUGUUCCCCAAGAUCUAACAAUUUUCAUUAUUAAUUUGAACAGACAUUUUUCCCAAACAUGAGUAAUGGAUUUUUAUUGAAUAAGUAUAUAUUUGCUUUACUAGAGUUAUUUUCUCAAAGAUUAAAUGCCUCAUGGACCCUAAAAUACAGUCCUGAAAGGAGUGUGACUUUUCCUCCCAAGAGAGGAGUUAAGAUAACAUAUGUAUGUUGCUGCACUGAUAACAAAAUACUCAUUUGUAAAUAGUACUGCAUGCUCAGAAGGCCUUCACAACUUUCUCUGUUCUUUAAGGGAUGAAAUUUUCUUUCUGAAAGUCAGAGCUUCUCCCCAGCAGGUGUUUUAUACCUGCUCCAAGAUUUAUGGAAAUGAAAAAUCACUGAGAGCAUUAAAGAUUUAAAGACUAUUAAUAUGCAUACCUAUUGUUGGAAGAGUAGGCUUGUGGGUUGUGAAGACGUAAGGACAGAAAGAAACAAAAGGUGGUACAAAGUUUUAUACAUAUACAUACACAUAUACGUACACAUAUAUAUAAAACAUAAUAUAUUAUAAUAUAUUUUAAAUACAUAUAUAUAAUGCAAUCACUUUCACAUUUGGUUUUUAAUAUCUGUAAAAUAUAUCUUUAAAAAUAUCUUUUAAAAUAAUAUCUUUUUCUCUUUAAUUUAUUUUAAAGGUCACUUAUUUUUUUUGUUGCUGUUGAUUGUGCUUUAUUUUGUGUGAAGUGAGAUAUGACAUCAUAGCUAGUGCUAACCAAUAGAUUGCAUGAUAAGUAGUACCCUUAAGUAGUACCCAACCCUCUAGUCUCAGAGUCACAAAUGCUGGAUAUGUAUAAGACACCACAGCUGACUUCUGUUGAAUAUUUAUUUUUUUUAAUUUUUUAUUAGAUAAUUUCUUUAUAUACAUUUCAAAUGCUAUCCCGAAAGUUCCCUAUACCCUCCCCCCCGCCCUGCUCCCCUACCCUCCCACUCCUGCUUCUUGGCCCUGGCGUUCCCCUGUACUGGGGCAUAUAAAGUUUGCUAGACCAAGGGGCCUCUCUUCCCAAUGAUGGCCGACUAGGCCAUCUUCUGCUACAUAUGCAGCUAGAAACACGAGCUCUAGGGUUACUGGUUAGUUCAUAUUGUUGUUCCACCUAUAGGGUUGCAGACCCUUCAGCUCUUGGGUACUUUCUCUAGCUCCUACAUUGGGGGCCCUGUGAUCCAUCCAAUAGGUGACUGUGAGCAUCCACUUCUGUAUUUGUCAGGCACUGGCAAAGCCUCACAGGAGACAGCUAUAUCAGGGUCCUUUCAGCAAAAUCUUCCUGGCGUAUGCAAUAGUGUCUGCGUUUGGUGGCUGAUUAUGGAAUGGACCCCGGUGUGGGGCAGUCUCUGGAUGGUCUAUCCUUUCAUCUUAGCUCCAAACUUUGUCUCUCUGUUACGUAUUUAUUGUACAGUGGUGUUCAUCGAGUACAUUAGCCUCCUGAAAUCAUGCACACACAUCUGAAUAAAGCCUAGAGAAGGAUGCUGCCGUUAGUGUAUAGACAGUAGAGAUUUUUAAAGCCUUUUUUUGGCUUCCUCAUAGAGAAAAUGAAAGUAAAGACAGAAUAACCGUACACCUGCAGAGGCUUUUACUGUGGCAUCUGAGGAACCGUCUACUUUCAGUGUGAUUCAUUUUGAAAAGCCAGGGAACAAAGUUAAGAACCCAUUUGGCUGGUUUUAUAACAGUGAACAAAAUGUGUAUUCUAAUGUAUGAAGUUCACAUCACUCCCUGCUGUCACUUCAGUUUAAAACUUGCCACUCAUAGUCCUAGCAAGAAGCAGUCCAUCAACACCCCUGACAUCAUCACAACCCAGCUUGUUGAUGCUCUUUCUAUCGCUGCUGUCCAUUUUCAAGGCCUGAGCCAUAGUGGACUUUGUAAAUUCAUGCCAGUAUGUGUCUGUUGUGAUGGGAUACUAGACACAGAGAGUCAGUUUAUUCUUAGGAAAAAGCUAAACAAACUCGAUUGUCACCUUCCACAGCAUGUGAGCACCGUGAAUGGCUAAUUUGACUUAACUCUCCUCUAGCUGCUAAGUUUACUUGCCUGAGCAUGCCCAGCUGAAUCACCUGUAGAACUACGCUUCUGCCAGUGAGCACAGUGGCUGGAUUCUAAGGAAAGCUUCCGAUUUCUCACGGAUAGUUUUCUCUUCCUCUCAGCGGAGGGGGAAGUGUCGGAUCCUUAAUAUCACAAAUAAUAUCCCAUUGGAAUAGUCACAUUUUUGUUUACAUAAUAAUCUUAAUGCUGAGAAAACUACAAAGAAUAUAAGCAUUCCUAUAAAACUCUCACGUCUGCACAUAUGCAUCACACCACUUCCGGCACAUUUGUUUUUUAGACUUACGGGUAAUUUAAGUGUAGCUUUUUUAAUAACACUAAAUGCUUUCAAAGAUUGAUUAUUCAGCAGUAUUUCUUCUUUCCCUCUGUGAUUUUACCCUACCCUGUGGAGUGUGUUGAUGAAACGUCUCAUAAUAUAUUGAGCUUUCACGGAAAUUUAUUGUCCUUUUUAGAUGACACAUAUAAAUAUCCUAAAUGAAAUGUUGGCACCGCCAUCAAAGUACUAAAAUAUGUCACCAUUCCUCUCUAGCAAUUUCAUAUUUUACCUGUGUUUGAUGUUAAUGUGAAUGUUAUAUUUGAGCUUAAUAAAUAUAUUGUAUAAAAAGAGGUAAGUGUCAAUAGGUUUCUUGAACCCUUUCAUUAAAUGGUUGUGCUGCAGGGAAAUAGAUCAUAAGCAUAAAAGGCAUUGUAAAUCUUAUUUAGAAGCAUUAUAGAGUUCCAUAUAUUUAAAUGAUUUAUAUUUGUAUAAAUGGAUUUCCAGAGUACAAGUUAAAUUUCUAACAAAUAUUUUUCAAAACUGUCUGAGAAGAGGAAUAAAGUUUGCUCUUUGUUUUAUAAACUUGGUUACUGGUCAUUUUUCCUGCUCUAAGUCCUUAAUUUAAUUUGGUUUCUUCUGGAAGAUGCUUCUCAACCAUAGAAUGGUUUAGGGGACUAUGUUGUAGAUUUGAUUUUUUUUUUAAUAUAGGGCACACUUCUUGCAGAAGAACUACAGAAAGGAGACAGCGACACAGUGAUAAUUAAGGAAUGCUUUUUAUUUUAUUUUAUUUUUUUUUUUUUUUGAGGCAGGGUUUCUCUGUAUAGCCCUGGCUGUCCUGGGACUCACUUUGUAGACCAGGCUGGCCUCGAACUCAGAAAUCUGUCUGCCUCUGCCUCCCGAGUGCUGGGAUUAAAAGUGUGUGCCACCACGCCCGGCAGGAAUGCUAUUUUUACAGUCAAUUAUCACUAUCUAAUUAUCUGGGGUAUUAAAACACAUUGAAGUCCUCAGGGCUUUGUGGAGGCCAGUUGGAUACUUAACUCAACAAAUCCAAUUAUUUGAAAUUAGUGUAAAUCUAACAUCAGGAAUUGUCAUGUUGGCAGCCCUCAGCUAAUCGUGUAACCCAAAAGGAACAUAUGAGAAAAUGAAACAAAAUGAUCUGUCUAGAAUGGCUACUCCAAAUGACUUUUUGCCUUCCAGGAGCUCUGGAGACAAAGAGGACAUCCAGUCAAGUUUCGAAAACCCAUAAACAUGCUUUCAGAGUCCAAAUGGCUUUGCAUGAACCACACUGGCAAUAGACACCCUAUCCAAGUCCCCAACUUCCUUUCUUCCAUUUCUAUAUACCACUGACAUUAAUUGGAAAUCUACAUGGGUUUAAUGAAGAGUCUCAACAUUCCUUGAACACUAUCUGACUUACUAUUUUUAUAACUUAAUAACAAGUAAAGAUGAUAGCUACCAAUUUAAAAAAAAAAAAAAAAGAGUCUCAGAAGAAACGUGCCCUAGUUGCAAUGGGAUGACUGAUAUAAAAUGUCAGAGAUUCACUGCUUAAUAUCCAUGUGACAACACGAAACAUAUGCAGGCCCUAUUAACGGCAUGAUCACAUAACUAAAUUAGUUUCCCAAGCAGUAUUCCAUUCGAAGUAUAACAUGGAUUAAAAGUUUUCUAAGCACAUUUCUUUUUCUUAUAUGUAAUUUUUUUUGCACUUUUGGUACCUAAAAACCCAAUUAUAAAAGUUUCCUGGAAAGGAUAAGCAGUGUUCUACAUUAUGAAGCACAAUAUAAUGGGAAAAAAGAAUAAAAGAAAAACGGAAUGAAUAAAAGUGCUGCACUUUCACAUCUGCCAAUAAGAUGAGGCCUGAAAAUGCAGCCAUUGUCAAACCAUCCGCUAAUAAGAUUAGAGCUCUUAAGUCGCCCUGUUCUCAUAGUUCCUGGGACUUUGAUGCCCACACUAAAUUCUUAGACUAAAACUGCUCUAUCGAGUAAGAGUACAAUUAAAACAUUUCUGGGUGUGUGCUGAUAAAAGCCUCCAUUUAUAACGAUUUCCUCUCUUGGUAUCUGAGUAAGAUCUGACUAGUGCCAAUUCUCUUUAUUACUUUCUAUUUAGACCACAAAUACAUCGUAGGAUCAAAUGUAUGAAUUCUUUGAAAGAGAAAUCUGUCUCAGAAUCUGUCUUUUCACUAAGUUCACAUGUAGAAGAAAUUUUUAUCAUAUAAAAUGCACUGUAAGGCUAUACAUAAAUAUUUUAAAUAAAAGGUUGUCUCACUGUAGUUCAAAGGUUUUAACUUUUUCUUUGCUACUAGAUGGUCCAUCUCUUUAAAGGAGGAACUAAUUUAUUAUAGUCAAUUCCAAAAGUUUACAAAAGAUCUCUAAUGAGCAAGCAUUGUUGGCUGUGUCUUAUCAGGUUAAAAGAUUUACCAAGGCUUUACAAAUACAAAGCCAAACAUGUUUCCAAAUUCCAAGGUCACAGGUACUUCUUUAUAAUAAAAAUAUUGAUAAUAUUUAUCCAUAACAAAAAUUGUAACUCUAUAACAACUUCUAUUACUUAGCACUCAUAAGCCUGCUAUCCUAUUAUUCCGCAAGCUUUGUUAUGAUAAAUUAAAUAAAUAAAUAAAUACAUAAGUAAAUAAUGGAAGCUGUCAAGUUCAAGAAAAGUAAAAAGAGUUGCAAUUAAAUAACAAUUUACAAACAAUACACGUUGCAACUGCAACUCUUUCCAGAAUAAGAAAAUAAUUUGUUUUCUAAAAAACAAAGGGGGGUAUGGAUUAUGAAAACUGUUAGGUAGCCUCACUGAGGAAGCAUGUCUUUCAGAGAUACUCCUAUUUCCCACUGUAAUAGAAAAAUGUUUAUUCACAUAUUAUAAUUCCAUUCAGUUUCUGAGACCCACGUUGAGCGACCAAAUUAUACUACCGAGUAAAACCUGAUGCCUCUACAAGGGUAGAUACGCUAGACCAGUGCUUCUCAACCUUCCUAAUACUGCGACCCUGUAAUCCAGUCCCUCAUGCUAUGCUGGACACCAACCAUAACAUCAUUUGGUGGCUUCUUCAUUACUCUAAUUUUUCUACUGUUGUGAAUAAUAAUGUAAAUAUCUGGUAUGCAUGGUAUCUGAUAUGAGAUCCCCACAUGGGUUCUGAUUCACAGAUUGAGAACAUUUCUAUAGAUAUGUUCACUGCACCAAAGAAAGUGUUAGGAUGAAUUGUUUAAAGGUCAGUUUCUGGUAGGGCCUCUCAGAGCCAGCCUCAGUGGAAGGAGAUGUGCUUAAUCCUAGAGAGACUUGAGACCCCAGGGAAGGAGAAGGCCUGGUGGGGGAGGAGCACCCUCUCAGAGGCAAAAGGGAGGAGGAAUGGGAUGAGGAACUGUGGGAGGAAGCAACGACUGUAAUGUGAAUAAAUAAAAUAAAAAUAAAUAAAUAAAUAAAUAAAUAAAUAAUCAAUCAAUUUCUAAAUUUCUAAGAAAGAGUAGAGCACCGAGAAGUGGAAGUAUUUUGUUUCUAUAGUCCUAAAAGUCACAAUCAUAAAAUAAAGCAAAAAAUAUUAGCAAAGACUUUAUAUAUCCGCUUUAUCUAUCCAACUAGACUGUUUUUCUCAUAUAGAUAAGAUGCAUAUAUCACAGUUGAAUCAAUAGUCUCAUGGUGGUGGUUUUAGAUUCUGUUUAUCAGAAGUGACCAUUAGGUAAAGAAGCAGGCCAGGUCCUAUUUUCAUAUUCAAUAAGAACUAUUUACUUAAGACCAAAACCUAGUUCCAAUAGAGUCUCUCUCUCUCUCUCUCUCUCUCUCUCUCUCUCUCUCUCUCUCUCUCUCUCUCUCUCUCACUCUCUCUCUCCCUCUCUCUCUCCCUCCCUCCCUCCCUCCCUCCCUCCCUCCCUCCCUCCCUCCUCCCCCUCUCUCUCUCUCUGCAUGUGUGUGUGUGUUUGUGUGUGUGUGUGUGUAUGUGUAAUCUCCUCUUUAUUAUGACUAGAAAUGUGUUCAGCUGCUAACUAAAUGCUGUGUUCCUUCAUAAUUGUUUCUGUUGGCUGCAUCUAGUCCUGUCUAGAUGGUUAGGUAGGCUAGAGUAAGACUCUGUUCUUGUAGCCACAGUUAUUAGCAGUAUCUGGACAUCAUAGACAAUGAAUAUUUAUUGAAUGGAUUCACAGUAAUGCUGUUUUAUAUGUUGCUAGAGUUUACCCCUAUGAAGCUGUGUUUUUUUUUUCUCUACCUCCCUGUAAAUGUUUUAUAUGUCCUAUAUCUGCCUUUAAUGUCUCUCUGUGCCUACUGCAAUGAUCAGCAUUCAGAGGGCAUUUGUUAUACGUUGUUAAAUGACUCAGGAAAUUGGUUUAGUAAAACAGAUAUACACCCAGAAGUAGUUCCAGCCCUCACAAUGAAACAGAGAGAUUGAACAGAGCAGUAGCCCUGGGCCCUAUGGCUAUAAAAACAUGCUUAUCAUCCAGCCGCAUUAUAAAUGAGACACUAACAUAGGGUUGUAUGUCUGAUGAUAUCUUAACCUAGAAAAUACAAAGUCACUGGAAACAUAGCAUGUUCUCUGCCCUCCCUAGUAUGGAGUGAUGUGGAAAAGAUACCCCAGUGUAGGCAUCUACCAUCAGGACCCUGCAAUCAACCACUUUACUCAGAAAGACAUAAGUGUGGCCCUGGAAAAUUAAAUUGGAUAGUGGUAGAAAUAUUUUGUGAUCUAAGCAUGACACAAUGGCAAUCUGUCCCAAGUAUUUCUUCCUACAGCCAUAUGUGACCCACUUAGCACAGAAAGAUAAGUGACUCUGUGUUCUAAGUGAGUGAUAAUGAGAAUCUGAAGAGCAGUCACUCCCACAACCAUGUCAUGGCACUGGCUACCCUGUUUCUUCUGUCCUGAAACCAUGCUUCCCUCCUUCCUUCCUUCCUUCCUGUCAGCUGUUUCCUUCCUCUUCUCCCAGUAGCUUAGAUUUUUAUACACUUUCAGAUAUAAUAGACCCAAGAUACCAUCAAGUGUUUCUAUUUGUAGCCUGUGACCUUAUCUAAAGUUAAAUCACUGCCUCCCCCAAUUCAUUGUUUGUGAUUUCUUUUCUAUCUCUGCCUUCAUAUUUAUGUUCACUUUGUAUGACUUCUCUCUUGUCACCUUUUGUUGUUGUUGAUUUUGUUUUUUGUCUUGUUUUGUUUCAUUUGUUUUUACUUUUAUCCUAUAACAACAUAGAACAACAACAUAGAAUCUUUUUCCCACUUAAAUUAUAAAAUUGGCCACAUGGCUUUCAUUUAGCAACAAAAAUAAAUGAAAUGGAAGUGUUAAGAUUAGUUUCUGAAAGAAAUAACUAUUUGAAGUCAGAAGUAAUUUAAAGCUAUCUCACCAGUGGGAAAACAAUGAAAUCACUGGGUUUUUCUUCUCAGCAGACUAGCAAUAUUGCACGAGUACCAAUCAUGUUGUUGUAAAUAGAAAUUUUUAAAGAUUCAUUUUUAUUUAUAAAAAUGUGUCUGUCUGUCUGUCUGUCUGUGUGAAUACAUGAGCCUAUAGAAGCUAAAAGAUACCAUAGGCUCUCCUAAGGCUAGACUGGUAAGUGUUUGUGGGUCACCUGCAUAGAACUGACGGGAAGAAAACUUGGGUCUCAGAAAGAGAAGGAAGAUGUGCAAACCUGGAGCAAUUGCUCCUGUUCCCAAACAAGAGUUUCCUCCUGAUGAGGUCUAAUCCCUUCCUUAAUCCUCUGAACCUGCCCAUGGUUUCAUUUACUCAGUUGUGUUCAAAUUUAUAGAUGGGUAGACAGAUCAGAAAGCCCUGUUUCCCUUCAAACAGUUACAUCUGCCUCUGAGACAAAUGUAAUUUAAGUGACAACCAAAAUGAUACAAGACUCAUUUAAAAAUGAUGCUGGCCUGGAUUUACUUUCCACACGAAGCAUCAUGGAGGAUGGGAACAUGAAGGCAUUUUACUAACAAAGCUUUCCACUUCUGCUGGGAGAAGGAGAAUCCAGUCUCUGCAAUGGGAUGACACCUGUUGGAUCAUCACACACUCUACAUGGAGCUCAAUGCCCAGGAGUAGUCAGCCAUCACAAAGUCGUCUCCCUGGCUUGGUCUGCUUGGUCUUGUUUGUUUGUUUGUUUAAGAAUGUUUCUGUUUGUUUGUUUAAGAAUAAGAAAGAAGCUGAAGUUGGAUGGGUAGGGAGAUGGAGGAGAAUUUGAGAGGAGUUUGGAGAGGAGGAAAAAUAUGAUCAAAAUAUAUUGCAUGAAAUUCUCAAAGAGUAAACUGAAAUUGUUUGUUAUGAACAUAAAAUAUAUUAAAAUUAGUAUCAAAUAUAUUUUAGGCACUUAUUUAUCACCAAAACAAACAAACAGAAGAAGAAACAAUAUUGAAAAUUUAUGGGAAGGUGCACAACUUUCAUUCCAAAACCAAAUUCCAAAAUAUAAGUUCAUUGAGUCGUAUAGACUUUGAAUCUGGUUCGUUUGCUGUUAUUAUUUGCAUGUUUCUUAGUGAUAAAAUUUUAAAAUUAAUUAAUAUAUAAACUAAAAAAUAAUGAAAUAACAUUUAAAGUGGCACAUCUAUGCUUUGGGGUGAAAAUAAGCUACAACAGCAAUUUGGUGAUUCUAACAUAAGAGAAUGACUUCGGGGUUAUGUGUUCAUUUCAGUCUUGAUAUUUUCUAUCAGUCUUUUAAAAUACCAAAAGUCUUUAUUGAUUAGUGACUCUGAAGGCCACAGAUAAUUAGACAUAGAAGCAUACUGUGUAGUAAAUGUACGUUUAUGUGUUGCUCCAGCAACACAAAAAAUAGCACCCAUCACCAUCCACAUAACUGUAAUAGCCUGUCUUAAAUGGCUACUGUGCUUCUUAAACCUUAACUAAUGUGUCUUACAAAGUAACUGUAAAUUGUAUUCUAAUUUUUCAAAAGUAAAUUUUAUUAAGUUUAUUAAUAUAAAUAAAAGUUAGUAAGCUAUCUAAUUACAUUAGUGUGGUUGUUUCAGAGCAAAUUGAUUGUACAUGUUUGAAAAAAGUCAGAUGAGUGGACUGAUUUUACAUAAAAAAAGCUCUUAAAGAUAGAUUAAGCCUAAACUUCCUCUUACUUGUGGGGGAAAGAUAGCCUGGAAUUAGUAAGAGGACUGUCCAUAGCACACACAGCUAAUUAAUGGCAGAAUUAAGCACUAGACAUUAAGGAACAACUUCCUUUCUCAGUUAAAUAAAUUUAUUUAGUUCUCUCUCUCUCUCUCUCACCUAGUAUAAGUUAUUAGCUGUAAAGUGCACUACCACUAACACAUUAGCACUGAUUUUUUUUAAUAUAUCUAUGGAUUUGGGAGACAGGGGAAUAUGGAUAUACUUAGCAUAAAAUUUCAUUAAAAUAAAGUAAUAUGUUUUAAUAUAAGUAACAACAAUAUUAAAAGAUAAACAAGAGAAUACUCCAAGUGUAUUUUUAUGGAAAUAGUUAUAAAAUGACAAAGAUGGAAAAACUGUGUCACAAAAAGAAACUGAGGAAGAGACAGAGAGAGGGGUAUUUCAUAAUGUAUUUUCCUGAAAAAUUAAGGGAUGUUUAAUUUGGAAACAUAGUUGAUGAAUUAAUCUUAGAUUUAGUUUCCUCAUUAUGAAUUCAUAAAAUUCAAAGAGAAGAAAGUAUUUCUGGGCUGGGAAGAUGGCUCAGUGGAUAAAGCAUUCACUAGCCAAGGAUUAAAAACCUGAUUUCAGGUCUGCAGUACCAAUGUCAAGUGCAGCACACACCAUAAUCCAAGCCUAUGAAGGUAAGUUAGAAAGUAGAGGAAAGGUUAGCGUGGUCUAUGGAGUGAAAAAAGCAGAAAGGGGAAAUAAAUUAAAUAUUGUUUGUUAGAAUUGUUAUAAGUUUUGGGAAACAUAAAACCAUUCAAAUGAUCUGGUUCAUGACCACCUUCUUCAUAUCUCUUAGCCAAUGCUUCCCAAUAUGUAGUAAUAAACAAAAACUCUUUCACAAGGUGAAGGCAGGAGCUGACAUGGAAAAAUGUUCUGUGACUACCAUAAGCAUGCAUUCACAUACACAAACACAGGGAAAGAUGGUGGAUUAAACUCUAAUUCAUUAUAGUCUAAUUCAUUAUAUAGUGAUUAUAAUUUGCAAAAUAAAUGACUAAUGAAAGGCUAAAUAUACAUCUUCACCAUUAAGAGCACUUGGUACCUUUCCUGGGGACCAGAGUUUAGCUCCCCAAAUCCAGACUAUUGUAUUAGGGUUUCUAAUGAACCAAGAUGAGAGAGAGAGGAGGGGGGAGGAGAUUAGAGUGGCUUACAGUCCAAGAAGACAGUAGUUGUUUAGUCCACAAGGCUGAAUGUCUCACCUGGUCUUCAAUAUAUGCCAUAAUUUUGAAGAAGUAGGCUCUAAUGGCAGUGAAUGAAUAGACCUGGCCAUUAAGAAUGAGGACAAGCAGGCAAAGAGAAGUAAACACUUCUUCUUCCAAGCCCUUUAUUCAAGCUACCAGAAAAAAGUAUUUGGCCCAGAUUAAAGGUGGUCCUUCCCACCCCAAUGAUUUCCUUAAGAAAAUUGCCUCACAGAUGAACCUAACCAUUUGUGUUUCAGUUCAUUCCUGAUGUAAUAAGUUGACAAAAACAGUAAUCACAGUUAUGGGUCAGGUGGCUCUCAACCAUCUGGAAUUCCAACUCCAGGGAACCCAAUAUCUCUCCCCAAAGUGGACACCUAUACUCAUGUGUACAUAACUACAUGGAGAUACAUAUACCUACACAUAAUUAUGAAUAAAAACAAAUCAUUUUAAAACUUCAAAAGGAUGUAACUGUGUCAAAAAUUAUUUAAAGGCUUCUUGGUCAGUAAGCUAAGAUUUUCUCUGUGUUAUUUGGGUCUAGUUUAAACACAGCAAUGUAUAAUUUAUUCCUGUUGGAAGAAGAGGAAGGGUGGGGUUUAUCACAGUGGGGUGGGUCCAAAAUCAUUAAAAAUUAAAACCAAAACAACAUUCUGAAAAUGACCUUAAUUGCAUGGCAAUUGGAAUGAAUAAAGAAACGCAACUGCCCCUUUCAGUGGCAUUUUGAUAGUUCAACUUCAAAUGACUUUCCCAUCCAAAAUCUAAACUCACUUCUUCCCAAUGAAGACAAGAAACUCAAUACAGGAUUCAUUUGUAGGUAGAAGAACACUGAGACAUCUUCAAGUGAGAUGUCUAGAUAUAAAGUAAAGAAUCUUUCCCACAGUUUUCAAACGCAUUUUUUAAUCAUAGUUUCAUUAUUGAAUUGUUUAUCUUAUGUUUUUAACAGGGAAUUUUUUAGUUUGUAAAGGAUGUCUUUUUAUUUCAUGACAGAGACCCAUAGGCAACUGGAGGAAUGAUCCCUGUGUAUUAUGUGUCAUUGUGGGACUGCCAGCAGUAGCCCAGCCAUAGAUUUAUGAAUUUAAAAAAAAAUGAGAGCAGGAUUCAGCAUGUUGGCAGCAUUUAGAUUAAGGGCAUCUUGGGGAUCUAGACAGGACCUUUGCUGAUUUACUUAAGUUAUAUAUAUAUAUAUAUAAAAUGCAUUUCUUUCAAUGUUGGUUGCAGUAUCAGAAAGUGUAAGGACAUGAGUUCUGCCCUUGAUAGAGAGACUCUUUAUUUUCACAGUUUAGCUAAUCUACAAAAGGGCAAUGUUUACAUUAUUUAAGUCAAAGUUUCAUUUGGGGAAUAUAUGGAAAUGUUCUGCAUCAGAAAACGAACUUUAAAGACUUUUAGAAAUUAUUCAUAAAGCAAUAAUUACACAUGUGCUAUGUAGCAAGUAUCAAGUCUGAAUACACAUUAAAAAUGUGAAUUCCUAACUUCAAGGUCUCAUGAUCAUGAGGGUAUACAGAGCAGCCAGUGGAUACAACUGAAGUGGUAGACUCAGGGACGAAGGAAGGGGAAGCAAUGAGACCUGCUAGGGGAAAAGGUUACAAGCUGCUAUACUGUUCCCACAACAACAGCAAACUUGAAAGAGAUGGGGAAGAUAGCUUGGUGACUAAAAGCCCAGCUGCUCAGUAUGAGGUCUUGAGCUCCAUCCCCACACUUAUAUGUUUUUUUUUUCUUUGUAAAAGAAGACUAUCAUGCAUUCCAUGGUGCUAUAACCCCAGCUCUGUGGCAACUCGAGGCAAGCUGGUUUCCCCAGCCUAGCUGGUGAAUCCAGCUUCAACAAAAGACUCUACUUUAGGGAGUAAGAGUAAAAGUUCAGAGCACACAAAUCCUUGUCUAUGCUCUGUACACAUAGAUGAGCGCGCGCGCACACACACACACACACACACACACACACAUGAACAAUUGAUGUCACUUUUUUUAUAUGUAUCUAUUGUGUCUUACUUUUAACUGUGCCUGAAAAACUUAAGAGUGGACGUCUAUGUUGUUUCUGACUCCUACCCUAUGUUCAGAAAAUGUUCCUUGUGGAUAAACAAGGUGAUCCCCUCUUUCCAUAUUAUUUGUUUUGUUUUACUGUAGAAAAGGCAGAAGUGUCUGCUCUUUUAAUAGUGAGUGGUGCUUGACCAGUUUCCAAAUUUGAAUAUGACCCCAGUAUUGAGGCUCUUUAAUCUUAUCAAUGAGGAAAAGGCUGUUCGGUAUUUUCUUACAAAUGGUCAAAUGUAUCCAUAGUUUGAUAUAUUCAGCAGGCAUAUGAUGACUAAAGCAAUACAACACAUUCAACAUGAAGCAUUCUGUUUGUGGCUGCAGUGAGACACAGAUAUCUACUAUUCACUGGAGUAUAGAGUAAUGAAAUUUCUAUGGAAAAUAAAUUGACUGUAUCAAUCAUAAUCUAUAAUUCAUUAAAUUUCCCAAUAAUAAUUCAAGAAAUAGUCCUAGAGACUACCCGGUAGCUUGUGACACAAGCUCUUAUUGAGUGAGGUUAUUUAUUUUACUGACUGCAAUAGAAAAAAAUAGAAACUACAUAUAUUUUCAUCCUGAUAGAUGACUUCAUGCAAAAGAUUUCAUAUGGCUUAUAUAUUGCAUAUGUAAUGUUUAUCCAAAUAGUUGCAUAAAAUGGAAUACCAUACAGUGCUUAAAAAGAAUGAAACCAUACAUUAUGUACUUAUAAUAUGUCUAGUGAAAUAGUAAGGUACACAAUUUUAGUAAUAAGUGAUUAUUUGUGAAGAAAGAUGGCUAUGUAGAUAUAAAAAUGAAUAUAGAUAGGCAUGCACAAGUGUUUGUACAAUGCAAUUCUGUUUAUGAAUAAACUCUCCCUAAUAUGAUACACAAAAAUAAUCACUGUAGUAUUAAAGAAGGAAGUAAAAUAAAGCCAUUCAUUCAUUCAUUCAUUCAUGCUGUAUUAGUAAUCCUAUUCGUUGCUGUGGCAACAUACAUGGAAAAUCAAUGGCAGAGAGGAAGUCUCUCAGUUUGCAGAUGCAGUUCAUCAUGGGUCAGGAGACAGCAAGGGCAGCUCUUGCUUGACUAUGUGGAAGUAAGUCACAUUAUGACUGCAGUCCAGAAGCAAUGAAUAAACCUCUUGUGUCUGGCUCUUUUCUUUUCUUUUCUUUUCUUUUCUUUUCUUUUCUUUUCUUUUCUUUUCUUUUCUCUUCUCUUCUCUUCUCUUCUCUUCUCUUCUUUUCUUUUCUUUUCUUUUCUUUUCUUUUCUUUAUAACUCAGUACAAGACCCCAACUAGUUCAUAUUCCCAUACACAUUAAUGUUAGGUAUUAAUUCCUCAGUGAAAUGCCUCUGCAAAACUCCUCCCAGCAUACACAGAGAUUUGUGGGCUAGGGUGCACUAAGUCCCAUGUAGAUAAAACAUGGAAGAUGAAACAUCACACAAACUUUGCUCUUUUUGAACAGAUAUUACAUAUAUGGUAUAAUAUAUAUAUAUACAUAUAUAUAUAUAUAUAUAUUUAAUAUGUAUAUGAAUGGUAUAUAUACCAUUCAGGAUCUCAUUGAGGAAUUAACAAAACACCUAAAGCAGAAUCUUCUCUCCAGCAGAACUUUUAAUAAUUGUCUUGAAUUUUUCCAUAAAUACACAAGGGCUGUGAUGUUAAUCUACUUUCAUAUUUAUGUGAGGAAAAGUUAGGGGUUUUCUAGAUGGAGGGAUUUUUUUAUUGUUCUUUAAAUUAGUUUCUCCCCUAGGAAGUAAAUAACCUUAAAUUAUUUUACUCCAAAAGAGACAGCAUCAGCUAUAAAAAAGGAUGAAUCUGAUAUUUGAUAGCAUAAAUGAGGCAUAAUAAUCAAAGAACAAACUUUUGAAAGGAAGGAUGUGUGAGAUACUGGAUCCUUGGGACACCAGCAGUAAUUUACACACCAUUACUUAUUCAGGGUUGCAUUCCUAAUUACUGCUUGGGAAAAAAAGGAUAAUUAUUAUACUGUAGCAAUGACUCCUUUCAUCAAAAAGAGAAACAGUGCUGACAUAGGAAUAUAUUAAGGAAGCGUAACUGUAGUUUGUUGAUAAAGUUGUUUAUAGACAAGAUUUAGGAGAGCUUAUUAAGAACACGAAUGGAUUUGUCAAGGGGCCAUGACAUAUACAGAAAACUAUAGAUUCGUGAAAAACAGGCUUUAGCAAAACACAUUUAAAAUUUGUUUCUAGAUGUUUUUUAACCUACUGUCUUUCUCAGACAUCUUCCUUAACUAUUUUUGUUCUUUUGAGGCUCUCUCUCUCUCUGUGUGUGUGUGUGUGUGUGUGUGUGUGUGUGUCUGUCCCUGGUUAUCCUUGAACUCACUCUGAAAACCAGGCAGGCUUCAAACUCAGAGAACCACCUGCUUUUGCCUCCCUAAGGACAGGAUGAAAGUUGUAUGCCACCAUGCCUAUCUAAAACAUAUUUUAGUAUAUCUUUGCAAACUAACAGACAUCAACAACAAAAGCUAAUAGGAAAUGGGUAUGAAUAGAAAUACCUAAUAAAAAAAGAAAUUAAUCAAAAGAAAGUAUCUAAAUUCUCAAUGGGCAGUUAAUGAAGUGUUCAGCUUUACAGAUCAAGGAAAGAAAAUCAAAACACUAUCAUCACCUCACUCUUGUGAGAAUGCCCAUCAUCAAGGGCAAAAGGUGCCAAGUGCCCAUGAGGAUGUAAAGAAAGAGAACACACAGCACACAGUGGAUAAAAAUGUAAGUAUUGCAUGGAGGGUUGCAAAAACCUAAGUAUAACCCAGGUCCUAUGAAGAGUACCAAAGGCAUAGCACCAGUAGGUCAAAGAGAAAUCUUUACACUCAUGUUCACUACUGCACAGUUCACAAUAGCCACAAAAGGAAACAAUUCCUCGCAUAAUGAAAAGAUUUUAAAACACAAAAUGUGAUACUCCUCAUCCAGACAAGCUAAUGACAUCAUACCAUUUGCAACAACAGUGAUGGAACUUGAAAUCAUAGUAAGUGAAAUGAGCCAAAAAAGAGGAAGUCUUGCAAGGAUCUCCCUCACUGUGGGGGAGAAAUGUUAUUCUCAGAGUGGAGAGCGGAGAGCAGAAGCAUGUUCUCAGCAGUAGGAAAGCGGGAAAGGAAAGGUUGAUCAGGGUUUACUAAGCUACAGUUGGUGAGGACCUGGCAUUCUCCACAAUGAGCUAUGCUGUACAGUGAAGAAAAAAAGCAACCAUGCACUUACUAUCUCAAAAAUAAUAGAAAAUGGAUUUUGACCUUUGUUAUAGAUGAAUAGUAUUCCAUAGAGGCGACAGUGUUUAUGGAUGCAGAAAUAGUGAUUAAACAAUAUACACAUAUCAAUAACCCAAUAAAGUAUAUAAUUUUGUGGUUCUAUAUCUUUUGCAUAUAAAGGAAAAUCAAUAUAAACCAUGAGUGCCAGUGUGGGUUAAACUACUGAGUCAUACACUUAAAUUUGAUUAAUAUUGUAAAUUAAUAUAUAGUUGAUCACAGAAGAUUUUUUUCAAAAUCUAGUGAAGAUUUGAUAGGAAAGAGUAAUGGUAAGAAAAAGGGACCACAGCUGCUAAAGUAAUUGUCAUGUGCUUAAAAACCCCAAAACUAUGCACCAUCGUUUGUAUGCAUUGUAGGUAUGAAUUUGUAUAUCUUAAUUCUAUAGGCAAAACUGAAGGAGCAAAAAUCAUGCUUUUAAUGAAUACAGUCAUACCACAAAUAUUAGUGGCCUUUAUUAGCUUGAAGUUGUGAUUAGUUUUUAUAGAAGAAGCAUUUCAACAAACUGUGGGAUAGUUAAACAUUAUAUUGAUGGUUCAUUUAUGAAACCUCUACAUUUUCUGUAAUACCAAAGGAGUCCUAUGCUGACACAAAAGCCUUUUUAAAUUGUCCUGUGUUCUUGAACUAUAACUGCAUCAUACAUAUAGCACCUUCUAAUAAAUAUAACUUCAGCAAAAAUUAGACAUGAACAUAUAGACAGUCUGGAGGCAAGUGUUUACUUGGGCUAUUUGGAUGACACACAGAACUAAUUCUAUGCCUUUCGUUGGACAAGGGGACUCAGGAGUUUUACCAGAUGAAUCAUAGAAGACUAUUUCCUCUCUUAAUCUGUCACUGUAAAGAAAAUAUUUAGAUAUGAAAUGGUAGAAUUGGAUCUUUCAUUAUACCUUUAGAAUACUCAGAGCUUAAGAUUAAGACAAAAUUUAUAGUCAGAAAUCCCUCUAUAAUAUAUUUCAAUGAGAUCAUGGAAAAUGAAAUAAUUCUUAUAAUGUGUGGGAGAGCUGUGAAGUGAAUCAUUGGAGGGAUAUUUAUCUACAAGGUGUUCAUUUGGUAGUUCCCAUUUCAAAAAUUGAGUUUCCACAUGUAUAGUUGUUACACAAAGAUGAAUUAACACGAUGUAUCCAGUGGCUAAGUGGACUUUUUUCACUCUUCUUCCUCCUCUCGCCUUGUGUAAAGUCAUCAUCCCAUGAGCAGCUCACUCGCCUAUCCCAUUCACCCUAGAGAAGCCAAAUUGCAGAACUGGAGAAUGCCAAAAGAACAACAAUCUGGCUGCCUCCUGAAAUGUGAUCUCUUAUCUACCUCUUUUUCCCAGAGCCUCAUUCAGCUGAGACUAGAGAGAGCCUCUGUAACACACAUGCAAAUGCAGCACUCUCACAUCCCAAGAAAACUUCUUUUCUGCAGAAACAGCAAAGGGAAAUUGCUUUCUAACAGAGCUCGCUCAGAGGGUGGAAAAUCAUUCUGCUUUUUGAGAGAUUUUCAUGUAUGAAAAAUAAACAGCUGUACCACAGAGCAAAAAUGAACAUUAUUAUUGGCCCUGAUAGGCAUAGAAAUGAAGUUCACUGUCAUGCAGUAUUAUUGCUAAUUCUGGGAAUAUUGUUCAUCUCAAAUAGUCAGAAGGUUUCUUUUAAAAAAUGUAAUCAACAACAAGGAAAAAUUAGUUCAAGCCUAAAUUUUUGGUUUUGUUUUCUUUUGUUUUUUUAACAGUCAGAUGCUCUUUCUUCUAAGACAUGUGAAAACUCUUAUUGCUACGCAGUGUGUACAGUAAACUCCCCCUUGUGAAUUUAGUCAUCAUGUGGGCUAUACCUGGGUUUUGGAAAGUAUAAGAUUUUCUUUUUAAUUUAUGUUUACAUCUUAGGUAUGUGAUUUCCCUUGUGACUAAUUUUAGGUAAUAUAUGGAAAUGUGCAGAUAUUUUGUUACCUGGGGCACAUAGAUAGAGUUUUACUGCUGUGAGUAGACACCAUGAUCAAGGCAACUCUUAUAAUGACACUUUUCUUUUUAUUUUUUAUUAGAUAUUUUCUUUAUUUACAUUUCAAAUGUUACACUCUUUCCUGGUUUCUCCUCAGAAAACCUCUUAUAACCCCCCUCCCACUCCCCCUGAGCUGGCCUGCAGGUUCAGGGGUUUAGUACAUUAACAACAAGGCAGGAACAUGGCAGCAUCCAGGCAGGCAUAGUGCAGGAGGAGCUGAAAGUUCUACAUCUUCAUCUGAAGGCCAUUAGGAGAAGACUGGCUUCCAGGUAGAUAGGACAAGGGUCUUAAAGCCUAAACCCACAGUGACACACUUCCUCCAACAAGGCCACACCUACUCCCACAAGUCCACACCUCCAAAUAAUGCCACUCCCAGGGCCAAUCAUAUUCAAACCACCACACUGGGUUUACAUACCAAUGGAGCAGUUCUCAAGGAUCUUGCUAAUAAUGUUCUCUCAGCUCCUGUUUUGGUUUGAAAAAGAUAUAUCCUCAAAAGCAUUGUGUGUCUGACACCUAGUCUCAGGUUGCUGGCACUGUUUGGAGAGGUUUUGGAUUCUUUAAUAAGUGAAGUCCUGUUGAAGAAAGUAUAUCAGUAGGGGCAGACAUUGAGGUUUUAGAGCAUCACCAUACCUCCUAAUCCCUCUCUUUCCCAUGUGUGACUGAAAUAUGAUUCUUCUCCUUGCUAGUCUUCCUGUUCCCUGCUGCCAAGUAUUUCUUACCUUUAUGGACUUGCCCUUUUAAACUAUAAGCCAAAGUAGAAUUUUACGUUAAGUUGCUUUUGAUUAUGGCGUUUUUAUUACAGCAACAGAGAAGUAACUAAGACAACUCUUAUGGAAGUAAGAGAAGCUAACUGAUGAGAAAACUGGUCAACUGAUACCUAAUCCAUAUUUACUAGAGUGUGAUCAAUAUGGUAGCCAUGCUCACAUGAAGAAAAUGGUACAUGAGUUCUUAAGAUUUCACAGAAAAGCAAUGGUGAUAAUUUGCACGCUCCAACUACAUGAGGCACUGAGUCCACCUCAUCCCAGUUUCCCCAGCAUCGAUACUAACACUGGUAUUUAUACUCUUUUUGUAAAGGCAAUGCACAGCACCAUACAGAAUAAACUGUAAGGAAUAAAAAAUACAUGAGAGAUUUUAUUGUUUUUAUCACAUAGAUUUAGCCUGUUAAAUGACAGAAGGGAUGAAAGGAAAGGGAGACUGAUUAGUAGGUGACACAGUUGUUCAGUAUAAAUAGUAAACAGUUGAGGUGUGUGAGUACAAACUAGGAUUAUUUUAAAUAACCAAAUUUUGGGAGGAAAAACAGAGAAUGAAGUCAUUAAAAUUGUAUAGGUUUCAUUGUUUCUGCCAUGGCUCUGCUUUUAUCUGUAAGAACAUCUACGCUAGUUCUUGAGGCUGUAUCUUUUGGAUAAAUGUUUCUAGGGUUCUACAUAUCCCAUAAUAGAGAUGGUAGCAGAGAGCCACCCACCCAUCCACCCCUGCUCUGAACUCAGUCUUACCUUGACUGUGAGUCAUCACAACCUCUGCAGAUGAUCCAACUACAUGGUCCUGACCUUAAUCCAACAAACACGGGGCUAUCAAAGGCACCACCUGGACAGAGAAUUUAUGUGGAAUAAUGUCCCCUAUUUAAAUUCUGGAUAUACAAUAGUAGAAAAUGACUGGCAAAUGCACGGUUCCUUCAUACAUUUACAUUGCAAUUGUGAAAGUUUUCUUUGAUGAAAAUGUUAUGUUAUAGUGUUGAUUGCAUACCAUGAGAAAAAAUAGUAAGUAAAUUUGCAACUGGCCCUCUACAUUAGUCCGAUGAGUCAUUUAAACAGAAAACUAAUUUCCGCAAGGCAAGAGGAAAAAGAAAGAUUGCGUUUGAAUUGCUCCUGUUACCAAGAGGAAAAUUUAUCUUCUAUAUAGAUUCAAUAAGUUUGGUGUGAGUUAGAUACUGUGGAUGGUCACAGGGGUUGUUGCGCAUUAAUGUCCUGUAACAAACUUCUACCACUUAAACAAAUGGAAGCUCUGGUGGCUAUUUUUAUCAUACUGUGAAAAUGCUACUUUCUUUUAACUUGGUAAUUAAAUGUUCAAAUGGAAAGGAAGUAACAACUCUCUCGAAUAGUUCUGAAGUCUUUCAUUUAAAGAGUAACCAGUAUCCUAAGAGUCUUCUAAAUAAAUGUAUAUGUACUUUGUUUUAUUUAGAGAAAUAUGUAUAUAUAUAUAUAAACAUAUAUAUUUAUAUAUAUAAACAUUUAUACAUUUAUAUACAUAUAUAUUUAUAUAUAACACAAAAGGAGAUGUGAAAGGAAUUUGCACUUACAAAUGGAUCAUUUAUUCUCUUAUGGUCUGACCUCUGCUUCCUUUCCAGCUGGUUGAGUUUCAGUAAAAAUAACUUUUAUGUUAAGUUUGUUUAGCCUUAAUUUGCUAUAAAAACAUAAACUCUACCACUAUUAUUGAUUAGGAUAGAGCUGCCAGGAUGCCAUGAAAAACCCAUUAUAUGCAAAUAUAUACAAGCAUAUCAUUAUAUGAAGCAAGCUUGCUUGCAUUCUACAGUACCAAUUUAGUGUAACGUCAUUAAAAAUUAUCACCAAGGGACAAAAUACUCAUAAGACCAAGUGUGGAGCAGAGACUGAUGGAAAGACCAUCCAGAGAUUGCCCUACCUAGGGAUCCUUCCAAUAUAUAGUCACCAAACCCAGACACUAUUGUGGAUGCCAAGAAAGUGCAUGCUGACAGGAGCCUGAUAUAGCUGUUUCCUAAGAGGUCUGCCAGAGCCUGCCAGCCAUUGGACUGACAUGUGGUCCCCAAUGGAAGAGUUAGAUAAAGGACUAAAGGAGCUGAAGGGGUUUGCAGCCAUAUAGGAAGAACAACAAUAUCAACCAACCAGACCCCUCUGAGUUCCCAGGGACUAAACUACCAACCAAGGAGUACACAUUGAGGAACCAUUGCUCCAGCAGCAUAAGUAGCAGAGAAUGGCCUUGCUGGGCAUCAAUGGGAAGAGAGAUUCUUUGUUCUCUGAAGGCUGGAUGCCCCAAUGUAUGGGAGUGUGAGGGCAAGGAGGCAGGAUUGGAUAGGUGGCUGGUGGAAUACCCUCAUAGAAGCAGGAGAAAGGGAUGGGAUAAGAGAUUUCCAGGGGGAAACAAGAAAAGGGGAUAACACUUGAAAUAUAAAUAAAGAAAAUAUCCAAUAAAAUUUUAAAAAGAAAAAGAAAAAAAUUAUCACCAAGAAUGUGUUAGGCUGUGUUCUGUAACUUUAAUCGAGAAAUACAGUGCAUUUGGACUUGAUUUAUUUGUUUUUAAACAAAAAUAUAUACCUGUUCCAUAGCUUUUUCCCAUCACCAUUUUAACAGAAACCAUGCAAUAGAUUGUACCUGCUCCUGGGACUCUUCCUCCUGUUGGGUUGUUGUAUCCACUUUUGAUGACAGUAUUUUAUUUCAUCUUAUUAUAUAUAUUAUUGUGUUAUGUUUGGUUGUUAUGUCUUAGAAGUCUGUUCUUUUCUAAUGAGAGACACAGAGGGAGUACAUUGAGAGGGGAGGGAUGGGGUAAGGAACUGGGGAGAAGAGAGGGCGUGGAAAAUGUAAUGCAGAUAUAUUGUAUGAGAAAAUAAUCUAUUUUCAAAGAGCAGGAAAAGAGUGGAGAAAAAAGAAAAGCCAUUAAAAAAAAAAUAAGCAUUGACUAAUCUUGGCUGUCAACAUGACAGACUUAGGAAGAGGAAACUUCUGCUAAGGAAUUGCAUUCCUCAGAUUGGCUAGGAACGUGGCUGGGGGUAUUUUCUUGAUCGCAGAUAGACAUAGGAAUACUCAGGCCUGGGUGAUUCCAUCCCUCCUCUGCAGAAUGGGCCUAGGCUGUAUAAGAAACGCAAACAUGAGCUGGGAAGCUGGGAAGCAUUAUUUCCCCAUGGCAAGAGCCUUGAAAUCUUGCCUUGGACUCCCUCAAAAAUAGACAGUAGCCUGCAAACUGAACGAGCCCUUUCCCACUUGACCCUGCACAGAAAAAGAAAAAGAGAGAGAGAGAGAGAGACAGACAGACAGACAGACAGACAGACAGAGACAGAGACAGAGACAGAGACAAAGAAAGAAAGAAAAAGAAGAAAACCAGCAGUAACUAUAACAUCUUAAAGACAUUGUCUUGUAUGGGAAAUUGAUUCACAUGACUUACAGGAGGUUGAGUUUCUGUCUUUUGACUUCAUUUUUUUUUACAUAUUUUUAAAUAGACUCUUUGGCAAUAUUACAAAUGGAGGGAUUUGGCCUUUUCUUUCUUUAUGUUUUUUUUAAUGUGCAUGAGAGAGAUUAUAAUUUAAUUAUGACAUUUUCCCUUUCUUCCCUCCAAACUCUCCUCACUUUUCUUCAAAUUAAUGACCUGUUUUAAACUGGUUUUGCUUGUGCACGAGCACACGUGUGUGUGUUUGUGUGUGUGUGUGUGUGUGUGUGUGCUUAUUCCUUUAUAGAACCUGUUAAGGUUAUAUAAGGUUACUUUUAUGUAUAUUUCCCAGGGGAAGAACACCUCCUCUGCUCCCACGUUUCCUUGGUCGCCUAUAGCUCUGUGAAUAGGGUUGAAACCUCAUUAACUUUCUCCUUACAGUUUGGGAGGAUCGUUGGAGUCAUCAUUGUUCAGAUCAUGUUUGCUCCGUCAUGCUGGUCAUACAAAAGCACACAGACUCACAUAAAACUACCUGAGCCUUACUUUUAAAGAUGAACGCACACAGGGGACAUGUUGGAAUAUAAAUUGCAAGAGUGUAGAUGUAAAGAAAAAGGUUGAGUUUCCAAAACUUUGUCUAGGAUAUCGACAUUGUUCUUAAAUGAAGAAAAAAGAAAAACAAACAAACAAACAAAAAAAAACCCCUCUGUGCUUUGCAUGAAAAAGCAACUUAAAGAACAUUAAAAGACAAAACCACAAGUGAUUAUAUUGUAACCACUUAUCAUAAUGAUCACAACUUCUAAAACACAGAAUAAUAAACAUACACAUGUAAGCCACAGGAGAGUUCAGGCCUGUGAGAAAUUCUCUGUGUAUGCUACUCCAAAUCAUUGCUCUUGUCUACAUGGGUGUCUGGAAAAAAAUUUGAUCCAAGAGAGCAGGCACUAGGACUAAUGUUCAUCUUUGACCCAUUGUUCAGGACCUGCCUACAGAAUAGUAAGAAGCUGCCCUCUAGGCAUAAGGAUUUUCUAAAAUGUUCUUUGAAGUGAAAAUAUGCUUGUGUAGUUUUUUCAUUUCCCCUCACCGACCCUUCUCAUGUACCACCCCACCACACCACCGCACCACCACACCGCACCACCACACCACACACCACCCUACCCCUUCCUAUGAACCCCUAAUGCACUCUCUAUCAAGACCAUGACUUCGGAUACAUUAUUUAAAGGCAAGUACCGAGCAGACAUUGGAUAGGACACCCCCUUUCCUUCGAAAACAUAGGAAAUAAAAUUAACGUGUUCAAGAUGCCCACUCUGCACCAAAGAUAAAAUAGCAUUUGUGUCACCAAGAAAAAUAAAUCAAGAGAAUUGUGUACAAACAGACCUUGUUAAAGUAGUUCACAUUGCUUUUUGCCUCUGUAAAUAAUUUAGUUUGUUGCCCAGUUGCCUCUCUGAACAUUUCUUAGUUUCCAGUCUCCACUUUUCCUUGGAACUUCAUCAUAAAAGCCUCUAAAGUAUAUAGAAAAAUAUUUGACUAAAGAAGAUACUUUAAUCUAUCAAACACUUGCCUUUCAAGCUUAAGGACCUAAAUUUGAUCCCCAGAACCCACACAGAAACCAGGCACGCUGUCACGGACUUGUAAUCCCAGCACUGGGAAACAGAGGAGGGCAGAGUACUGUGGUUUGCUGGACAGCAACCUAGAGCCAUCACUGAUCUCCGGGCCCCUUGGAGACUCAUCAAGAAAGGAAAAGUUAGAGAUAAAUGUUGCCAUUAACAGACACUUGAGUGUGUCUUCUGUCCUCUGCAAGAUGCACAUACACAUACACAUACACAUACACACACCACACACAUACACACACAUACACACACACCACAAACACACACCACACACAUACACACACACCACAAGCACACACCACACACAUACACACACACACUUACUCACAUGUGUACAAACAUAAGCACACCCAUACAUCAAAUAGACACAUACACAAAUCACAUUAAAUGCAUUUAUAUGUUUUGCUUCUUAAUCUGAUUAGUGUUUAAUUUCAAAGCUCACAUGUACCAGAGAAAAUAGAGAAGUUAUGCCUCAAAUGUAUUUAUCUAUAUGUUUGUACACAGUGCUUGUUAUAGCUGAUGUUGUUAAAGACUCAAUGAAUUCCAAAAUAUAAUCGAUGAAAAAUUAUAAUCUUGCAUUAAAUACACCCUAAGCAUUUAUAAUGGGGAUGCUUUUAAUCAAGAAAAUGUCUCUUUACAACAAAAGCCAUCAUAUCAGAAAUCUCUGCAAACCAAGCUGUACCUAUGUCUUAGCAUUUUCUCCAACUGAUAGAUUAACCAGUGAUACAGUUUUAUACAAGCUCUGUCUUCUGUCCUGCUAGUAGCUGUGAUUUUUCCAACAUGUGAAUGCAUGCUACGUAUAACAUGUCAGAAAUGAAAACCUCCAUUGAUGUAGCACAUAGGAAAAACAUUCAUCAUUUUUGCUACUGUUAUUUCUAAAGGAAGAGGAAAUUACCCUUCAAAGCCACUUCACCUCUCAUACUUCUGUCAACUGUAUAAAGAAAAUGCUGCUUGUGACCCAGACAAUUCAUACAAAAUGAGGCCCAGGGAUAGGAACGAAGAGUGAGGUAAACUUUUUACCUGAUCCUCAUAUCUGAUGCUUGCACAACUUCUUUACAGACUGACUGGUGAUACUUUAGUUUAUAUAAAAGCUUUAAUCAUGGCUUAAAAGGACAUGGAAGAAGUCCAGCCCCACCACUAUAUGAUUAUCAAAAGAAUUAAAAAUGGCGAUAACUAGAACUACUAUAUUUACAAUCACCAAGUCUUAAAGCUGGCUAAAUCCCCUGGUCUAGUGAUGCAACAGGUUUCUGUGGUCUGGACAUAAAGUUUUAAAUAUACAUUCACAAAUAUAUGUUAAUCCUUUACCAAAAUAAUCCAAAUAGGUAUCUUUGUAUUAUAUAAUACAUUUCUAGACAAUCAUAGUAUACUUUAUCCCAAGGCUUAGAUCUAGUAAAGGAAUAGAAGAAAAGAUAGGAGGGGAAAGAAGAGAGGAAAGGAUGGAAGGAGGGAGGAAGGGGAGAAAGGAGAGAGGACAAAUUACAAAAAAAAGAUAAACAUCACAAAAAAUGAAAUAACAAAGAUAACUAUAUCUAACUAGCACCAACCAAGAACAGAGAUCCAUUAUUUUAUGAUAUUUAGAUUGACUUUCAAAGACAAUUUCAAGAAAAUGUGCUGAGAGUGAUUUAUGUGGACAAGGAAACUGAAAUCACAUUUAGUUCCCAUCCAUCCCCAAAGCUUUAAUUCUCCGUCUCACUGAAGGCUUUCUGGGAGCUUCAGUUACCAUUUUACUGGUGAGGUAGAUAUCCUAACUCAGCCCAUAUGUAGGUGUGAUCUUUGGAGCUCAGAAAGUAUGCUAUGAUGUUUAGAGCAACAGUGGAAAAAAUACUUAGCAAGGUAAUAUCUUAGAAUAGCAGACAAUAUCAUGUGAAAAAGUGUAGCCCUAUCAGUAAUACUGAGUAUCUCAUUAGUUAAAAUCUGUUCAGAAUCAUCCAUUUUAGUAUUACAAGAUCAACAGACAGCCUGGUUUAAUUAACAACAAUUUAAGAGUUCAGGAACCAUACUAUCUUGUAGGUACCAAGAGUGCUCUGAUCCAUAAAACCUUUCCUGAUCAUAAUGCAGAUGUGAGGGGCACUCAAGGGGGUGAUAAAGUGGAAGACACCCUUAAACACCAUCAAUCAAUCAAUCAAUCAUCAUCAUCAUCAAGCAAAUCAUUGAGGAAUUGCCAAAAUAACCCAAUUUUGUUUAUGAAUUGGUAGUUGAUAGAUGGAUAAUUGUGCCUUCCUUAGAUCUAGGUUUCAAAUGCACUGAACACUCAAGUAUAUAGAGCACAAUUAUCUCUCUCAGAAAUAACCAAGCACAAUUUACUUUAUACAUACAACUUAUAUUCUGCAUAUCAGUGAACUUUGCAGUGCCUUGCAUUGAGUUAAUUCCUCAUUAGCCCAGUCUGCUUCACUAAGCUGCAAACCUGUAUAGCAUAAAGCCGAUUUGAAACUUGCACCUUUUUUUAUUCUCAAAUAUUGUCAACAGCGCCUGUUCCUCCAGGAUAUAAAGGAAAGGUGUUGUGCAAGCCUGUGGACAUUGUGGCAAUAAAGGCAACAUAAAAUUAGUUAAGGAGGAAGAAGGGAAAUUGGGAGGUUUUCUAUACUGCUUUUCCUAAUCUAAAAGAAAUCGCUGGAGCCAUUUACUUUCCAUUCUCUUUACGAUAAUUGACUCAUACAACCCAUCUCUUUUUCUUCAAAUAGUGCUGCAAUGAUCAAACUAGAUUGGAUCUUCCUGUGGUUAUGUCUGCUUAUUACAAGAACAAUUAUUCAAAUAACAAAUGGGAAAAUCGCCCAUAAGCAUGCACAUCCAAUCAAGUAUAAAUGCUGCUGCUCCAUUAGUAAUUGCUGAUAGUAUUUCAAAUAUAGUCUGUAUUUUUGCAAAUAACUUAGUAUGUUAAAUAUUACAUUCUUGACUAAACAAAUAUAAUCCCAACCUGAUUCUAAAAUGAUGACAAAGGUGAAAACAGAGUUAUUAUUUAAUAUAAGUCACUCAAGACACUUAGACAAUAUCAACAGGGCUGGCGAGUUUGACAGUUUAGGAUUGUGAGGGCAUCAUGUCCAUCCAGCGUUGUGCAAUGAAAUAUUUUAAUCUUGUGUCCAUAUGAAAGCUAUUAUCUAUGGUUCUAAGGGUGUUACUGGGGAUGGGGUGAAUUUAGGAUUAAAAUAUGGAAGAGAAAACCAGGAAUGAAUAGAAAGCUCUAUUUUCUAAGACAAAAAAAUAAAUAAAUUCUACAAACUGAGAAUGAUCAACAUAGCCGGUGAUUAGGAUAUUCACUGUGCAUCAAGUGCCUGCUCUUUUCUAAAGACACUAAUGUAAAUGUAAAAGGUGCACAUAUUUUACUUAAAGAAUUUGGCAGUCUAGUAGAGAAAAAAAUCAGUUCUAAUGAAAGAAGACAACAGAAUGAUAGGUUAUUCAAGGAGCAACAGAUAGAGUUACCACCUGCUUACUCAAAGAGGAAUCAGCAUCCAUUAGGAUGACCAACCCUUCAUCUCUGUCUUCUAGACCCAGCCCAAAGUUUAGCACAGUACCCUAGGGCCUUGUUGCUACUUUACUCUAGGAAACUACAGAUGACAUCAGACAAUGCAGCUCUAAACUUGCCAGAUAAGUCACAGGAAAACAAAGUCAAGACUGAGAAAACUAAGUAAAAUAAUUUAAAAUCAAAUUAGUUUUGUGGGCUUCAGUUUUAUAUCAGCCAUUGUAGAUGCACAGAGAUGAUGAGGAAAGAGAAGGAAAUGGGGGUCCAAGAUCAUUUAAAAGGAGCAAGCACAAUGACCCUGAGCCCUCAUGGACCAUCUACUUCUUAGGUACAGAGAGAAUAUCAGAACAUGCAAGCUCAGUCCCCAUUCCCUUUGGUGGAAGAGGAUUUUACACAUACCAAAGUACAUGUGCUUGGAUUCCUUAGUUUCAAGGUGAUAAGGAAAGUCUAUAUACCUAGCUGCAUUCAUAAGAACUCCCACAUGGGGAAGCAUUUGAAAUUCUGCCAGAAGCUGCUAGAAAUUCCCCUGAGCACUGCAGGUGUAAAAUUCCUUUGCAUACCACUUCAAACUAGCUGCAGAAUCCUUAUAGCAAUCCAAGGAUCCAGCUAUAGAUUACCAUCUUUUCCUCAUUUGCAUCUUUAAUUCCUUAUAGAGAUUCAAAGGCAAAUUCAAACUGCAUACUGUAUGUAUAGGACAUUCUCAACAUCAUAGAGUCAGAUCAAUGUCUGUUUCCUAAGAACUUAAGAAACAUUACAAUUCAAAAUACUAAUGAUCAUUUAAUCUGUAUUCACUUUGUAAGAGUAAUUUCAACAAGUGUUGGGAGAUUAUGAGAAGUACCCCCAUGAUUUUCUUUUUUCAUCUAAAAAUAUUGCAGUUUUUAAGCCAAAUAUAGCUAAACUUCUCCUAGGAAUUCAGUUUCUGCCUCUGCUCUGUGCAGCAGAUAUGAAUAUGUCGAAACUUGUCUGAACUGUGGGAGGAGGGGGGAGAGGAGAUUUAAAAGAUUAAAAAGAGACCAAAGGUCCAACCUAACAUUUCAUCAGACUUUGCUUUCAACACCUUUCCCAUACAAGGGGCAUAAGCCCCCUUCUCAGCUUUAAGAAAGUAACGAUGUGUAACACAGAAGUCAACUCCUUGUGAGCUGACAGCACUAGUUAGAAGCAGAAAGCCAUAAAGUGUUUCACUAGCUUAAAUGCUUAUUUCUAAACUGUGUCACUCAGAGGAAGCAUCACACAUUAAAGCAUUAAAGUAUGUAUGUCUCCUAACCUGAAUAAAAUCAAAAUUCAGUGAACUACUUUCAAAUAAUGGCGUACUAGCCAGAAAAAAAAAAUGUGCUAAUAAUAAAAUUUUCAUGGGACAAGGUUGCCCAUUUAACGGGUGUGCCUGUGUUAUUAAAAUGAAUGGAUUUUCUUCCUGGAAAAUUUUCACACAUCAAUAGUAACAUAAAGUUCAGUAAUUAUCCUCUCUCUUCAAUCUCCCGACCCUGUGAGGCUGUAAUUCUAUGCCAAGGUGUAGAGCAGCUGGGAAUUGGGCAGAAUUGAAUCACAUCGCACAUAGGUCAUGAGAUAAGAAUAUCUUUCACCCAAAUGGAAAAUACUCAGAGGGAAGGGCAGACAAAGGUUUCCUGAGAAAAGAAAGUCAGUGUAAUGUCAUGUCUUUUGCUUCAUUCAACCAAUAUUAAAAUGCAAAAAAAAGAUCCAACUCUCAUAAAUUUGAAUAGUCUUUCAUCUCUCCUGAAUUUUGAAAUUGUUUUUAACAUAAAAUAAUCAAGGUGGCUAGUUAAAUAGUAAAAUUACAUUGUAUCAGUUUGAGGAUAUUAGUUCAGGUCUGAUAAAAUUUUAAUAGAAAUAUGCUUAAUGACUUUAACUUACUGCACAAUAAAUAGUACUCUGAAGGAUUUGAUGGUCUAUGACUCGAGAAAAGAUUAUUAAGAAGACAUAUAAUGUGCUUUUGUGAAAGAUAUUUGCAGGGAACCAUUAGAUGAUACAGAAAAUCAAUAACACCCUAGUGCCAAUUUCAGCAACAUUAAAAUUACAGUCCUCGUUGAUAUUUAUGAUGAUGGAGCUACCAAAUCAUUUCAUUAUUACCUUUCACAACACUGGCAUUUUUCUUUGUUAUCUGGAAUCACUUGCAAAAUUUGAUCAGUUCUUUUUAAUGUGCUUUAUAGAUGGCUCUGUGUCUAAACAGCUCUCCCCAAAAGGAAGAAUUUUAACUGUCUAUUCUUCCCACUUCAGUGUGUAAAUGGGUUGCCAAAGCUCUUUCUUUUUAUGGAAGGCAUAAUAAUUGUAAAAUAUUAAGUCUUUCAAAAUGGAUCUAAGUAGAGCCGAAUAAAUAGGAUUUAAUAAAUGGUUACCCAGCUUUCUUCUUUCCUGAAGGGAUAGAUGAGAGUGAUGAUCUAGGCUCAUGGUCUCAUAACUUUAAACUGAAAUCCAAACAAUAAUGAAUUAUCUAGGAGUAAAAUUCUAUAUCAGGUACAAAUAAAUAUCUUGAGUUUCCUCCUUGUCCUUCUCCAAAGUCAAGCAAAUUAAAAUACAAACAGGACUAUAAAGUUUAUAUUUAUUUGGCUUCUGGAAUAACCUUAUAAUUUUUAACCCACUAGAAUAUUAUCUCCAAGGGAAUUUAGAUUAAUUGGUAGAAUUAAAAGAGGAAGUAAUGAAUGGUAAAGUGUUGUUAGUACCAUUUGUUGGCUCUGGAUAUAAGGAAAGCCAUAUAACUCUGUACCAGUUAGCCGGCUUCUCCUUGAGUAAGGAGUCAAGGAGACACCUCAACAGAAGGCUGUCUGCCAUUGCUGUCUCUGAUUUGCAGAGGACAAAAAUAAAGUUCAGUGAUUUUCCCAACCCUGAGCUUCUUGAUGUGUAAAAUACAGAAAUAGUAAGUGAUAGAGGCAAAGUCAUCUCACCAGUGGCUUUUGUGUACUCUGAAGUCUGUGUAAGGGAUAAAGAGCUAGAGGGAUGCUUCCAUGUUUUACUGCAUGUGAAGUUUCUAUGACUCAUGCUUUCCUAGGGCAGGGGCAGGGAAGAGUAGGUGUCAUGUGUUUCUUCAAACAUAUGUGUAUAUGCAGGCCAGAGAACAACCUCGUUGUCAUUUCUCGGGUACUAUGCAUCUUCUCUUUUGAAGAUAGGCUCCUUCACUGCCCUUAAAUUUGCCAAUUAGACUAAUCUGUUGUGCAAUGAGGCCAAGGGAUUGAUCUGCCUCUGCUUUCCCAGAGCUGGGUUUACAAGCAUGCACCACCGCUCUUAGGUUUGGCAGACUGUACUUGAGGAUUGAACUUAGGUUCCCAUGCUUGCAAGGCAAGCACUCUACCACGGAGCCAGCACCCUAAUGCAUGCUAUGCCACAGUAAUUGAACACUACUUCACACACAGUAAUACAUAUAGCAACAACAGCAAUAAUAAAAUCUCAGAGAAAUAUUUGUGUCCACCUCUAAUGAACUCUAUUUCAGAAGAUGAAUUCCCUACCGAGGAUGAUAAGUCUUUGGCAGUACCACAGUCUCUUGAUCUGUGGUCACUGAUCAUAUUUCAUUUUGCCUUUAAAAACGUUCUCCAAUUGACUUUUUUCAGGACACUGUACCAGUUUUCAUAAUCAUCAUACAGAGCUCCCUAAACCUCAAGUUACAGGUCAUUCCAGAUGGCUAAACACAAGGUUUGAAAUACAUGCUAACAUAUUUCUGUUAACUUACAGACUUUUUUAUUUAUCAUACCUUGGAUCAUAUUACAUUAGACACUAGCAAUAUCCCAAAUAAGUAGUGACAUUCUUUCAGUUUGCUAUGGGCUCAGGGGUUUGUUGCUAAAUAUAUCUUCAUCCCUAGUUGGUCAAAAUCUACCAUCAGUGUCCAAAGGAGUCUGAUUUAUUUCUUGAAUGAAAUGAGAAAUUCACUUCAGAAGUAUGACCAACCAUCUCUUAGAUUACUCUCUGGUGUGAGUCUUGGGGCUUUGAAGAUUGCCAACCACUUAGCAAGCCUAUAACUAUAUUUAAACUCUAUGCACUACUGACUAUUUAGAAUUUCCCAUUCCCUUUUUCUUGUUUUUGUAUUUAUUUUGUAUAUAUAGAUGCUUUUCCAGAAAGUGUGUAUUGUACUACAUAUGUGUCUUCUGCAUGAAGAAUUCAAAAAGCAUUGUGCCCCACCCUCUGGAAAAAACUUAUACAUGGCUCUAAGUAGACUGUGGAUUCUCAGAACUGAAACCUGGUUAUCCCUCACGAACCAUGGAGCUCUUAACUACUAAGCUCUAUCACUUCCUUAUGUUUUGAAUGUAAAUUUACUCAUCUUUCCUGAGGAAAUUAUAGUAUCCUUUUUAAUUUCUUUACCCUGUGUGCUAAACAUGAAGGCUGCUCAAGCUGACCUGUUAGGGAGCCUGAGAAUGAGAGCACCUCAUAUUGACAUCACAUAGUAGUGUGGCAGGAACCUCAUAUUGGCAUCGCACAGUAGUAUGACAGGCACCUCAUAUUGAUGUCACACAGUAGUGUGGUAGGCACCUCAUAUUGACAUCAAACAGUAGUGUGGCAGGCACCUAAUAUUGACAUUGCACAGUAGUGUGGCAAGGACCUCUGAGCAGCAGCCACUGGUCCCUUUCCCAGCAGUGAUGCAUCAUUUGGUAGUCCACUGGAAAUCAUGAAGACAGUCCUGGUCUGCUUCAAAACUAACCACUAUUAACAUCUUAUUUUCAUUUCCUCCUGCUUCCUCGGUAAACUCUCCUUCUUGACCAUUCCCUCUUCAUAGAACAUGGUCAAUCUGUUUCUCCUCUGAUGUCCUUUUAUUCUAUAAGCACUCACUCAGAAAAUAUUGGAGUCCUUAUAUAUACUUUAUCUUCUUCCCAACAUAAACAUUUUUCAUGAAGGAAGAGUUUACUGCCACUUGAGAGAACUUUUACCAUAUCUCACCAUGAGUUAUUAGUAUGUGCUUUGCUGCUGAACCCAAACAUGUUUCAAAAAUGUCAUGAUGUUUUCAAAAUAAAUAAUGCUUGUUCAUCAGCCACUUCUGCCUGAUGAAAGGUCUCUGUCUACAGUCAUCUCCUGUGUGUUAGUGCUCUGUGUCCUUUGAGAUAGCUAACUUGCUUUUAACUAUCUCAGUAUCAUGAACAUGUAGAAGUUUCUUUCUUUCUUUCUUUCUUUCUUUCUUUCUUUCUUUCUUUCUUUCUUUUUUGUGACUGAACAAAGCAAAAAGGCACCCUCUGACAGCCAAGGACUUGGAGAAAACAAACUUGAUGGCACUCUGAUCUUGAACAAUUGUAAAAGGGGGAUUUAUGUUGUCUAAGCCGAUCUUGGACAUCUAACCUCGAGAGAUGUUAAAAGGGGAUUUAUGUUGUCUAACCCACCUGUGAUCUGGAGUAGCAGACCCAUGAUAACUAGGCUUAGGAGUUUAUGAGUUUUGUUUGUUUUUGGUUUUGUUUCGUUUUGUUUUGUUUAUUUUCUGAAGAUAUAAAAGAAAUACACAUCCAGAAAAAAACUUCUAUGAAUUUCAAUCAUUUCUAAACUAGAGGCAUUCAGUGGUAACAUGCUCUGUUACCAAGCUGGACAGUUUCUAUGACUUCUUUUUCCUUUUUACACUGGUAAACCACUAACAUCUUAUACCAUGCUGUGUUGCUAAGUCAUGGUGUUCACUGACUGGGUGUAGUAUGACACUUUCAACUAAUGAUGAAGUUAUUGGUAUGCAAGCCAAUCAUGUCAGGAAUGCAUGCAUUUGUUUCAGCGGGAAACUCACAUGAUUAUUUGGGUCUCAGAUACAUCUGUGUAACAGGAUUGUAGAAAUCAUAAACUGAAUGCUUAUUAGAACUUAAAUGCAUCUCAUUUUCAUGCUUCUCAUAUUUAGACCUCAUACUAAAUGUAGGUGCAUGGAACUAACAAGGUAUCUAAACCAGAAAUAUGCAAUUCCUCAUAGAUACAUUGGAUUCUUCUGUCACUUUUUAUACCAUUUGUUUAUCAAGUAGUGUUAAGUUUAUAAAUACCAUAGUCACCCUCCCUUCCAUAUCAUUAUUUAUCACUGAAAUAUUUCAAGAGCUUCCUGUAGUCCCUUGUGUUGUUCUACUAUAAUCAAUCCUUCACACUCAGCUAAAAUGUGUGCCCAAAAUGCAAAUUUUAUGAUGUCAUCCUUCACUAUAAAUUUUUUCCAUGGCUAUUCUUCACCUACAAAAUAAAUCCCAAGUCUUCAUCAUCACCUAAAUUGCCCUCUGUGACCAAGUGACAGCAUUGAGCAUCAUCUGCCUUUCCUAAUCUAUGCUGCCAGCGACCUGAACCACGAGGGUGUCUGAGUGUUUGACACUACUCCACCUGUACCUUUGCACAACCUUCUGUUCAUUACCCACCAAACUCUGUUUUGUCCUUAGAAGGUGAUAUAAGUGACACUUGUGGACAGUCUUACUGAAGGCCAAAAGCCAUCCUGAUUUGGGCUCCUUUCAAGCAAAUGUAAACCCAAAUCAUUGAGGGUCAUUUACUACACUAGACUGUCAAUAGAUUCCUUACCUGUGCGUUUAAGGCACUAGUUAUAGAGUUUUUUGAAACCCUUUAUUAAUAUAUUCUAGGAGUCUAAUAUUAGUUCAAGAAGUGCAAAUGGAUGGUAAAAAUGUAUGAAUGAGUGAGGGGGACAGAGGCAGGACUUUUAAGAUCCCCAGGCCCGGAGCAGAGGAGAGAGAAGAAGAAAAGAACCACCAUGCUAGGGAAGGAGAAGGUCGAGGCAUGAAGACCAUAGUAGAGGGAGACUGCCAGUAUAUAAGACUUAGGGAUUGUGGCCCAGGAGGACUGCAGGCCUGAAUCCAGGGCAACCAUACUGGAAUAUAGGUUUUAGUAAGAUGUAAUUCAGGAAUAUCAGAGAGGACAGUGUGCUGGCCACAUGGGAGUAUUGAAGUGGCCCAGCCAUUAAGUUAAGGCAUAUUUAACUAUAAGGCCCUGUGUGUGUGUGUGUGUGUGUGUGUGUGUGUAUCUGUGUGUGUGUGUGUGUGUCUGUGUGUGUGUGUGUCUGUGUGUGUGUGUGUCUGUGUGUGUGUGUCUUUCAUUUGAGAAUCGAGAACACUGGAGUGGGUAGCGAGGAACUUGUACCAAUGGCACAGUGGUGAUUUGAGUAGCAUUAAUUGCCUAAUUCAACAGUGUUGGGCAUAUUCUGAGCCUGAAAUUUUUUUCAGAUGAGUAUUUUCAGAUAAAAUCCUAACACUCACAGUUACUAGAUAAUUACAACUCUUAUUUCUAAAAAAAUACAUGGCUAUAUCCCUAAUGUUAACACUGUACUAAAUGUUAUGGUUCUUGUUAGAUAAAUGUAUUUCAAGUUAUGAAGUGUGAAUUAAGAAGGAAGUAAACAUCUUGAUCGAUGGUCCAUGGUAAGCAAGCUCACUUUCUUACAGCUCAUUCUUCCCAGGCAUUUCGGACUAUUUAAAAAUAUAAGAUCUAAAUGAAAAUAGGGGCAUUCAAAUGGCUACAAUCCACAGAAGUGACGGGCAUAGUACCUCCACUAAAGAAAUUGUAAGAAGUAAUCACUUGUGUUGAAGGACAGAACCUGAAUCUAUAAAGUCAUAGUCGGUGAAAUUGAGUCCUGAUUAUACAGGCAUUCUGAAAAUUCUCUGAGUAAUUGCUUGGGGUCGGGGGGUGGGGGAGGAAAUCAAGCAAGAACACGCAGCACAUGAUUACAAUAAGUUAAAAAGUUGUUCUUGUCUAGAAGAUCCUUGCAGUGAUCAUGUUGUUAAGGUGUAAGAGCAGGGGCUGACUGUUGCAGUCUUUGGAAAUCAAUAAAGUCCAGAUUCAUAGGAGAAAAUGUGGUAGAGUUUAAGGAGGAUGCAACAGAGAAGUGCCACCAAGAAAACAUCUGUAAGUAGAAACACAAAACACUCCUCUGGCUGGCUUUAGGGACCCUAGGAAUACUCGGGCAGCUUGCAAUAAAUCUAUUCCAGCGCAGAAUGAACUGAUAUUCCCAGAAACUGCAAUUGAGGAGAACCAGAGAAGAACAGGUCAGGUGAACAGAUUCCGCUACUCAUUAGAAAAUAGUUAAGGUUACAGGUGAUCUCUUGUUAAGUUUCCAGGACCCCCUACAUUUGGUGAUAAAAACUGAAUUAUGCAUGAAGAUAACAUGCUAGAUAGAGGUUAUAUUAAAUUCUAAACAUUUAGAUAUAUAGAAUAUGGAGCUUAGGACCUCUUUCUCCCAGACACAAAGCACAUGAAUCAGAUGAAAUCAGUCCAUUUCAGAAGCACGAACUCCCUUCAUUGUAUUUGGUUAGGAAGGCUUUGAUUUUUUGCAUUCAAAAUGCUAAGACACUCCAAAGACUAGCUUCUGUGGGACGAGACUGCAAUAUGCAUGACUUAUUUAAUUCCUACAUUUCAUAAUGCAGGCUUAAGGUUUAAAAGAUUAAAGUCACUUCCAGGUCAGAAAGCAAAUGUACAGCAUGUGAUAUUUUCAGAUUCAUGAAACUAAUCAGUGGUCCCUAUAGCUUAAUCAGCGUUUCAUCUUUAUUCUUUAUUACAAAUAUAAUCGCUAGCUUGUGGGGCAUUUUUGUUGGACUGUUGGUGUGACACAUGGCUUUAAUGAAUUGAAACCAAAGCUGAUCUUUCAUUCCAUUUUUUUUAAAUAAUAAGCCUUAUCAGAACAGAACACAUGCACUGUGUUACAUUUAAACUUCAUUAUGAUUCUUCUAUAUUAACUCUGAGAUUGUUAGGGAGUUCCAGCCUUCAUAAAACAUCUUUUUUUUUAAUUUCUUCUUCUACACCACUAUCGGAAUGUGUCAUACAUUCUCAGUCCUCUGCUAACCUCCAAUUACAGAUGAUUCACAACUAUAAGACAUGACUGUGAUGACGAGCUUUGUGUCGACGUCACACAAUCUGUGGUCAUCUGGGAAGAGGAAAUUUCAACUGAGAAAAUGCUUCCAUCGGCUUGGCCAGUCUGUGGGGCGUUUUCCAGAUUAGUGCAGGAAAGUCUUGUCCACUGUGUGCUGUGCAGUGCCUGGGCAGGUGGUCUUGGGCUCUAUACAGCAGGCUGAGUAGGAGAGGGAGAGUAAGCCAGCGAGUACUGUUCCUCUACAGCUUCUGCUGCAGUCCCUACCUCUAGCUUCCUGCCCUGAUUUCCCUCUGAAGAAACUAUAAGCUAAAAUCAGUCCCCAGGCUACUUUUGAUUGUGGUCUUUAUUACAGUAAUAUAACCCUAAUGAAAACAUGUAUAUUUUAUUCCCCACAACUGUUCUACUCUAUCUGUGGUUACAUACACUAUUUAUUGAUAGCUUUUAUACUCUAGAUAGAUAGAUUACCCCUCAAUAGGGACCUACAGAAUUUAUGCAGAUUUGAAUGUGGUUUUAUCCACAACAUUAAAACUUCUGACACUUGACCCACUUAUACAUUGCUUUAGAGUUACACAUGUAAGGUAAUAGUGCUUACUAAAAUAUUUAUAUUGCUCUUAAACAUUAAACCCUCUCGAGCACUAUAUGUGACAACAAAUAUGCCCAGACACCGUGAUGAGGCAGUUAGGCAGCUUACAUAAACAGUGACGUUUCCAUAGUGAAUAUAUUUUCACUGUGGAUAAAUUAUUCCAUCUGGUAGCCUACUACCCUGGGGCAUCAUUUUAUCACCCUGCUUGUCCCUUAAAGUUUCUUGGGAUUUUUAUUGAAAGAAACAAUGAAAAUGCUAAUUAGUUAUAUUUUUCAUCAUAAUCCAGUUUUAUACCAAGGAUCGCUCUCCUUUUUCAUUCCUGAUGCUAUACUUCCAGUGAAGUUUCAUUGCCCCAAAGCUAUCAUGUUUCGACUUCUAAUAUUGUUUUCUCUUCACAGGCUUUAAUAACUACUUUUUAAUGGAUUCUGUUCCCUCAGAGGCAGGCGUUUUUAAGAAUUCAGCUUAUGUGGGGACAGGAUUAGAAACUUCCGUGUGGCGUUGAGAGUUUUUCUUCUUAGAAAAUUAAAAUGCCUUAAUCUUUUGACUGAGAGGGACUGAAAUGAUCCCUUUUUAAAUGAGGCACUUGGGAUUUGAAAGGAGCCACAAAAGAAAACCAUCAUGCAUGUAUUUAAAUUAAUAGACAGAAUAUUUUAUUUUAUGCAUGUAAAUAUGGUAGUUCUUUCCAUUGGCCUUUCUUCCUUCCUUUCUUUCUUUCUUUCUUUCUUUCUUUCUUUCUUUCUUUCUUUCUUUCUUUCUUUCUUUCUUUUUCUUUCUUUCUUUUUUGCUUCCAGCCUGGCAAAAAAACAAUCUGCUUAACCAAGCACACCGGAGUUCUACUGUUCUAAUGAAAAUAAUCAUGGAACCCAAGUCAUCACGCUUUCCUUUUUAAAACCAAAAAGAAAAAAGAAAAACACUUUAAAUUUUUCUACUUCUCUAGUUCUUUUAAUCAUGAAAAGUCUAUUUCUCAACUGGAUUAAAGAAUCCUGAUUUCAGUACAAAAAAAAAAAAAGAGCUUUCAUUUAGUCACUUUCUCAUUUAAAUACACACUGCUCAAGUGUCCCUAAUACUUGCACUGAAUGAUGGGAAGACACAAAGAGUCAGCCCUUCAUAAUGCAGUUAUUGAUAGAAUAGGGGAAAAUUUGAAAGCUGGAGAGUGUUUAGACUCCCAGUACAGGUGGAUAAGGGAAAUAAAAGUGGAAAUAGUAUUUGACUGUAGACAUGACUAAUUUGCAUAAGGAUGGACCUCUCUUCUUCAGAACAAUUUAAGAAGGAAGCGAUCAACCAAUACGAGAAAUGGCAGGCGCCCUUUACCAGUGUCACUAUGCUAAAAGGAUCCAAGAAGGACACUGGCUGGAAUGUGGGAGUAAAAGAAUUAUGGUUUCUUCCUUCUUGCUAGUUAUCCGGGAAGGCAGUGUAAGUAUAAAGGAGUCUCUUUUUCUUUCCCUGGGAAUUUACCAAUAUUUCUCAUAUGUGCUUCCCACUCCCUACCGUAUUUUAGUUAUGAGCAUGUACAUGUUUGAUUACAUGAGUUUAUCAUCCAGAAACCAUACAGGUAUCUUGCCUCACAACAAAAAGAACAACUUAUACUUAGUGGAUGAGUUUGUUUGUUUUGUUUUUUUAAUUAUAAGACAGAAAGUAGCACACGCUAAACGCCACAUAUAUGAUAACCUGAGCCAAAUGCCACCUUGGAGGUCUUCACUAAACAGCAGGGUUAGGUUAUUCCCCUAGCUUGCCAUCACUGCCUGCAACUACUCAUGUUCUGUUGCAUUAAACAUCCAUGUGUAAUCAACCAAAUCCAACAGUAUACACCACCAACACCACACCUUGAAAAAAUUAUUUGUUCCACUGCCAUUAAAAAUCUUGCAAUUUUCGAAUUUUCCUAACAUAAAUUUCCCCGAUUCUGUAAAUAUUUGUGGAAUAAAGAAAUGAACGGAUGGAGUUGUUUCAGGGACUACUGAUUGGCUUAGGUUAAGAUUAUUUGAAUUUAAAGUAUCCAUAAAAUUUACUUAAUACUCAAUUGGAAGUGAAGCAUCAAAUUCCCAAGUACUAGAUGAAAAGAAGCGACCCUCUAUGCACUUCAGAUGCCUAUAGGGCAUGGUAAAGCGGCACAGCAUCUUAGGUCAGUAACUCCACCUUGGUUAGUACUUCACAGCAUAACUUUAUAGUUCACAUCCAAGGACCAAGAUUAUUUUACAACAUUUCUAAAGACUUACUCUUGUAUUGUACAUCUUUUUUUUUCCAUUUUUUAUUAGGUAUUUAGCUCAUUUACAUUUCCAAUGCUAUACCAAAAGUCCCCCAUAGCCACUCACCCCGACUCCCCUACCCACCCACUCCCCCUUUUUUGGCCAUGGCGUUCCCCUGUACUGGGGCAUAUAAAGUUUGUGUGUCCAAAGGAGCUAAAGAGAACUGCAACCCUAUAGGUGGAACAACAUUAUGAACUAACCAGUACCCCGGAGCUCUUGACUCUAGCUGCAUAUGUAUCAAAAGAUGUAUUGUACAUCUUAAGUGCAUGUAAACAAACAGCUCUCCAAAGACUCAUUGCAAAUAUCAUUUGGGUAGGAUAUGCAGCCCCUGAAGUUGGUUUAUUCUGAUUGCCAGGCUAACAACUGCCAGCUUAGGUAAUUCCUAAAUUCCUGAAGAGCUGUGCACAUUUCUGUUUCCUUCUUUCUGCGUUAGGUAUGGUCAUAGAUGAUUGUACCUUAUCUGCAGUACUUUCAGAGUCUUUGAUUGUUAGUGGAAAGGGAUUUUGAUAAAGAAAUGAGAAAAAUGAGAGAAGCUUCUAGAUUAUUCCCUCAAGACACUGACAUUCUAAGCACUGUCCGUCACCCACACCAAUAUCCAGUGAGAUUUCAGUGUAAACACUGAAGUACUUAAAAUGCAAAUGCACCAGUAUCUGCCUCUAGGAAAUGUAGACCUACGCAUUAUGAUUUUAGAAAGAAGUCACUAAACAUAAGUGAAUUUGGGGCUCCGUAUUUCUUCCCCAUUGUUGAAUCAUAAAUAUUCACAUUAUUGUUGUUGAAUAUCAAGAAUCCACAUAUCAACUGAAUUUCUAAGAAAACACACUGAGAAUAUGUGAAUGUUGGCUUAGUAGCAGAAAUUUGAGGAUAUUUUAAGGGUUAAUUUUAAGAUCGCAUGAAGAAAUAUCUCUUGCUGAAUGUCCAUAUUUUCAUAUUGUAUCUAGUUUAGUUUAGAGAUAAUAUAAUUAGGAUGAUUAAGAAGCUGGUGGCAACUAGAGAUCAUUAAAUUAAAUUCUUCCAAAAACAUAGUUAAACUUUAGAUAAUAAUUCAAUAGAAAAGAUAGAACAUUAAAACAAGUGAUAAACUCCUACGUGAUAUACGGGAUAUAAAUUACUAUAAUUAUUGUCUCCUUUUAUAGAACAACCUCAGACACCAUCAUAACAUAAGUUCCCAUAACUUGAAGCUAUUCAUCCUUCAAUGCAAUAGUAAUUUUCCUGUCUUUAAACUAUGGCACACAAAUACAACCUUACCAAAUUUCAUAUUUCCUUUUAAUGAACAUUAUUUUCAUCACAUGAAUUAUUCUCCUCAUGUAUUGAGGGAAAAUAAUACUAGCAUAUAUAUUUCAACAAUAUAUUGAUUGCUUUCCAUGACAAGAGUAUAUCUAUCUACCUAUAUCUAUACCUAUAUCAUCUAUCUAUAUCUAUAUCUAUAUCUAUAUGCUAGAAAACCAAGUAAAUUAGUAUGCAUGCAUAACAACAGAAACCAAACAUAAAAUUUGUUAAGAUUCCUUAAGUCUAGUAUUAUCUUUAUAAGGCAUGAAUGUACAGGCACAGAUAUAAUUAUGUUUAUUCAAUAUGGAUAAAAAUUCCAUGGCAUUGAUCAAAAAAAAAUAUAGUCCUCUCCUGUAAUAGGCUAAUUACUCAUCCUAUUUAUAUUAUUCUUUGAUAAUUAUUGAUAAAUAUGUUAUCGUUUUUAUAAUGGCAGUAUACAGUUUAAGCAAAAAGACUUCAAAAUGGAAACAACAGCUCAAUAUUAUUUGCAUGAGGACACAGUUACAGUUCAGCUAAUCUUAUAAGUUGUCUGUAAUACAAUGUAAAGUCAAAAGUACUUUAAUACAUAGUUGUCUCUCUCAGGAAGGACCUUGGACUCACAGCAUUGUAUGGUUCUCUCAGAAGAUGAAUGUUUGACCCCAUGUUUUAACUCUGACAUUCCUUAUGCUAUGAUAGUGAAAGUCCACCUCCAGGUCUUUAAAAUGCUCAUGGUAGCAUAAAUAAUUUUUCAUAGGGACAACUCCUAAGUGAGUAAAGAAUAAGGAGUCAGUUUAUGUGUCAGGGACUUCUAGAAGGUUCCUUAGCUGUUUGGCUGAUCAAAACAGCUUCACUUGUCUGUCCCUGCCCCAGGCAUUGGCAAGGACACGUGGAUAGGUAUGAGUGACCUGGACAGCACAUCACCUUUUCUCAUGAAACGCUUCAGGUCACAUUUUAAAAAAAAAUAUUGUAAGUGGAAUUUUUUGAAAAAGAAGUAGAAUGAUUCUGGGAAAAGAAAAUGUCAAUAUCUGCCACAAAAAGUAACUGAGAGUGAAAUUUUCACCUGCAAACACCAAUAAAAUUCUAACUUGUGACCAAUGCUGAAAGCCAAGAGGCCGAGUGAGGAACGGUCCCCAUCCCCCAAAUGGCAUGGCUUCAUAUUGAACAGAAACAUGUUUCCUGUCCUCAAGUUAUGGUUGAUGGUGAACAAAGAGGCUCCUGUGCUUUUUGAUUUGCUUCCUUUAAAAAAGGCAUUGCAAGCUCACUAGUUGGCAUCUCUUAAUCAAAUCAGCAUGAGAAAGGCACAAGAUAGAGGAAUGUCCUAGACACCCACAGUGUUGAAAAAUGGGAGUGGAAUUCAUAAGAUUUCUGUUCCUUGAAAAGUACCAAUUACUUGGAAAGAUAUUGACAGCCUUUGUAUAGUUGGUAUAGCAAAUAAAUCGCAACAAGGUAAUUAGUGAAAGGAAAACUCCUUAAUGAAUUUAAAUUGAAUUUUAUUGCUAGGACAUAAUGUGUGUAUAAUUUCAAUGUGCACAAAAUGCUUAGGACACUAUGAUUAGAGAGAGAAAAAAAGAUUAAGGAUCAUGAAAAGUUUUAAAUAGUGCCACAGUUGAUGACUAGAUCAUAUUGGAAAAUUAGGGGGCAAGACAAUGGUGAUGCAGAAACUGGUAAAAACCGAGGACAAAACCACUUGCCCCAGUAAACCCUUGAGGAGAACAUGAAAUGAGACAUUGAAAUACCUUUUCAGAGUCCAGGCAAGUGGUGGUGGCAGUGGAGCUAACCACAGAUGAAGUCAUGGGAGGGCAGAAUCAUUACGGAUUCUCCCAUUGUGGUUUGCACGGGACAGCCUUGUCCUUUUUCUUUUCUUUUUGCGAUUCUCUGGCUUCUAGCUUGAACCACUGGGGUAAUAGCCACCAUCUCCAAACAGAGCCUUUAGUUAGUGAAAUAGUUGUAAUAAGAAAAUGGAGGGCUUGAUCAUCAUCUGAAAGCAAUGGGGAUAGAGCUGAUGACAUGGCAACCUCUGUUAUAUAUUAAAAAAAAAAAAAAAAAAAAAAAAAAAAAGCCAAGUUUGUACAAGAGACUGAACUCUUUUUGCCGGCUGGCUUACAGUAGCCUUAUUCCUGAGACUUUCAAAUAGAGAUCUUUGCUAAAAUGUGUUCAUGAAGUUCAAGUUAGGAUACUGUAUUUCAGUGUGUUGGGCCUUAAAGCUUAAGCAGCCACGUGUAAAUAGAAGCUAUUUGCAAGAGACAAAUAUUAAUGAAGAGAAAAAUUGUACAAUGCACUUACACAAGGUUAUAAUACAAUAUGUGACUAUACUCAGUUUUUGUUAACUGUAGCAAAUUGGCUAAUAUUUUUCAAUAUUUAAUUUCUACCAGCUUCUAUUUUAAGAAGGCAGAGUGUUUUUUACCACAGGUUCACUUUUGGUCAUAGAGAAGUGAAUAUUCUCUAGGCUUACCUCGCAUGUCCCUAGUGGGUUCCUUGUAGAUACUCUCUACCACAGCUUCAGGCUCAGCUGUUUAUACCAAAAUCUACAAAACCACAUAGAGGGGUACAGGCAAAGGAGAGUUAUUCUGCUUACUACGCCUCAAUCAAAACCAGGACAGAGACAAGGCUUCCUGAUUUCACCAACCUUACACACUUGGUUGUUUCUAACUCAAUAUGAGCCCCACGUCCAUGACAGAGUUCUGCAGAUAUAGUUCUUCAGUCAGUAGAUCUGUCAGAAAUUAAUGUACAUGAGUCUGUCCAAGUCCCCACAGGUGCUGCCUUCCUGACAAUGUUCAAAUGAUUUCUCUGUAAUUCAGGCAGAGCACUGUAGCUAACAAGUUCUUAUGAGGAUACCAGCUUUUACAAUAUCAGGAAAUAGUACUUACUCUUCUGGGGUAAAGACUGAAUCACGCAGUUCAAGGAAGAAAUAUUCAAAUUUAAAUGGAGCCAAUAAACAUUCUGUAAGCUAUUUGGAAACAGCAAAUCUGGUUUCAAUUAACAUGGCACUGCUAAUUUGUUUCUGUGUUUUCAUUAAUUACCUAAUAAUAGUAAAUUUUUCUACAUCUUAAUUGUCUACUUGAGUGUCUGAAAAAUCUUACAUGUCUGCCCCAGAACAAGUACACCAAGUAAAAUAUGACUAUAAACCUUCUCUAUGACAAACACACACAUUUGUCUUUGGGUAGCCAGGAAGACCUUUUCAUCAAAUAUGCUUGUGAAUCUGUAGCCCUACAUAAGAAUAUCUGGUUUCUCAAUUAUUGCAGACUGAAUAGAGAGAUAGAGAGAUAGAGAGAUAGAGAGAUAGGGAGAUAGGGAGAUAGAGAGAUAGAGAGAGAUAGAGGGAUAGAGGGAUAGAGGGAUAGAGGGAUAGAGGGAUAGAGGGAUAGAGAGAUAGAGAGAUAGAGAGAGAGAUAGAGAGAUAGAGAGAUAGAGAGAUAGAGAGAUAGAGAGAUAGAGAGAGAGAUAGAGAGAUAGAUAGAUAGAUAGAUAGAUAGAUAGAUAGAUAGAUAGAUAGAUAGAUAGAGAGAUAGAGAUAUCAUUCUCAGAUGUUACUUACUAAAAAUAACUGUGUUAAAAAUAAGAUCACUAACAUCUCAAUUUUUGUUCUUUGGGGUAUAUAUCCAGGAAAACAUUUUCAGUGAACAUUCAAAGUAUUUUAAGAAGUGGCUCUGACAUGUUGUAUAUAAACUGAAUCUAGCAAUUUAAAAGAAAAUCCUGCAAGUGCAGAGAGAUAGAUGGUUGUACAAUUUGCGGUAAGGUAAAUAAGCAAUGUCCAGAAGGAAAAACACACUAAACAUACACUUACAAGUAGUCUCUAAGAUAGUCUCAUCAAAAGAAGCCUAAUGUGGAAAAGUAGAAAGGACAAGUUAGUGGCCGAGGAUCAGGUUGUUCAAUACAUACAUGGCUAUAGUUUCACAACAAUGAAUCCUGGAGGUUGUUUGUACAAUAGAGUACUCUUAGAUUACAAUCCUUGUAACAUUAUUAUACAUUUAAAGACUUAAUAGUAGAUCAUGGGGUAAGUGCUCUUGACAGAAUUGAAACAUGAAAGCUAUCAUAAACAAUAUUAAAAAAACAGGGAAGAAAAGUCUACCUCGCAUAUAUAUUAUCAAAUCAAACUCUGAGACUGGGGAAUGGGGAAUUUGAACAAGUUAGUGUGUAUGGUUAACAAUACUAUAUUAAAUGCCUAAAAUUAGUACCAGAUCUCGUGGUAAGUGUUGCUGCAGCAAUAAAAGCAUUUAAAUGACAAUGUUGGUUGAGUGAGUUAGCAAUGGAUUAACAUCCAUACUAGGUACCCCAUCCGGUCUUCCAGAUAAUCUGCUUUGAGAUGUUUGAUCAUCCUAGGGCUUUAGAAACGUCUGGCACGAUUGUGAAAGACCCAUCUUCUGAGAAACAGGUCCAAGGUCUGUAAAGUACACAGAAGUAGACCUAACUCACAUAUUCCUCUGCUAGAGCCUUGCAUUUUUAUUACAGAACAAGAGAAAUGCAACAAAAUCUACAAAAUUAAAAUACCCAACAUGCACAGUACAGAGUGCAUGGAAAUGUUGAUAGCGUUUUUCUUUCCUUUACCAUAUACUCUGAAACCUAGUGAAGUAAAAUUUUUGUUUUCAAAUAUGGCUUUGACAUCCAUAUUAAAAUGCAUAUAUAUCUUUCUGCUUGUACUAAAGUGUUUCCGGUUCAAUAAUCUGAUUCUACAGGUCAGCAGAUUCUGUUCACAAAGAACAAGACCAGUGUCAGCAUGUAUACAAUUUAGAUCUAAUGCUUACUUGAAAUAUAUACAAGAAUCCAAGCCAUAAAAUUUAUAGUGUGGGUUGCCCUUUAUUUUAUCUUGGGAUCGAUACUCUGGUUUAGUAAUUAUGAUUUAUGUGCAAGCUUGGUUAUAAUAAAUAUUACCCUUCCUCUAAACCUGCAUAACUGUGUACUUGAACCUGUAAUGAUACAUACUAUCAUUGCACUGUGGAACCAUGUGAGUAGGUUGGUUUUUUAACUACAGACCCAUAUUUUUCUUCUUUUAAGGAGAGAGCACACACUACCAACUACAGAGAUAAGUAAAGUGGGCUUUAAAAUGCUGCUUUAUUUUUAUCUUGGAAGUAUUUUUAUCUAUCAAGUAUUUCCCAGAACAGCCUUGUGAGAGGCACCAGGCCGCUAGAACAUUGAGACUAGUGUUGGGAGAGGAGGAGCCUCCAGGGCGUGCAUCUGUUCCAAGUGGCUUCACUGUUUUGCUUCACUCAACAUCUGGACAGGAUGUGGACGGGUUCUUGUCAAAUCAGUGAAGCCACUUGCCACAGACCCCCAUGAUGCUCCUUAUUAUCUGAUAAACCACAACACAAAUAUUUUAUGUAGUUCAGUCAUUUGGAAGGCUCUUUAAAAAUGAAAAUUAUUAUUUAAAUCUGAACAUAUUUAUUUUCAGUGAUCAACAUUCAAUAAAGUGUAUGUUCCCUGGUGGUUGUCUAUGAAAAGCUCAUCAAUAAAGUGUAUGUUCCCUGGUGGUUGUCUAUGAAAAGCUCAUAUGUGAUGCAAGUAUAAGAUAAACAGAAAAACACCUAUCUUUGGGCCUUGAACUUGUUUUUGUAUUUUGAAUAAAAAUGUACACAUACAAAAUUAUUAUUCCAUUAUUCUUUCAUAUAGUGCCUUUUAUAAAGAAAAAAAUUUCAAAAAAUACUCCCAGAAAUAUCCCGACACUCAGAUUUAUCUAUUUCUGACUAUCAGUGGGCCAGCGGCACAAGGACAUCCUGAGAACCAUUAAAAAGGGCUUAAGGUAAUCAGAAGACUGGAAGACAGAAACCACCAAAUACAGGCAAACCAUGAAAAAGCUUGGGUUACAAUAACGAGUGAGGAAAGGCUUUUAAGAAAUAGGCAUGUGGUAGUUGAGUCAAGUGCAAAGAAUGAGUCCGGUAAAAAUUGCGAACUAACCUGACUUAGUGAUGUAUAGAACCUUCAGAGAAGUUUUUAUGGAUGGCAGAAAGUAUCAGUGGGAAAUAAAAUAGAGAAAUGUGAAGUGAGGUGAACUGGGCAUUAAAAUUUUCUCAAAGAAUAAUAGUAUAUAGGGAAGAAGCCGAUGAGGAGGUGGAGGUGUCUGGAGAAGAAAGAGCAAUCAAAAGAAGGUUGGCUUGUUUGUCUUAUUUGUUUGGAUGGUGGUAGAAGAUAUAGCAUGUGUCUGAUGUAUUAUGUGCAGGCCACCUCCUAGAGCAACAAAGAUCACCAUGUCUGAAUAAUACACACUAAGAGUGACAUCUGAAGAAAUAGUCUUUAGCUCUUCUGCCUUAUGCAUCAGUUGACUCCAUAUUUUCUACUAAAAUUGUUGAUAACUAAUUUCUCCCAAGUUUAACUGUUAAGUAGUCGUUUACUAUAAUGACAAGGAAGGACACACUAGAUGGUGUUUAUGUAAUAAAUUCACGGAACUGAGCCGAGUCCUGCAGCCUUGGCAGACGGAGUGAGUAAGAAAGAGAGGUUCCCAGCCAUAGUCCUUUAAUAACAAGCACUCUCACCCCAGACCUCAGGGCUCCCUGCAAAGAAUCCAUACCUUCUAAGAUUAACAAGGAAAGAGUUAUUAUCCAAUAAGAGGGUCUCUUGCUGUUUGAGACUGCUGAUUUCUGGCACUUUGUGGCAAGGGUCUUAUGUAGAGGGAACCUGAAAGUUCUCUAUUUACUGCAAACCACAGGGACUGAGAGAGACUUUAGUCCCCACAGGGCAUUCCAUACUGGGCUGCUGCCUUGACUCCAUUCAUUACUGUGAAAUCCCUAUGGAGAAAGAAGCUUUAUUUUCUGUGGAGUGGUUGUAAUGUGAUUGAACAUAGAGGUUCUGGGCGACACACAGUUUUAAACACCAAAGUAGAUCCCCCCGCAUAGGAACAAAGAAAAUCCUAUUCAUUUAAUCAAAGGAAGACUCAGUCCACUGAAACUGCUACACACACACACACACACACACACACACACACA